CUCGGGUGUAGGGAUUGCGAGGAGGGAAAGCAAAGCUACACGGCCUCCAACUGUGUAGUUUUGUUUUUGGGGAUAUUUCGAGGCUCAGCCGUUCUCACCGUGGAUUUUCCUGGAAACUGCUUUCUGGAUAAGGAGCUGGUUGUUGGUUUCAGUCACCUGGGCUCAGUCCCAUCACAUCACGGCACCUUCGUGGAUACAAGGUGCCGACCAUCAUGUCCACUCAGGCGCCAACAUUCACGCAGCCGCUGCAGAGCGUCGUGGCACUGGAGGGUAGUGCCGCCACGUUCGAGGCUCAGAUUAGUGGUACUCCAGUUCCUGAGGUGAGCUGGUUCCGUGAUGGCCAGGUUCUUUCUGCCGCCGCUCUGCCCGGUGUCCAGAUCUCGUUCAGUGACGGCCGCGCUGUUCUGAGGAUCCCCUCUGUGACCGCCGCGCACAGCGGCCGCUUCUCUGUCAGAGCCACAAACGGCAACGGACAGGCCACCAGCACCGCUGAGCUCCUAGUCACCGUGGAGACAGCGCCCCCUAGCUUCGUUCAGAGACUUCAGAGCUCCACAGUCAGACAGGGCAGCCAGCUCAGGCUGGAUGUCCGGGUCACGGGAAUCCCUACACCUGUGGUGAAGUUCUACAGAGAAGGAGCCGAGAUCCAGAGCUCCGCCGACUUCAGGAUCCUCCAGGAUGGAGACCUGCACAGCCUGAUGAUCGCCGAGGCCUUCCCAGAGGAUUCUGGGACAUAUUCUGUAACUGCCACCAACAGCAGUGGACGAGCCACGUCGACUGCUGAGCUGCUGGUUCAAGGUGAAGAAGCCGUACCAGCAAAGAAAACUAAGACGGUGAUUUCAGCAUCUGAGAUCUCACAGACUCGACAGACCAGAGUGGAAAAGAGGAUGGAGGCCGCGUUCCAGGCCACCGCCAUGAUGGAGGUGCAGGUGGAGGGCGCCGCACUGGCUCACAAAACUCCACCCAAGAUUCCUCCCAAACCCACAUCCAAGUCCCCGACUCAGCCAUCUCUGGUUACUAAGGUGACAGCAGGACGCCAGCAAUCGCUGUCACCUGUCAGACCCGUGAAGGCGCCCACACCCACACCUGUCAGGUCAUGUCAACCUCCAAUUCAUCACACUGUUUCCUUCUUCAGGCCGGUCAAGUCCCCUGUCACCACGAGGAAGCAGGUCGCUGUGUGUGCCGAUGUCCUGCCGCCGUGGAAACAGGGAGAAUACAUAGCCGGAACCACUUACACCACUGUGACCAGGAUGGCCACCAUCACCAAGGUCGGCGAGGAGCGCCAUGUCGUUGGGGUCAAAGAGAUGCAGCAUGCAGCAGCAUCAUCUGGGAUGCUGACUGACGGCGAGUUUACCCCGAGUGGCCGCGAGGACGCCGCGUGUGACGGUCAAUCCAACAUGAAGCAUGUUGGUGUUUGGAAAACGUUUGAUGAGGCUGCUGGUAUCCAGGAAAUGGGACCUGUGAUGUCAUCAGUGGAAGAAGAGCAAGCACUAGGUGGCACUGCUGAAAGCGGCCUGGACGCAGCUGAGGGAGGAAAAAGAGCCGAGGCCGUGGCCACCGUGUUGGCCGCAGUCGAUCUGGCUCGGAUCCUUAAGCCAGGACACGCAGAGGACGGUCAGGAGGAAGAAGGCGAGGCCGUACAGGCGGAGUUAAGGAAGCAGGCAGUUACUGUGGCUGCUGAUCAACAGUACCAGGAUACCUGGGCAGCAGAAAGAAAGCUUAGUGCUGCUAAGAAGGUCCCACCGGAACAGCCACCGCAGAUUCAGACCACCACCCCUGUGGAAACUGGUCCUGCUCCAUCCCCACUUCCACAUUUCACAGUUUCCAAAGUUUCUGUACCAAAACCUGAUUCUAGCUAUGAGGUUUCCAUCGCCGGCUCGGCUAUGGCUACUCUGCAGAAAGAGCUGGCCUCGUCCACUGUCGCCACUAGAAAGAUCACCAGGCCGGUCAAGUCUCCUUCACCGUUGCGCCGAGGCGCGGAGAUGAGAGUGACACCGGAGCUCCCUCCACCAUUCACAGAUUUAUCUGGGAAAUACCAGAGUCGUUUUGUGUCUCAGGUCCAGGCAGGAGUGGUGCACAUGGGGGGCGGGGACACGCUGUAUAAGGACUGGGAAGCUCAGGUGGCUGAGGUCGCCGCUGUGCCGUCCACCAUUGAAGGCGUGGUCCCGCCCACACUGCUGGCUGGUUUGAAGAACACAAAUGUGACGGAGGGCGAAUCAGUGACGCUGGAGUGCCAGAUCAGUGGUCAUCCAGCGCCUGUUAUCAUGUGGUUCAGAGAGGACUACAAGAUUGAGAGCUCCAUUGAUUUCCAGAUCAGCUAUGAGAAUGGAUUUGCCCGACUCAUCAUCCGUGAAGCAUUUGCUGAAGACAGUGGCCGCUUCACCUGCACCGCCACCAAUAAGGCGGGAACUGUCAGCACAUCCUGCUUCCUGCUUGUCCAGGUGUCCGAGGACAUUGAGAGCAGAGAGGAGGUCACUGCUGUCACCCAAAUUGUUGAAACUGCUCAGGAGAAACUGUGAGAGGUGGGCGUGGCCGAGUCUGACAUGGCCGCUGCUGCUGCUCCGUUCUUCAUCACCAAACCAACUGUUCAGAAGCUGGUGGAGGGAGGAAGUGUUGUGUUUGAGUGUCAGGUGGGAGGAAGCCCCAAACCCCACAUCAUCUGGAAGAAGAACAGUGUGCCGCUCACAACAGGAUACAGAUACAAAGUCACCUACAAGAAGGAGACUGGAGAAUGCAGGUUGGAGAUUUCAAUGACCUUUGCUGAUGAUGCUGGAGAAUAUGUUAUCUUUGCUAAGAACCAGCUCGGAGAAGCCUCCGCCUCCGCCAGUUUGCUGGAGGAAGAUGAAGCCUACAUGAAGAAACAAGAAGCAACUUUUGAUACUGAAGUGACCACCUUGCUGCAGGAGCCCAGAGUGGGAGAUGUUCCCCCUGUGGUUGUUACUACCGUGAAGAAGAUAACGACCACCAUUGUAUCUGGACAGGAAUUCCAUCUUUCUGCUAUUGAGCAGAGGAUCAUGCAGGAAAUUGAGCUCCGCAUUAUGCAGAUCACAUACAGAGAGCUGGUGACAGAGGACGGCGAGCUGAUGCUGACCGCCACCGCUGAGGAGGCUGUGCAGCCCGCCUUCGACACACCUGUCAAAAACUACAGGAUCGUGGAGGGAAUGAACGUCACAUUCCACUGCAAGAUGUCUGGAAUGCCGCUUCCUAAGAUUGCUUGGUUCAAAGAUGGUCAGCGUAUCCGAGCCGGCGACCGUUACCAGAUGGAGGUUCUUAAGGAUGGUCGUGCUAGCCUGCGUAUUCCUGUGGUAGUGGCAGAGGAUGAGGGCGUUUACACCGCCUUUGCCACCAACAUGAAGGGGAAUGCUGUGAGCUCCGGGAAGCUCUACGUGGAGCCGUCAGGAGCUGUGACAGCACCAAGAGUCACUGCACAGCCAGCAAUGCAGAGGAUCAGGUCCACAUCUCCUCGUUCUCUGAGCCGCUCACCUGGCCGUUCUCCCAGUCGUUCACCGGGACGCUCGCCUGCUCGGCGGCUGGAUGAGACAGAUGAGGCUCAGCUGGAAAGACUCUACAAACCUGUGUUUGUAAUGAAACCUUCAUCAUGUCGAUGUGCCGAGGGCCACACCGCCAGGUUUGAUCUUAAGGUUGUCGGCAGGCCAAUGCCAGACACAUACUGGUUCCACAACGGACAACAAGUGGUUAGUGACUACACCCACAAGAUUGUGGUUAAGGAAGACGGCACUCAGUCCCUGAUCAUUGUCCCAGCCAUGCCGGAAGACUCAGGGGAGUGGACAGUCGUGGCUCAGAACAGAGCCGGAAGGACCUCCCUAUCUGUCACUCUCACUGUCGAUGCAAAAGAAACUUUGGUGCGUCCUCAGUUUAUUCAGAAGCUGAAGAAUAUCAGCGUAAAGCAGGGCACUCUGGUUGAACUGGCCGUCAAAGCCAUUGGAAACCCUUUGCCAGACAUUGUCUGGCUGAAAAACAGUGACAUUGUUACGCCACACAAGCACCCCAAUGUCAGGAUUGAAGGAGCCAGGGGUGAAGCCAAAUUCCAGAUUCCAUCAGCACAAGGCCCAGACAGUGCCUGGUACACAGCUACAGCCAUCAACAAGGCUGGCAGGGAUACCACUCGCUGCAGAGUCAACGUUGAAGUGGAGUAUGUCGAACCUGAACCAGAGAGGAAACUCAUUAUUCCCAAAGGAACCUACAAGGCCAAGGAGAUCGCCCCUCCGGAGGUGGAGCCCCUUCAUCUUCGAUAUGGUCAGGAGCAGUGGGAGGACGGAGACCUCUAUGACAAGGAGAAGCAACAAAAACCACAAUUCAAGAAGAAACUGACUUCUGUCAGAAUGAAGCAUAUUGGACCAGCUCAUUUUGAGUGCAGACUGACUCCGAUUGGUGACCCCACUAUGGUCGUGGAGUGGCUGCACGACGGCAAACCUCUGGAAGCUGCCAACAGGCUACGCAUGAUCAACGAAUUUGGGUACUGCAGUCUCGACUAUGAAGUGGCGUACGCAAGAGACAGUGGUGUCAUCACCUGCAGAGCUACCAACAAGUACGGAAUUGAUCAGACCUCUGCCACCCUCAUUGUCAAGGAUGAGAAGGGUCUUGUUGAAGAAACACAGCUUCCUGAAGGCAGGAAGGGGGCACACAGAAUUGAGGAGAUGGAGCGCAUUGCUCAUGAAGGAGCACCUUUUGGAGUCACUGCUGAAGAAGAGACUGAGAAAACAAAACCUGACAUUGUUCUAGUUCCAGAACCAGUUAGGGUUUUAGAGGGUGACACGGCACGAUUCCGUUGCAGAGUGACCGGUUAUCCAGCACCCAAAGUCAACUGGUACCUCAAUGGACAACUUAUCCGCAAAAGCAAGAGGUACAGACUUCGGUAUGAUGGUAUUUACUAUCUGGAGAUUGUUGAAAUCAAGUCCUAUGAUGCAGGAGAGGUCAGAGUGGUGGCAGACAGCAACAUGGGUUCAGCCGAGCACACUGUGAAGCUGGAGAUUCAGCAGAAAGAGGACUUCAGAACACAUCUUCGCCGUGCUCCUGAGGCCAAGGCAGCCGAGCUCCAACCUGAGGCUGGAAAAAUUCCAUUUGAGGUUGUGAAGGCUGAGAAACCUGCAGAGGAUUCUCAGCUGAAAGAGAGUGUGGUCACACUCAAGAAGGCACAGAGAAUUGUACACGAGAAAGCCACCGAGGAGACUGAAGAGCUGAGGAGCAAAUUUAAGCGCAGGACAGAAGAAGGCUAUUAUGAGUCCAUCACAGCAGUGGAGCUCAAGACACGAAAGAGGGACGACUCCUAUGAGGAUCUGCUGCGGAAGACAAAAGAGGAACUGCUUCAUCAUGUCAAAGAGAAGGAGGAAGCUGAGAAGAAGAAAGAGGAGGAGCGCCACAAACUGACUGCCACACCCCUCAAACCGGAGCGGGUCAAACUAUCACCUAGUAUGGAAGCUCCUAAGAUCCUGGAGCGCAUUACCAGCCAGACGGUUGCACAGGGUGAUGAAGUAAAGUUCAGAGUCAGGGUUGUUGGCCGACCAGAACCUGAGUGCCAGUGGUUUAAGAAUGGAGUUCAGCUGGUGAAAUCUGACCACAUUUACUGGUACUGGCCUGAGGACCAUUUGUGUGAACUGGUGAUCAGAGAUGUCACAGCUGAGGAUUCAGCAAGCAUCAUGGUCAAAGCUGUUAACACUGCAGGGGAGACCUCGAGCCACGCCUUCCUGUUAGUGCAAGCAAAGCAAGUCAUCACCUUCACGCAGAAACUGGAAGAUGUUGAUGCAAAGGAAAAGGAUACCAUGGCCACCUUUGAAUGUGAAACCAAUGAACCUUUUGUCAAGGUCAAAUGGCUGAAGAAUAAUGCUGAGAUUUUCUCUGGUGACAAAUACAGAAUGCACUCUGACAGAAAGGUUCACUUUCUGUCUGUGCUAAUGAUUGAAAUGCGGGAUGCUGCAGAAUAUUCCUGCGUCGUAGCAGACGAUGAUCACAUCAGGACGACUUCCGAGCUUCGUGUUGAAGGAGCCCCGCUGGAAAUGGUGAAGCCACUGGAGGACACAGAGGUGCCGGAGACCUACUCUGCAGAGUUUGAGUGUGUGGUGUCUCGUGAGGAUGCAGAGGGCAGCUGGUACUUUGGAGACAGUGAACUUUCUUCCAGCAGUAAAUACACCAUGUCAUCUCGCCGUGGACGGCACACCUUGUCCGUCAAAGACAUCAAAAAGGAGGAUCAGGGGAAAUAUACUUUCAGAGUUGCUGACCUCACGACAUCUGCCUCACUGAAGAUGAAACUGCGUCCGGUGACUCUGGUGCAGCCGCUCCCCGAACUGACCGUGUGCGAGGGAGACAUCGCUCAGAUGGAAGUCAAGUUCUCCCAGGAGAAUGUGGAAGGAUCGUGGAUGAAGAACGGCCAGCCUGUCACUGCCUCAAACCGUGUGCACAUGGUUGUUGACAAACAGAUCCACAAACUCCUGAUUGAAGACACCACCAAGGAUGACUAUGGAAUGUACUCUUUUGUGGUUCCUGCUCAGGACAUCUCAACUUCUGCAAAGCUGAUCAUUCAGACCAUUGGUAUCUUGAUCCCACUGAAGGAUACAAACGCUAUUGAAGGCACCAAGGCCGUCCUGGAGGCCAAGAUCUCAGCUCAGGAUGUCAUCUCAGUGAAAUGGUACCAUGAUGACAAACUGCUGACGUCUAGCGACAGAGUCCAGAUUGUGGCCAAAGGAGCCAAACAGCGUCUGGUCUUCAGCAGGACGUACGCCUCAGAUGAAGGACGGUACAAACUGGUGGUGGGCCGAGUUGACACCAGCUGUGUCCUUUCUGUUGAGCCUGUUGAGAUUGUGAUGCCAAUGAAAGACAAAGAAUGCGCUGAGUCUGAGAACGUCACCUUUGAGGUUGAGGUGUCUCAUCCAGGCAUAGAUGCUUUCUGGACCUUCAAGAGGCAGCCACUCAAAGCCGGCCCCCAAUACAAAAUGGAGUCCAAGAACACGCGCCACACCCUGACUGUCCUAAACACCAUGAAGGACGAGGAAGGCGAGUACAUGUUUGCAGCUGGUGAGAAGACCAGCAGUGCUGUGCUCACAGUAUCAGGUGGUGCUAUCAAGAAGCCCUUGCGAGAUUUGGUAGUUGCUGACUCCCAGACAGCCGUGCUGGAGUGUGAAGUCGCCAACCCGUCUGCGGAGGGCAAGUGGCUGAAGGACGGCAAACCUGUUGACUACAGUGAGAAUGUGCUAAGUGAGGAGGACCAUGUCAUCAGGCGCCUCGUCAUCGUCAUCACCAAGGCCACAGAUAUCGGAGAGUACACCUACCAGGUUGCCACCUCCAAGACCUCCGCCACUCUGAAAGUCGAGGCUGUGAAGGUGAAGAAGACCCUGAAGAACGUGAACGUGGUCCAGACCCAGGAUGCCUCGUUCAGCCUAGAGCUGACUCAUGAGAACGUGAGGGGAGCACAGUGGAUCAAAAACGGUGUUGAGCUCCAACCCAGCGAUAAAUAUGAAAUCACAAUUGAAGGCACAGUUCACGUGCUCAAGAUAAACAACUGCACCACACAGGAUGAAUCUGUUUAUUCUUUCAAACUGGGAAAACUGUCUGCCAGCGCCAGGCUCAACGUCGAAACAAUCAAAAUCCUUAAGAAGCCAAAAGAUGUGACAUCCCUGUUGGGUGCAACAGCUGUAUUUGAGGUUGGAAUUUCAGAAGAUGACAUUCCCGUGAAGUGGAUGUUCAACAACAUGGAGCUCAGGUCUGAUGAGCACUACAACAUUGUGACAGAGAAGAAGAACCACAAACUGAUCAUUCAGCAUGUGGACAGCGGUAAAGAGGGACAGUACACCGCCGUGGUGGCACAUCUGCAGUGCAGCGCUCAUCUCAUUGUUGAAGCACUAAAAGUCACAAAGCCUUUGAAGAACAUUGAGAUUCCUGAGACACAGGUAGCCACAUUUGAGUGUGAAGUCUCACAUUUCAAUGUGGAGCCGAUGUGGCUGAAGGACGGUGUAGAGCUUGAAAUGAGCGAGAGGUUCAGGGUGGUUGUUCAGGGAAAAACUCACCAGCUGAAGAUUGUGAACUCCAGGAAGGAUGACUCUGCAGAGUACGCCUUUGUCUGUGGCAGUGACAAAGUGUCUGCCACAUUGACUGUUCACCCAAUUGUCACCACCAUGCUGCAGGAUGUUAACGCUCAAGAGAAAGACAUGGUCACGUUUGAGGUCACCGUCAACUAUGAGGGAAUUGCUUACAAAUGGCUGAAGAACGGCAUGGAGAUCCGUUCUACGGACCGAUGUCAGGCGCGCUGCAAGCAGCUGACACACACUCUGAGCAUGAAGAACGUUCACUUCAGUGACAGUGCCGAGUACACCUUCAUGGCCGGCUCUGCUGUUACUUCAGCCAAACUUUAUGUUGAGGCCCGAGUGGUGGAAUUCACCAAACACCUGAAGGAUCUGAAGAUCACAGAGAAGAAGAGGGCGACUUUUGAAUGUGAGGUUUCUGAGCCAAAUGUCGAUGUGAUGUGGAUGAAGGACGGCCAGGAGCUGGAUAUGUCUGACAGAUAUAAAAUAUCAUCAGAUGAGUUUGUUCAUCGUCUUGUUCUGCCGUCCGUCCGUAUGAGUGACGCUGGAGAGUACGUUGCCGUGGCCGGAGCCAACAUGUCUAAGGCCCAACUGGGAGUUGAGGGCCGGGACAUCAGAAUCACAGAACCAGCCACCAAAGACAUCACUGUUGUUGAGAAACAAAGAGCAACCUUUGAAUUUGAGGUGAACGAGGAUGAUGUGGAAGGUCACUGGUUGAGGAAUGGUGUGGAGAUCCAGCUGACAGUGGAGGAGAGGUUUAGUUAUGCCAUCAUCAGAAAGCUGCACCGUCUGACCAUCACUGAGACUUACAGGAGCGACACUGGCGAGUAUACUUUCCAGGCCGGCAAAAACAGGAGCACCGUGAACCUCCAUGUCCGACUUCCAGAGCCUCCUCAGAUCGUACGUCACAUGGAACCCCAGACUGUGACGGCAGGUAAAUCGUGUCGCUUCUCAGUCCAGGUGAGUGGCCUUCCACAGCCUCACGUGUCCUGGUACAAAGAUACACAACUCCUGGUCACCAGCGACCAGUGCAAGAUCCUCCAUGAUGAGGACGAGCACAUGAUGAUGCUGCUGGAGGUUUUCAUGGAUGAUGCCGCCGUCUACAGCUGUGAGGCCAAGAAUGACUUUGGAGAAGCAACAAGUUCCGCCCAACUCACCGUUGAAGCUCCAAAAGUGGUAGAAGUGGCCCGGGUCUCUGCCCCGGUCCUUGUGGCUCCAAUUGCGGACAUUCUGGUUCCUGAGCGACAUUUUGCUCGCUUUGAAUGCUCCAUCUCUGGAGAAGAUCUACAGAUUUCUUGGUUCUGUAAUGACAAAGCGGUCAGGGAGUCAGACACAAUCAGGAUGUCUCGUGACGGGGAAACCUGCUGCCUUGAGAUUUCCAGUGUUGCCUUCAGCCACGAAGGAGAAUACUCAUGUGUUGCCAGAAAUUCCGCAGGAACCAUCACAUGUUCUGCUACUCUGAAUAUUGAUGAUGAAAAAUCCCGAGCCUUAGCUAGCAUGUCGAGCAGCGCAGCUGAGACGCUGCUCAGUAAGAGGCUGGAGGCCCACACAGCCACAACCAUCGAGUUUACACACACCGCUUCUGUGUCUUGGGAGACGGUUGAUAUUCAUAUGCAGAGCAUGAGCUCGAUGGAGAUGAUCUCUGAGAACAGCACUGAGGUUGAUCUCUCGGCCACGCCCGCUCUGCUGAUGGAAAUGAGCGACGUCCAUGUGAAAAGUGGCGAGAUGGCGGAGUUCAGCUGCUUGUUCGACGGGCAGCCGUUCACCGGGGUGGUGUGGGAUCACAAUGGCCACAACCUGGUGGACACAAAGCGGGUGAGGAGGUCUCAGAGCGGGGGGUUGCUGUCUCUGGUCAUCCAGGGUGUUGGUGUGGCGGACCAGGGUGUGUACCGCUGCACCGCCGCCAACCGACACGGCCAGAGCAGCUCCUCUGGCCAGCUGACUGUUGAAGCUAAAGAAGCAAAUGUCAAAGCAGAAACCCCCAUCCCCACUGACUCUGUGCGUAAAGUGUCGCAGACAGACAAGGAGACCCCUCGAGGUCCCUCUGAAGCCAACAGGCAGGAGGUGGCACAGGAGCCAGGACCAUCUCCUCCAUCUUCUCAGGGAUCUCUCAGCCUCAUCAGCCACCUGAAUUUCCCAGAUGUCACGCCUCAUGACAAACGAGGUCAACACGUCUCCGGCUGCCCUGAGUUCCUGAUCAAGCUUCCCCCUGAGCUGCUGAUCCCAAACAGAGGAAACAGCUCAUUCUGUUGCGUAAUGAAGGGGGUUCCCACGCCGUUUCUCAUUUGGCUGUACAACCGGUUGAAUGUUGAGGAUUGUGUGUCUUACUCUCUGAAACAUGACGGCCCCCUGUGCUGCAUAAAUGUUAAAAAAGUGGAGUCUGGACCAGGGGGCUCUUACUCUUGCAAAAGCUCAGCUGAGGAUGCUGAGUGCAGCACAUUGAUGAAAGGUUGGCAUCUGCAUGCUUUUGGUCCUUCUGCUCGCUCGGCACACAGCACCACUCUUUCUCUCCGCUUCCCACCUCCACCAGCAGAGGCACUGUUUUUUGCCACCAUGCACCUGUCGAGGGUAUACGUCCUUAUUGUUUUCAUGUUGUUCACUGUAUUUGAAGUUUUUCUUACUUUGAACUGUCACUAUUUUUACUCAGCUUUCUCUAGCUCGACCAUCGCAGUGACAGAGGAAACCCAGGAAUCCUACUACACUGGCCAGUUACCAGACAAAACCAGAACACUUGAACUCAAGCCAGAGUCUAAACGCUACUCUCCAGCUCUUGGGAAAAGAAAAAAGAAAAAACCACUUUUCCUCAGCAAACUUUCUUCCACAGUUGCUGCGGUUGGAGAAAACUGUCACGUUACUGUACAAGUGUCCGGUUUCCCCAAGCCCACUGUGAAGUGGUUUCACAGUGGGCAAAGUAUAACAAGUUCGUCUGUGUAUACCUUCCUUCAUGAGCGAGACCACUAUAGCCUGGUUAUUCAUAAAGUUCAGAGAGAGUUUGCUGGCGAAUACUCUUGCACUGUCAGCAACAGAUUUGGCCAGUCGACCUGCACUUCUUAUUUGGAAGUUCAGGUGAAAGAUCCAGAAAGAGACAGAAAAGUGGAAGAGAGAGUGUUUGUACCGACUGGUAAACCCCCAGAAUUCACAAAAACAAUUGAUUCAGCUCAUUCUUCCAAGGGUGGUGAGGCUUUCUUCUUUCGGUACAUUGUGACUGGAGAGCCUUUCCCGGAGGUUCAGUGGCUCAGAGGUCGCUACCACAUUCAGCCCAGUGGCUUCUGUAUCAUUGUGAGCAACCCAGAUGGCUCCGGCUUCAUUAAUAUUAAGAGCAUCAAACAGGAGGAUGCUGGUGUCUACACCUGCAAGGCCUCCAAUCAGUUUGGGGAAGCUACCUGUACUGCUGAACUGCUCGUGUUGACAGAGUUAGUACAGGAAGAACAUGUAUUAACCAAGAAAGAAAAAAGUUUGAAAAUAUCCAUAACAGAGGAGGCCACAGACUCUAGACUGUUCCAAGAGCUGAGUAGAUCCGUCAGUAUUUAUACCAUUAGCACUGAAGACAAGCAAAUUAUGCCUAGUGAAGAGGCGGAAACCUUUGGGGAACUAGAUAUGUCUGCUGCCACCCUUAAUCGGGAGCAGCUGACUCAGCAGGCUGCCGUACUACAGUCUUAUCAAAUACAAGAGAGAGUUUCUCAAGCUCCCAGCCAUCCACCUCAGGUUUCAGCUGUUCCUGUGAAACAGCUUCAUAUGGCGGCUUUCUUAUCAUCAGUCCAUGAAAGCCAAAAGAUCACUGACCAGCACUCUGAGCAGCUUCUCAGCCCCGAGGUUACAGAAGUAGAGUUUGUCAAGGAACAGUCGUCUGUGGUCAUGACAGCCAAAUCUGAAGAGGUUCUUCCACUUUCAACAGUGAGAACUGGGACCCUGAGAGAAACACUUCCAGAGCAGUUGAAGAUCUUAAUUGAACCCAGGCAGCUUGUUAGCAGUCACCAAGUAGAAUCUAGUUUACCCAUCCUUAAAGAAACAUCAGGAAUCACUCAGAGGCCCGAGGAAGAGAAGAGCUUCAGAGUCACAGAAGGGGUCAAAAUCUUAUACUCGGCUCAAUCUACAGGGACACUUCCAGUCACAGAAGGACAUUCUGAGCCUCUGCCAGCUUUAGACGCACCCACUGAAUCCAUCAUGAAGAAAGAAUUGUCUAAGCUAGUUGUAGCACCUAUGAAUGAAACUAGAGUGUCCUUGUCCAAAGAGCAAAAAUUUGACAUGGAGAGACCAGAAGAGGAGAGUAUCUCCACAUUCAAAGACAUGGUCUUUAAGUCUGCUAUAAGUGCAGAAGAGAGGUAUGUCCUUCAGGCUGAGAAGUCAGGAGAGGUGCCGCGUAUAUCGUCAUCCCUUUCUCUAAACCCUCAGAUGGAGAGAGAGAGAGUCCUGCAUCUGCAGGUCAUCACUGAUCAGAAUGCUUUAAGAUCUGAGGGUCAAUUCAGCAGUGAAAAGCCCCUCGCAGAGCAAGCAGAAGUGAGGAAGAGUCCAACAUUGUUGCAUUCAGUUUCCCAGGAAGAACAAAGAAUGUUCGCUUGUGAGGAAACUUCAGAGUUCUCAGCAAAGACUGAUGCCACAUUUGUUCAGCCGAAGAAAGAGCUGCCACAAACAAUGCAUCUUCAGUCAAUCCAUUCUUCACCAGCUUUACCCAAGGAAGGUAUUCUUACACUCCUUAAGCCUGACCAGCAGGUGGCGACACAGAAGCAGGAGAAGAUAAGAAGGUGUGCAGCCACGGCAGAGGAGAGAUGGGAUAUCACCGCCGAUUAUCACACAGACUUAGAUGUCUUAGUUACAGGGGUUCAGUCACAGAGGCAAACGGAGCCUCGGCCCCUCAGAGUCCUCGCAGUCUCUUCCCAACCAACACCGCUCCCGAGGGAGGCACCUUUCGUUAGUGACACCAGUCAGCAGCGAGCAGUAGUCCAUAAGGAGGAUUACUGGAAUAUCAUGCACUCAGUCAGCGUCACAGAGAAUCAGGCUCUGGAGGAGGGCCAUGCCAGCAGUCUCCAAGCUGACCAGAAAUUUAAGGCUGAGAUGAAAAUUGAGCCCAAGAUCCCUAAAAAUUCGGUUUUCAUUGAAGGAAAAGCAGUUGCCACAGAGACCUGUACUAUGUUAGAGGCCGCAGAGCAAGACUUUGCAGUCCAGAUCCAAGAGGGCCAGUCUGUCCGACAGUCUGUAUUGCUGGAAGAAAAACAGAUCAUUAUUGCAGAGCAGUCAUGUGAGCUGCAUAAAUCUGAGAGUUCGAUGAUAAACAUUGUGACCCAGCCUGAAAGAGUUAUGUUUGUCCACGAGUCUGACGACACCCAAGCUCUCCCCAAAGAGCUCACUUUUGUUAUUCACAUUCCCAAACCAUCAAGUCUGAAUAUCCGGUGUCAGCUCAGAGAAGCUCUUCAGUCUGCUGUAGCCACUGACCACCAACUUUUACUAGCUGAUGUCAUAGGAAAGCUAGAAUCUGUGGAAGUGCACGAGGCAAAAGUUCAGAGACAGUUCCAACAUGUCAGGUCUACGUAUGUAAUAACGACACCAGGAACCCCCCUGGAGAUUACAUUGGCUUUUGAAGGUGAGUAUCCUCAGACAGCUGACCUCAGGUCUGAGCUCCAGGUGGCUCUGCGUGCUAUGACCUACCGGGAGAGGCAAAGCCUUUCUUCAGAGCAGCCAGGCACCUUGCUGAUUGACCGGCCUCAGAAAGCGCUGCUCAGUUCGGCAUCCUUUAAGGAAGUGCUCUCAUCUGUGGUGGACACUGUGAUGGUUACAGACAGCACCACUGGAAUUGUUCCAGUUGUGUCUCAGUCAGCAGCUAUCAAGACUGAAGCCAUGGCUUCCUUCCAAAGAGCCAUCGUUCAGAAUCAGUCUGAGAUCCUUGAGUUCAGGCAGAUGGUGGCAGGACGUGGUAGUACUGACGUAACAACCACAGUGUCUUUGGGUCAUAUUGAAGAGCAUAUGGAUAUAUUUGUUCACAGAGAAACCACAGAAGAGUAUCUAUCAGAGGCAGUAAUGAUUAGUGAACCCUCAGCGAGAGUGGUAGAUUAUCCCACUGUGACUAGUUCUCUAGAAGAUGUUUGUGCUGAAGAAAACGGUAAGGCUGUAUUUUCUGCCACCAUCAAGUAUGUCACGGAGGUUAACUGGUUUUUCAAUGGACAAUUGGUGAAAUCUGACGAGUUCAAGUGUUCUAAAGAGCAAGACAGAUACAUGCUAAUUAUCAACAAAGUUAACAAGGAGAGGCAUCAAGGAGAGUAUGUCUGUGAGGCCAAGAAUGAAGCCGGCACGACGACGACGUCUUCAAGACUGACUGUGUUCUCACGAGCAAAACCUGUGUUCAGGUGCAAAAUUGUUCCAGUGGAGGUCAACAUUGGCAACAAUGCCAAGUUUGAAUGUGACACCACGGAUGCUCCAAAUGUAAACUUCAAAUGGUUCAAAGAUGGAAAUCCUAUCAAAGAAGGUGAUAAGUACAGGAUUAUCAGCCGCUUCAGCACUUCAUCACUGGACGUUCUGAGUCCAACAAAGGAUGACAGCGGCGAAUACAGCUGCAAAGCCUCCAAUCAGCACGGGAGUGACAGCUGUUCUGCAUCCCUCACUGUGACAGAGUACUUCCCUCCUGCCUUUGUCAGUAAACCUGACCCUCAGACUGUGUAUGUUGGAAAAAGGGCAGUGAUGCAGUGCGUAGUAACAGGAUCUGCUCCUGUCAAUGUUGUCUGGCUCAAAGACAACCAGGCUUUGCCCAGUGUACCAACACGCUACCGAACCUCUUCUGAAAAGAAUAAGCACACUCUUGAAAUGACCAAAGUUGAACCAGCUGAUGGGGGGCUUUACCUGUGCAGGGUGUCGAAUAACGUUGGCACGGCUGUGUGCAGCAUGGAGCUGACGGUCAUUGAUAAGCCCAACUUUGUAAAGCCCCUCGGUCCUGUUACUGCUGUCGUUGGAGCUCCUCUUCAUCUGGAGUGUCAUGUUGAUGAGGAUGUGGGAGUAAGUGUUACCUGGACCAGAGAUGGUAGGAAGAUCCACCAGUCUCCAGACUGUAAGCUGUCUUUUGAGGAUAAGACCGUAACUCUUGAUAUCCUCAAGGCCACCUUGAAAGAUGCGAAAUAUGUCUGUACUGCAGCAAAUGAUGCUGGCAGUUCAGCAUGCUCCACUUCAGUACAGGUACAAGAGCCUCCAGUCUUUGUCAAAAGGCUGGAAGCUACAGCAGUUUGGAAGCAAGGCAGCGCUGCACGGCUGCAGUGUUCAGUCAAAGGAUCUCCUGAACUUCACAGCACCUGGUUCUUUAAUGACAGCGAGCUGUCCGCUGGUGGCAGGUACGCUGUCAGCAUGAAAGAUGGAAUCGCCACCUUGGAGAUGCAGGAUGUCACCAUGAGUGAUAGCGGGAACUACACCUGCGAGGUUCUCAAUGAUCUGUGUGAAAGCUGCAGCACAAAAGUUACAGUCAAAGAGCCACCAUCUUUCAGGAAAGAGUUGGUUUCAGUUGAGGCAGUAAGAGGUUCUGUGGCUGUUUUUGAGUGUGAGAUCACAGGCUCUCCACCAUUCGAAGUGGCCUGGAAAAAGAAUAAGAAGCGCCUGACUAUGGAUAAGAAACACAGAAUCGUGUCUCAGGGGUCUCUAAGCACUCUGGAGAUCCAGUCCUUUGAGAUGGCUGAUGCUGGCGAGUAUGAAUGUGUUGUGUCAAAUGAAGUUGGCUCGGUAACCUCAAAGUCAGUGGCUAAACAGAAAGAGCCACCGAUGUUCUCAAAGAGGGUUGAGAGUACCACAGCUCUGCUGGGACACACAGUCAAACUACAGGGAACUGUAAAAGGUUCAGUGCCCAUUUUUGUCAAGUGGAUGAAAGACUCUGAGGUGCUACGAGAUGACGAUCCAAACAUUAUUAUGAUGUUUGAGAACAACGUUGCGAGCCUUUCCUUCUCAUCUGUUGAAUUAAAACAUGGCGGCAAAUAUACUUGCCUUGCCGAAAACGAAGCCGGGCAGCAAAAAUGUGAAGCCAUCUUAAACAUUCAAGAACCUGCCAGAAUCUUGGAGAAAGCGUCGUCCAUCAGCGUGACUGCAGGAGAAUCUGCCACAUUGCAGUGCACAGUUUCUGGAAGCCCAGAACUCACAGUCAAGUGGUUUAAAGAUGAGAAGGAGAUGAUCAGUAGCCGGAAAUAUAAAAUGACUCUGAAGGAAAACACUGCCAUCUUAAAGAUUCUCAGUGUCGAUAAAGGCGACACUUCAGAAUACAAACUGGAGGUGUCCAAUAAAGUCGGAAAAGACCACUGCACUUGUUCAGUCACUGUUAUAGAUCGUGCAGUUCCACCAUCCUUCACCAAAGCAUUGAGGAAAGUGGAUGGAAACAUUGGUAGUAAUAUUACCAUGGAGUGCAGAGUAUCCGGAUCCCAGCCAAUGGUUGUUUCUUGGUACAAAGAUGACAAAGAAAUCCACAGUGAUGAGAAAUAUCAGGUGGAUUUCAGUGAGAGCACAGCGACCUUGGUGCUGACCGGCCUGGAGCCAAGCGACUGUGGAGUUUAUAAAUGCCAGGCUACUAAUGACGCUGGCCACAAAGAGACCAGUGGUACUCUGUCAGUUAAAGAACCUCCAGUCUUCACUGUCAAACCUCAGUCCCAGGAUGCUUUACCUGGGUCAAAUGUUAUCUUAAAAGCAGCCUUUACAGGAUCGGCUCCUCUGGCUGUUAAGUGGUUCAGAGAGGAGAAAGAGAUUUUCAGUGGAGGAAAGUAUUUCAUCAAGAAAGAUGCUUCUUCAAGCUCCUUGGAGCUCAACUCUGUGAAACCCAGCGAGUCGGGUAAAUACUCGUGCCAAGUCUCUAAUGAUGCCGGGAAGGUGGAUUGCACAGCAGACCUCUUUGUAAAAGAGACGCCGUCAUUUUCAAUGAAGCUCGAGCCUUCGUUGCUGCUGAAAGUCAGACAGCCUUUGAAGUUGUCCUGUAAAGUUUGUGGCACUCCACUUAUUAGCGUCAAAUGGUUUAGAAAUGGCUCUGAAAUCAGUCCCGACCAAAGACACACUGUGUCGUUUGAGGACACAAUAGCUUGUCUGGAGGUGGAGGACUGUUCUUUGGAUGACAGUGGAGACUAUGUGUGUGUGGCGUCCAGCGAUGCCGGCGUUGACCAGUGCAGCAGCUCAGUAACAGUAAAAGAGCCUCCAGCUUUUGUCAGUCCGUUUGAGUCAGCUGAAGCUGUAAAGGGAUCUGACAUUACCUUGGAAGGCACCGUUUCAGGCUCUGCGCCGUUUGAAAUAAGUUAUUACCUCGAUGAUAAGAUGAUCAGAAAUGACAAACGACAUAGGAUCAGUGUGGAGAACAGCACUGUCACUCUUCACAUUUCAAACUGUGACACUGGAGAUGCUGGAAAUUACCAAUGCACCGUAGCAAACGAUGUUGGAGAGACAUCUUGUUCGUGCCAUAUUUCACUGAAAGAACCACCGUCAUUUGUUCAGAAGCUUCAGGAUAUGUCCUGCAUAGUGGGCUCUGAGGUCUCUAUGAAGUGUGUCUUAUCCGGAUCUCUACCCAUGACUUUCUCCUGGAUCAAAGACAACCAGGAGCUCACAGAAGAUGAGCAUUAUAACAUGUCCUUUGACAGCAGAUCUGCUGUGUUGAAUUUGAAAAAUGCUCAGACGUCACAUGUUGGCAAAUAUGUGUGUCAGGCGCAGAACAAAGCUGGGACUCAGAGAAGCGCUGCGGUGCUUGUAGUGUCAGUACCAGCGAGUAUUUCAGAACAGGCAAAGUCCAUCAGUGUUACAGUGGGUGACCCGGCCAGGCUGGAGUGCAGAUUCUCAGGGACCAAACCGCUCAAGUCCAAAUGGAAGAAAGCAGGAAAAGAGCUGCUUUCAGGCCAAAGAUACAAAAUUCACGGCACAGACACGAGCUCUGUGCUCCAGAUCAUUAAAACAGAGAAAAGCGAUAGCGGAGAAUAUGUCUUUGAACUUUCCAAUGAAGUCGGUAAAAGUUCAUGCGAGGCAACAGUUACGGUUUUAGAACCACCGUGCAUUCUUGAAAAGCCAGACUCCAUGAAUGUUUUGCCUGGAUCAAAGGUUAAGUUUAACGUCCGUCUCUCUGGAACACCACCUUUGAGCAUCAAAUGGUUGAAAAACAAGAAAGAGAUUUUGUCCAGUUUUGACUGUUCUGUCAUCAAAGACAACACCUCCAGCUCUCUGGAACUCUUUACUGCCAAAACCUCAGAUUCUGGAGAGUACGCCUGUGAAGUACAGAACGAUGUUGGCGCCGCUUUGUGCCAGGCGACCCUCUUUGUCAAAGAACCUCCUUUCUUUCUUGAAAAACCUGAAGGCGUAUCAUUAGUAAAAGUAGGAGAAAGCACAACGUUUGAGUGUAAGAUUGGCGGUACUCCCGAGCUCUCUGUACGCUGGUUCAGAGAAGGUGCUGAGAUCUGUCAAAGCCCCAAACACAAGAUGUCGUUUUUAAACUCUGUAGCCACUUUACAGGUUUGUUACGUUGCUGAAAACGACAGCGGGAAGUAUUUCUGUGAAGCCUGUAACGAAGCGGGCACAGAGAGCUGCACUAUUGAGCUCAAUGUCAAAGAACCCCCUUCAUUCAUGGAAGACCUCGCAGCUGUUGAAGUUGUUAAAGGUUCCACUGCUGUGUUUGUUUGCACAGUAGCAGGAACUGCUCCGUUUCAGGUCACAUGGUUCAGAGAUAGGACAUUGAUCAAACCUAGUCAAAAGUACAUCAUCGAGAGCAAAGACAUGGUCUUAAAGAUCAAGGACUGUAAUGAGCAAGAUGUGUGUACUUACCAGUGUGUGGUAGCCAGUGAGGUUGGACAGUGCUCUGGCUUUGCUGCUUUGACUCUAAAAGUGCCACCCACAUUUGUUAGGAUGAUAGAAAAUGCCUCAGUUGUUCUGGGAGAGGCUGCAGUUUUUCACUGCACCACGAAAGGGACGCCUCCUCUCUCCGUACAGUGGCAAAAAGAUGACAGCUGGAUUCCAGAAGAUCCAAAAAUCCAGAGGACCUUUGAAAAUGAUGUGGCUACUCUGAGGAUUCCUGCCUGUGAUACCGUUCAUGGUGGGAAAUACACCUGCCAAGUCAUAAACGAGGCUGGGCAGAACAAAUGCUCCGCCACCCUCGUAGUUCUAGAACCACCGAUUAUCUACGACAAACCAGAUGUAGUCAAAGUGACUCUGAGAGAUCCAGUUAGUCUGGAGUGCAGGAUAACUGGAUCUCCUAAGAUCAGUGUAAAAUGGACCAAAGAUGGCCGAGAGCUCCGGUCGGGUAAAAGACACCACCUCACCUUUGAGAAGAACGUCAGCACUCUAAGCAUUCAGUCUUCAGAGCUGGUGGACAGCGGGGAAUACCUGUUUGAAGCCACUAAUUCUGUUGGCACCUGCAGCUGUAAAGUCAAGCUGGUGGUUUUAGAAGAAGUAAUUCCUCCAAGAUUCGUUAGAAAAUUACAGAACCUGCAAGCCAUUAUGGGUUCCACCAUUACAAUGGAGUGCAAAGUUGCUGGUUCUCUUCCAAUGUCAGUUGAAUGGAGCAAAGGGAAACAAACAAUCAGGAUGAGCUCCAAACACAAACUGCUGCAGGUUGAAAAUACAGUGUCACUGGAGUUUAAACUGACUGACAGCUCUGAUACCGGAGAGUAUUCCUGUAAAGUUUCCAACCAAGCAGGCAGCUGUGUCUGCAGCGGCGUUCUUACGGCUAAAGUGCCACCGAGCUUCCAAAUUGAACCAGAGUCUCAGGCUGUUAUUCCAAAGUCUGCUGUUGUCUUCCGAAGUGUAUUUGAAGGAACUCCACCCUUUGUGGUGAAAUGGUUCAAGGACGAUACUGAACUCAUCACUGGGCCGCUGUGUAAAAUUAAAGUGGAGGAAUACGCUUCCUCCAUCGAGCUCUCCUCUGUUAGCGCUCUGCAUCGUGGCAUGUAUUACUGCCACGUGACCAAUGAAGCAGGCGCAGUGAAAAGUGCUGCAGAGUUAUUGGUGAAAGAACCUCCUCGAUUUGUUGUAAAACUGCCUCCCACCACGUUUGUGAAGCUGAGUGAUGGACAUUGUUUUGAAUGCAAGCUCACCACCGUGCAGUCGUUGAACUUAUCCUGGUACAAAAACGACCAAAAGAUAACUGACGGAGGCAACUAUAAGAUCAUGUUUGUUGACUCGACUGCGUACCUGCAGCUGCACAGCUCAGGUUUGGAGGAUAACGGCGUCUACACCUGUGAGGCUGAUAACGAUGCUGGCAGUGCAAGCUGCAGCACUGUUCUGACAGUCCAAGAGCCUCCAUCCUUCAUUAAAACACCAGAUCUGGUCGAGGGCAUUAAAGGCAGAGACGUCAGCCUCCACUGUGACGUGCACGGCACGGCACCUUUCCAGUUUAACUGGUACAAAGACAAAAGACAAGUGAAGGAGAGCAGGAAAUACAAGAUGGUUAGUGAAGGUGGUGCUAUAGCGCUUCACAUUAUGAAACUGGAGGAUGAUGACGCCGGCCUUUAUGAGUGCAGAGUGUCCAAUCAAGUAGGAAGUGAAUCCUGCACUGCUACAGUCGGCCUUAAAGAGCAACCAGCAUUUGUCAAGAAACUGGUCGACCAGUCAGUGAGAGUCGGUCAGGAGCUGAGGCUGACCGCUACGGUCAAAGGUUCUGAACCUUUGACUGUGUCCUGGAUUCGGGACAAAGAUCACAUUCUCAGGGACGGGGACAACAGGAAGAUCACCUUUGAGAAUAAUGAGGUUGUCCUUGUAGUCCCCAAAGCCGACUUAACUGUAGCUGGUAAAUAUACCUGCCAGCUGAGGAACGAUGCUGGGGUGGCUGAGUCUGUCUCCCACGUGACCGUUGUUGAACCCGCAGGUAUUGUGGAUAGCCCAGAGUCUUUGAACAUAACAUCGGGAGAGAACACAGCUCUUGAAGUUACAGUAUCUGGUUCACCAGAACUGAAAACAAAGUGGUUCAAAGACAACAAAGAGCUUUCUGCUGGCGCCAAAUAUCAGAUGUCCUUCGCAAAGAAAGUUGCCACUCUGAAGAUUACUGCUGCUGAGGAAGCAGAUGCAGGAGAAUACAAGUUGGAGGUUUCAAAUCUCAUUGGUGCAGCCAAUUGCAUAACACAACUCUCUGUCUCAGAAAAGUUGAUUCCGCCGAGUUUUGUGAGGAAGCUGAGAGACGCUCACCUCGUUGUCAGUAAACCUGGUGAGAUGGAAUGUAGGGUCAUUGGCUCUGUUCCUUUAACAGUGUCGUGGUUCCACAAAGGUCAAGAGAUCAAGAGAGGGCCAAACUAUGACAUUAGCUUCAGUGAAAAUAACUGCAAACUGUCAAUUCAGUUGAUCAAGUUGACUGAUGCCGGCAAAUACACAUGCAAAGCUGUAAAUGAUGCAGGUACCAGUGAGACCAGUGCUUCAAUGCAUGUGACAGAGCCGCCAUCUUUUGUGGAAUUACCUGAGGUGCAGGAAACUUUGCCAGGCAAAAAUGUGUCUUUCUCAGCUAAAGUGAAGGGCAGUGCCCCCCUGAAAGUUCGGUGGUUCAGGGGAGCCAAGGAGCUGCAGCAUGGAAGGGGCUGUGAGAUUGCAUUGAAGGAUGAUGUAGCUACUCUGGUUCUACACAAAGUUGAGAAAUCCCAUGCUGGAGAAUACACCUGUCAGCUCAUUAAUGAUGCUGGAAAAACAAGCCGCCCAGUUUACCUGAUUGUCAAAGAACCCGUACACUUUGUGAAGAAACUGCGGGACAUUUCGCUGGAGAAGGGGAACCCUCUGAGGCUCGGGGUCACAUUUGCUGGAACUCCAACAGUAACUGUAACUUGGACGAAGGAUGGCAGUGUCAUCUCAGCGUCAUAUGAGUACAAUGUGAUCACCACCGACACUUCAUGUAUUCUGGAAGUUCUUAACUCUGACAGAAUGGAAGCAGCUGGACGAUACUCUUGUGUUGUAGACAACGGAGUCGGAAGUGACAAAUGUGAAGCACACGUGUCAAUUCUAGAACGACCAUACUUUGUUGAAAAGAUGGAGCCGGUGGACAUAACUGCAGGCGAUGCGAUUACUCUGACGUGCCGUAUUGCGGGAACUCCUGAAAUCUCAGUAUCUUGGUUUAAAGCAGAUGGAAAGCUACGUAAAUCCGAUAUUUGCUCAAUGGACUUCCUGAAUGGUGUCGCCACUCUGAUGUUGCUCAGAACAAGCAUGUCGGAUCAUGGUGAAUACAUCUGCAAGGCCCAGAACCGAGUCGGUUCUGCCUCCGCCAGCUGUAAUGUGACAGUGAGAGGUGAAUCCCCUUUUUCAAGAGCUGUUUCUUCCAAGCGCAAAGUCCCUCCAAACUUCACCAAGAGGCCGUCUGAGUCCAUGGUGGAUUCAGUGGGCAAGGUGGUGAAGAUGGAGGGCCGAGUGUCGGGCUCUCAGCCGCUGACCAUCACCUGGUUCAAGGACAACUGCAAAUUACAGAGCAGUGACAAAUAUGACAUCAGCUUCAAGAACAACCUGGCCAUGCUGUGCAUCAGGGAGACCGCCACCUCUGACAACGGCACGUACAUCUGCGAGGCCGCCAACGAAGCAGGCUCAGCAUCAUGUCGGGUUUCUCUUGACAUCGCAGACACAGGCCAGGCUCCGGUCUUUGACGUCCCUCUGGAGCCAGUGACGGUGACUGAGGGUGAGAAGCUGAGUCUAAAAUGCCACGUCAGUGGCUCGGCUCCGCUGACGGUUCAGUGGAUGAAAGACCGCCGGGAGCUGAAGUCCAGCGGAAACACCAGAGUCACGUUUGUGGGCGGGGCAGCCUGCCUCGAGGUUAGCCAAGCCUCCAAAGCUGAUGCAGGAGACUAUCUGUGCAAGGCCAGCAAUGAAAUUGGCAGCAACUUCUGCAAGUCCAGAGUGACUGUGAAAGAUAAACCAGGCAAGGUCACGCCCACUGAGGCCCCUGCCCCCGCCCCUGCCCGCCCUGCCCCUGCUGGACCUGUCAAACGGCUUGACAACCUUUUCUUCAUCGAGGAACCCCAAAACAUUUCUGUCAUUGAGAAGGGCACUGCGGUGUUUAUUGCCAAGAUCGGUGGCGACCCCAUUCCCAGUGUGAAAUGGAUGAAGGGCAAGUGGAGGCAGCUGACCCCUGGUGGUCGUAUCUCCAUAGAACACAAAGGCCAGGAUGCCAAACUGCAGAUUCGAGACGUGACCAGGUCCGAUUCAGGCCAGUACAGAUGUGUGGCCUCCAACAAACACGGAGAGAUUGAGUGUAGCGCUGACAUGGAUGUCACCAAAAUGGAAGAAGCGGAAGGAAUUGGAGACUUCAGGGCGAAGCUGAAGAAGACUCCAUCAAAGCAGAAAAGUCCAAAGAAAGAUGAAGAAAUUGAUAUUGUGGAGCUGCUGAGAGGUCAUGACCCCAAAGACUAUGAGAGAAUCCUGCGAGAACAUAACAUCCACGACUACCGUGCUAUCCUGCAAGCUGUGGAGUUCCUAAAGAAGGAGAAGGAAAUGGAGACUGGAAGAGUGCAAGUGGAGCGUGGAGGCCGGGUGGACGAGGCAGACAUGGCCCAACUCAUCCAGGAGCUGGAGGGACGGAUUUUUAAUCCACAGCCGAUCUCUGUGCUGGAGGACAUCACUGACCAGACUGCAGCCGAGAAUCAGACAGCCACAUUUGAGUGUCAAAUCCAAAUUAACUAUCCAGAGAUCACCGUGUCCUGGUACAAAGGCACACAGAAACUGGACAGAGAUGACAAGUAUGACAUCAGCACCGUGGGUGACCGUCACUCUCUGAAAAUUAACAACUGCCAGGCAAAGGACCAGGGCAACUACCGUGUUGUGUGUGGUCCUCACAUCUCCAGUGCCAAGCUGACCAUCACAGGCGUUUAUCCCACCGGCACGCGUCUAGAACCAACAGAAGAUGCUCGAACCCCAGCUGAGCUUCACCUAUUAGACAAAGGUGUGUACGUACGACCAUCAGUGUACUGCACGGUAGUGCCCAUUCACAUCAUGACUAUGGUUCCCCAUCACUGGACCACAGAUGGUUCCCUUUCACAGGAACACAGAUGGUUCCCUUUCGCUGGACCACAGAUGGUGCCCCGCCUCUUGACCACAGAUGGUUCUCCAUCACUGGACCACAGAUGGUUCCCCAUCACUGGAACACACAUGGUUCCCCAUCACUGGAACACACAUGGUUCCCCAUCACUGGACCACACAUGGUUCCCCAUCACUGGACCACAGAUGGUUCCCUGUCACUGGACCACAGAUGGUUCCCUUUCACUGGACCACAGAUGGUUCCCUUUCACAGGAACACAGAUGGUUCCCUUUCACUGGACCACAGAUGGUUCCCUGUCACUGGACCACAGAUGGUUCCCUUUCACUGGAACACAGAUGGUUCCCUUUCACAGGAACACAGAUGGUUCCCUGUCACUGGACCACAUAUGGUUCCCUGUCACUGGACCACAGAUGGUUCCCCAUCACUGGAACACACAUGGUUCCCUUUCACUGGACCAUGGAUGGUUCCCUGCCACUGAACCACAGAUGGGUCUCCAUCACUGGACUACAGAUGGUUCUCCAUCACUGGACCACAGAUGGUUCCUCAUCGCUGGAACACACAUGGUUCCCUUUCACUGGACCAUGGAUGGUUCUCUGCCACUAGACCAGAGAUGGUUCUCCAUCAUUGGACCACAGAUGGUUCUCCAUCACUGGACCACAGAUGCUUUCCUGUCACUAGACUACAGAUGGUUCUCCAUCACUGGACCACAGAUGGUUUCCUGUCACUGGACCACAGAUGGUUCCCCAUCGCUGGAACACAGAUGGUUCCGUUUCACUGGACGAUGGAUGGUUCCCUGCCACUUGACCACAGAUGGUUCUCUAUCACUGGACCACAGAUGGCUCCCUGUCACACGACUACAGAUGGUUCCCUGCCACUUGACCACAGAUGGUUCUCUAUCACUGGACCACAGAUGGCUCCCUGUCACACGACUACAGAUGGUUACCUGUCACUGGACCACAGAUGGUUCUCUAUCACUGGACCACAGAUGGUUCUCUAUCACUGGACCACAGAUGGCUCCCUGUCACACGACUACAGAUGGUUACCUGUCACUUGACCACAGAUGGUUCUCUAUCACUGGACCACAGAUGGCUCCCUGUCACACGACUACAGAUGGUUACCUGUCACUGGACCACAGAUGGUUCCCCAUCGCUGGAACACAGAUGGUUCCGUUUCACUGGACGAUGGAUGGUUCCCUGCCACUUGACCACAGAUGGUUCUCUAUCACUGGACCACAGAUGGCUCCCUGUCACACGACUACAGAUGGUUACCUGUCACUGGACCACAGAUGGUUCCCUGUCACUAGUCCACAGAUGGUUCUCCAUCGCCAGUCCACAGAUGGAGACGAUAAUGAGACGAUGCAAAAGAAGAAGUUGCUGUGGCCUCACCUGGACCACGUCCCCGACAUGCCGGUUCACAUGGUGGAAGCAGCUUCUAUUGCUGUGUUUAGUGAUUCAACUGAAGUUUAUCAAUAUGAAGAGAGAACGGAGAUGAAAGAAGAGAGAAAAGCUGUUGAAGAAUUUGUAGAGAGGAUUGAAGUUGAGAAGCGAGAAGGCGUUCCUCCAGUUCGUGAAGUUUACUGGAAAGCCGAAGAGGAACCCUCUGAGGUUGCAGCACCCCCUAGUGCUCCAGCCAAAGUACCUGCAGUAUACGCCAUACAUGAACCGGAGAUUGUGACCGUUCCCAGAAAGGUCAUCCCUGAACCUGACCAAGCCAAGCCUACAAAGGAGCCAAAAACAGUUCCCCCUGAGCUUAAAGUUGAGAAACCAGCGGCACCUGAGACAAAAGUGUCUAAAAUCAGGCCUGAACCAGAACAACCAAAAGUUGAACCCACUCCAAAGAAGGCACCAGAACCUGCUACACGGCGAGAGACACCUGUUGAAGAAAGAAAGAUGGCUGCAGAAGUGCAACAGAAACUGUCAGAACUGAAAAAGGUACCAGAAGAAACUAAAGGUGUAGUAGAGAUGCCAAAGAAGGUUUCAGAAGACAGAGAGAAGGUUCUGGAAGAAGCACAGGAGGCUCCAAAAAUAUACCAAAGACCUUCACUGGCACCAGUGAAGGUUUCAGAUGAGAAGAUUCUUGAAGAACCAAAGUUUGUGAAAGAACCACAGAAGGUGCAGGAAGCACUACAGCAGACUCUAAUACCAUCCAGAAAGGUUUCUGAGGCACCAACAAAGGUUCCUGAGGAACCAAGAAAAGGUCAAGAAGCUACAAAAUUCAUUACAGAGGAACCAAUGAAGGUUACAGACAAAGACAAAAAAUUAUCAGAAGUACAAAGAAAGUUUAGGAAAGAACAAAAGGUUCCUGCAGAGUCACAGAAGGUUCCAGAGGAUACAAUAUUAAUACCAGCAGAAAUGAUUCUGGGCCAUCAAGAAUCAACAACAACAGCACAAGAUUCAGAACAUAUUCUUCAGGCUGUCGAGCCUCUGCAGAAAGUUCCCUUGAAGACUGAGCCAAAGGAAGCAGUCAUGAUUGAAGCCAGAAAGGAGCCAUCAGUGGAGGAUUUUCGAGAAAGAACUCCUCUUGGAUUCAGGAAAGAGGAUGUCAGGAUGCAUGAAAGGAAAGAAGCGUUCAGGGAAUCAAGUUCUUUGCAGAUGGUUCUUGCAAAGAAGGAGGAGGCUUCUACUUUGUACCAUGAAGGUCAAUUUGAAGCUCUUCAUGAGGAAGACCUCCAUCUAGAACACAGACCUGAGAAGAAAGUCAGAGAAGAAAUGACAUCUGUGAGGCUUGUUUCAACACAUAUGAAGAAAGAGAUCCAAUCAAAAGGAGAUGACACACCUCAGUCUAAAACGCAUGUUCUGAUGAAGAAAGAUGUUUCUGCUCUCAGGACCAGACUUCUGUCUGAAACAAAAAUACUGACUGACAAGAACAUGACUCCAGAAAGCAAACAGAGAAAAGAAGAUGUUCUUUCAAGUUACAUUGAGAAGAAAGAAGAAGGUGAAUCACAGGUACCAGCAUGUGCAGAAGAAACAAUCGGUGAAGCUGUUUCUUCAGUGGAGGAUCUGUUCAAAGCUAAUACAACUGCUAAAGAACUCAUUAUUCAGGACAAACCUAGUACGCCAACUGGAGUGACAAAAGAUCUGUCCCAAAGGUGUGUGACUCUUCCUGAGGGGACACAAGAAGUAGUUUCUCCUACAAUAAUUACAGAGCCCUCAGUAGAAACACCUCUUGACAGUGUUGUACCUCUGGACAAACUGACUAUUGUGUCUUCUAAAGAAGAAGGUGUCCCAGCUAUGAGGUCUGUCCCCCCAAAAGAAUCUAUUCCACCAAAACGAGAUAGCCCUCCUCCACGCAAAGAGAUGAUUCUUGCUGAACUUAAAUCUUCUGAAGAAACAAAGACCUCUGUGACUCAACCUCCACGAAGACAAGAAGAUAAAGAAACACAGAAGGAAACUCGGAGUGUUGAAGAUCAAACUCUUAAGAAAGUGGCUCCUCCAGAGGAGAAGAAACCAUCUGUACCAACGCCAGAGCUUCCACCUCCUGCUGUGAAGAAAGUUGCUCCUGCUACAAAGAAAUUUUUUCCUCCUGCAGAGAAAGUUGCUCUUCCUGCAGAGAAAGUUGCUCCGCCUGCAGAGAAAGUUGCUGCUCCUGCAGAGAAAGUUGCUUCUCCUGCAGAGAAAGUUGCUGCUCCUGCAGUGAAAGUUGCUCCUCCUGCAGAGAAAGUUGUUGCUCCUGCAGAGAAACGUGUUCCCCCUGCAGUGGCUCCUCCAGAAGAGAAGAAACCUUCUGCACCGGCACCAAAGCUUCCACCUCCUCCUGCAGAGACAGUUGUUCCUGCUGCAAAGAAAGUUGCUCCACCUGUAGAGAAAGUUGCUCCUCUUGCAGAGAAAGUUGCUCCUCCUGCAGUCAAAGUUGCUCCUUCUGCAGAGAAAGUUGUUCCUCUUUCAAAGAAAGUUGCUCCACCUGCAGAGAAAGUUGCUCCUCCUGCAGAGAAAGUUGCUCCACCUGCAGAGAAAGUUGUUCCUCCUGCAGAGAAAGUUGCUCCACCUGCAGAGAAAGUUGCUCCACCUGCAGAGAAAGUUGCUCCACCUGCAGAGAAAGUUGCUCCUCCUGCAGAGAAAGUUGUUCCUCUUGCAGUGGCUCCUCCAGAAGAGAAGAAACCUUUUGCACCAGCACCAAAGGUUUCAGUUCCUCCUGCAGAGAAAGUUGCUCCUCCUACAGUGGCUCCUCCAGAGGAGAAGAAACGUGCUGCACCAGUACCAAAGCUUCCACCUCCUCCUGCAGAGGAAGUUACUCCACCUGCAGAGAAAGUUGCUCCUCCUGCAGAGAAAGUUGUUCCUCUUGCAAAGAAAGUUGCUCCUCCCACACAGAAAGUUGCUCCACCUGCUGAGAAAAUUGUUCCUGUUGCAGUGGCUCCUCCAGAAGAGAAGAAACCUUCUGUACCAGCACCAAAGCUUCCACCUCCUCCUGCAGAGAAAGUUGUUCCUCCAGCAGAGAAAGUUGUUCCUCCUGCAGAGAAAGUUGCUCCUCCUGUAAAGAAAGUUGCUCCUCCUGCAGUGGCUCCUCCAGAAGAGAAGAAACCUUUUGCACCAGCACCAAAGGUUUCAGUUCCUCCUGCAGAGAAAGUUGCUCCUCCUACAGAGGAGAAGAAACGUGCUGCACCAGUACCAAAGCUUCCACCUCCUCCUGCAGAGGAAGUUACUCCACCUGCAGAGAAAGUUGCUCCUCCUGCAGAGAAAGUUGUUCCUCUUGCAAAGAAAGUUGCUCCUCCCACACAGAAAGUUGCUCCACCUGCUGAGAAAAUUGUUCCUGUUGCAGUGGCUCCUCCAGAAGAGAAGAAACCUUCUGUACCAGCACCAAAGCUUCCACCUCCUCCUGCAGAGAAAGUUGUUCCUCCAGCAGAGAAAGUUGUUCCUCCUGCAGAGAAAGUUGCUCCUCCUGUAAAGAAAGUUGCUCCUCCUGCAGUGGCUCCUCCAGAAGAGAAGAAACCUUCUGUACCAGCACCAAAGCUUCCACCUCCUCCUGCAGAGAAAGUUGCUCCACCAGCAGAGAAAGUUGUUCCUCCUGCAGAGAAAGUUGCUCCUCCAGCAGAGAAAGUUGUUCCUCCUGCAGAGAAAGUUGCUCCUCCUGUAAAGAAAGUUGUUCCUCCUGCAGUGGCUCCUGCAGAAGAGAAGAAACCUUCUGUACCAGCACCAAAGCUUCCACCUCCUCCUGCAGAGAAAGUUGUUCCUCCUGCAGAGAAAGUUGUUCCUCCUGCAGAGAAAGUUGCUCCUCCAGCAGAGAAAGUUGUUCCUCCUGCAGAGAAAGUUGCUCCUCCUGUAAAGAAAGUUGUUCCUCCUGCAGUGGCUCCUCCAGAAGAGAAGAAACCUUCUGUACCAGCACCAAAGCUUCCACCUCCUCCUGCAGAGAAAGUUGCUCCUCCUGCAGAGAAAUUUGCUCCUCCUGCAGAGAAAGCUGCUCGUCCUACAGAGAAAGUUGCUCCUCCUGUAGAGAAAGUUGCUCCUCCUGCAGUGGCUCCUCCAGAGGAGAAGAAACCUUCUGCACCAGCACCAAAGCUUCCACCUCCUCCUGCAGAGAAAGUUGCUCCUCCUGUAAAGAAAGUUGCUCCUCCUGCAGUGGCUCCUCCAGAGGAGAAGAAACCUUCUGCACCAGCACCAAAGCUUCCACCUCCUCCUGCAGAGAAAGUUGUUCGUCCUGCAGAGAAAGUUGCUCCUUCUGCAGUGGCUCCUCCGGAGGAGAAGAAACCUUCUCUUCCUCCACAACCGCAGCCUGUACCUCCUCCUGCUCCCGCACAGAAGGUUGCUGCUCCCGCAGUGGCUCGUCCAGAGGAGAAGAGACCUUCUGCACCAGAACCAAAGCCUUCAGUGGCUCCUGCUGCUGCAGCUGUGUCUGUUCCUCCAGCAGUUUCUCCUCCGGAAGAAGCGAUGCCUUCUCCACCAACACCAAAGCCUCUGGUAGAAAAAAUCAUUCCUCCCUCAGAUGAAGUUUUUCCAGUGGAGAAGAAACCGUCUCCACAUGUCACAAAGCCUGAAGUCUCUCCUGUAUCAGAGGAAAUCAUUUCACCUGAAGACAUGGAACCAGUUACAGCACCUGGACCAACUAAAGUGUCACCUCUUAAGCAAAAGGUUAAGAUUUCCAUUCAGGAGGCAAAAACACCUGAGUUGCCCAAGCCGAGGACUAAGGUCACCAGACUUCCUAAAGAAAAGGAGCAAGAACCUGAAGUUAUUAAACUGAAGAAGGUGCCACCAAAGCCUUCAGAAGCUGAGAAACAACUGACAACUCACACAGCAGAAGUAACAAGGCACUUCGAUUCAGAACUGACAGUUCACGGACUCCAUGACAGAGAAGAUAGAGAGAUAAUAACACUGGGAAGAACAGAACGACUCUACACUGCAGAGGAACAAACAGUUUCCUUAGAAGAGUUUGAGGAAGUUGAAAGAGCUGUAGAUGCACAGAAGCCUGAGAAAGAAGGAUGGACGAGAACUCCCAAAUCUCCAAAAGACAAAGAACCCCAGGUUCCAAGUCUCGAGAAGAAGAAAAUAACAAAGCUGCCAAAGACUGAUGAGCAGAAAGAAUCAGUUAAACUGAAACCUUUUGAAAAACCCGAGAAAUCAGAUGAAGAACCUCAAAUGAUUAAACUAAAAAAGGUACCAACCAAACCCAAAGAACGUGAGAAGGAGGUCGUGACGCAUAAAGCUGACGUAACAAGGCAAUAUGACACAGAAAUGACAGUUCAUGAGCUUCACGAUCGGGAGGAUCGAGAGCUAAUAACACUUGAGAGAACUGAGCGAGUCUUUAGUGCAGAUAAAGAGGCAAUUGGACUGAAGCAUGCAGACAAGUCUGAAAUUGUGGAGGCACAUGAUGAGAAGACAAAAUGGACAAGAACUCCUAAGAUACCCAAAGAUGAAGAAUCUGAGCCAGAUUUUGCUAAAAAGAAAAUAAAGAAAUUGCCAGUGGAGGAGGGAGAUGAGGAAAUAGUGACACUGAGACCAUUUAAAAAGCCCCAGAAGCCCGAAGACACCGAGCCUCCAAAAGCUACAAGAGAAAGUGAGGCAAAGAAAGAAACUGAGCGCACUCCUUUCAGAAGACGUGAAACGCCACAGAAAGAGCAACCAAGUUCUGCUUUGAAACACAGAAAACCUGAUGAUGCUGCCUUGAUAAGUCCUGAUGCACCUCCUGAAGUCCAAAAAGACCACAAAGAGACACCGCAGAAGGAAAAGGUUGAUCAUAAAGUGCCCAAAGGUGAAGCUGUGUCACCUGAUGACAAGCUGCGUGUGAAGCCUAAAAUUCUUCCCACCCCAGAUAAAGAGAAGGAGGAGGUUGUUUUAAAGCCUUUCACCAAAGCUGCUAAAGCUGAAGAAGAGCCUGAAAAAGCAUCUGAAGAGGAGAAGAAGAAACUCACAGACACCACACCCAUUCGAGCUCCAAGAGAUGAACCUCCCAAAGAGCAGCAGCUUAAGAAAAGUGAAAAGACUGGAAUGCCUAAAGCAGAGGUUCAGACAUCUGAACCUCCAUCCAAGAAGUACCGUACACCUGAAGUGGAAGAAGCUGGGAAAGAAGAGCUGAAAAAAAUCCCACAAAAGCCAACAGACCAAAGAAAGGAAGCCAUAGAACUGAGAAAAACGCCAUCACCUAAAGUGGGCAAACAAGAUUUAGAUGACAAAAAGGCCUUGAAAGUCAUGGAGCAGCCCUUAAAGGUAGAGUUGAAAAAGAUUCCAUCACUGAAGGUUGACAAGCCAAAGCUUACUGAUCAGGAGAAGGUCCCUGCUGAGAAGAAGCCAAGUGCUGAAAGACUCAAACAGGCUCCAAAAACUGUGACUCCAAAAUACUCAAGUGAAGAAACGAUUCUCAAGCCAGCUCCUAAGAAAGGCUCACCAAAGGAAGAGGAAGCUGUAGAACCAGUACAGCUUGGUAAAAGAAGAGUUCCUGUAGUGAAGGAGGUCUCUCCUGGAGCUGUGCAGCUGAGUAAAGUCCCCACCCAGCCAGAGGAGGAGGUGUUUGAAGAGGAGUACCAAGGUGAUGGAGAGGAAGAAGAGGAGACAUGGUGCUGGGAGUUGGAAGGUGAAGUGACUGAUGGGGAACUGGAGACUCCAGGCAUGGCCGGCAGAAAAGAUGGAAAACCAGCAGAGGUGCCACCUAAAGGCCGCGGUCGAGGAUUUGGGGCGAGACAAACGCCAUCUCCAGGUGAUGGCGGCAGGGGCCGGGAGCUGAGGCCCGGUGGAAAAGGCCCUUCACCACCAGAGGAACCUUUUGGAGGAUUCAAACUCAAAGCCGUCCCACUGAAGUUCAUCAAAAAGAUUCAGGACAUUGUGCUCUUGGAGGCGGAGUCUAUUGGCUCAUCAGCUGUCUUCGAGUGUGAGGUCUCGCCUUCCACCGCCAUUGCUUCAUGGAUGAAGGAUGGCAGCAAUUUGCGCGAGGGCCCCAAGCACAGGUUCACCUCUGAUGGCAAAGAUCGGACGUUGCACAUCAUUGAUGUGCAACUGUCUGACACCGGGGAAUAUACAUGUGUGGCAAAGAACGCUGGCAGGGAGAUAUCAUGCACAGCCAAGCUGAUUGUUGAAGAGCUGCCUGUCAAAUGGGUUAGUGAACUGGAACCAGAGACAACGUGCAUAAAGACACAGCCAAUGUACCUGACCUGUGAGCUCAACAAAGAGCGAGACGUGAUCUGGAAACAUAAAGGUGAACUUUUGAAGACCAAAGCUGGAAAGGUGACCAUUAACAUAAUUGGGUUGCAACACGCCAUAACAAUCCAGAACUCCACUGAAGAGGAUGCUGGUGCCUACACAUGUGAGGUGUCCGGCCAGGAGGAUGUCAAGACCACAACCAAUGUCAAAGUGAUUGAGGUCAUCAAAGACUGGAUUGUGAAGCCACUCAGGGAUCAGCACGUGAAGCCAAAAGCCAAAGCCACAUUCAAAUGUGAGCUGUUCAAGGACACUCCCAACUGGAAGUGGCUGAAGGGCGACACGCAGCUCACGCCUUCAGACAAGGUGGAGAUCAACAAAGAUGGAAGCAUCAUGACACUUUGCAUUAACAACUGCCAGCCUGACGACGUGGCCGAAUAUUCGUUUGCAGUGGAAGACCGUCUGUACACAGCCAAACUGACACUCGGAGAGCGUGAAGCUGAGAUUCUGAAGCCUCUGAAAAGUUUGGAGGUAGUUGAGAAGGAGGAGGCCAAUUUUGACACUGAAAUAUCUGAGGAUGAUGUUGUUGGUGAAUGGAAACUGAAGGGGCAGGUCCUGGCCAGGUCUCCGACAUGCGACAUUAAAUCUGAGGGUGGAAAACGUUUCCUCACAUUAAAAAGUGUUCAGCUGGAUCAGGCUGGCGAGGUGUCGUAUCAGGCUCUGAACGCCGUCACCAACGCCAUGUUGACAGUCAAAGAAAUCGAAAUGGGUUUUGUCGUCCCACUGAAGGAUGUUUCUGUGCCAGAAAAGAAACAGGCUAAGUUUGAAUGCACCGUCACAAAAGAUGUGGCUAAGGUCAUAUGGUACAGGGGGUCUGACAUCAUCACCCCAAGCCCAAAAUACGAAAUGAUUGAUGAUGAAAAGAAACACAUGCUGGUCAUAAACAGCUGUGAGUUUGAUGAUGAGGCUCAGUAUACAAUCGAAGUGCUGGGCCACAAAUCUACCGCCCAGCUGACGGUGGAAGGCAUUCGGCUCAAAUUCAUACAGCCACUUGAGGACCAAACCGUUAAAGAAGGUAACACGGUACAUUUUGACCUUGAGCUGAGUCAUGAAAAUGUGCCAGUGGUCUGGUACCGAAAUGAAGUCAAACUACAUGUGAGCAGAAUGGUGCUCACGCAUGUGGAAGGAAAGAAACACACUCUAGAAAUCAGGGAGGUGACUCUAGAUGACACCAGCCAGAUUAAAGCAGAGGCCAAAGGGAUGUACUCCACAGCGAAACUCACAGUCAUAGAGGGAGACGCCGUCUUCAUCGUGAAGCUCCAGGAUUACACUGCCACAGAGAAGGAAGAAGUCACUCUGAACUGUGAACUGAGCAAAGACGUGCCAGUGCUUUGGUACCACAAUGAGAAGGAGCUCAUCGCCUCCAAGAUGGUGGUGAUGAAGUCAGAGGUUACGCGCAGAACACUGGUCCUGAAGAAAGUGGAGCAGAAAGAUCAGGGUCAAUAUGCCUGCGACUGUGGAACAGACAAGACCACAGCCACCCUCAAUGUGGAAGCUCGUGACAUUAAGGUGAUUCGACCAAUUUACGGUGUGGAGCUGUUUGACGGAGAGACGGCUCGUUUCGAGGUGGAGAUCUCAGAGGACGAUGUCCACGGCCAGUGGAAGCUGAACGGAGAGAUCCUGAGUCCGUCUCCUGAUGUCGACAUCAUCGAGGAGGGAGGAAAACACACACUCAUCCUCUACAACUGCAAAGUCCCCAUGACUGGCGAGGUGGCGUAUAGUGCUGCCAAUGCUAAGUGUUCUGCUAACCUGAAGGUCAAAGAACUUCCGCUGAACUUCUUGACACCACUUAGUGAUGUCCAUGUGUAUGAGAAGGAUGAAGCCAGAUUUGAGCUGGAGGUGUCGAGGUUGCCCAAGAGCUUCCGCUGGCUGAAGGGUUCACAGGAACUGCAGAGUGAUGAUAAGUACGAGCUGAUCCAGGAGGGGAACAUGUUUGUACUCCUGAUCCGGUCUGCUGCCUAUGAAGAUGAAGCCAAGUACAUGUUUGAGGCUGAGGAUAAGAGAACGACCGGCAAACUCAUCAUCCAAGGUAUCCGCCUUGAGUUUGUCAAACCUAUCAAAGACGUGACCGUGAAGGAGCGUGAAACUGCAGAGUUCAGCUGUGAACUCUCCCAUGAGAACAUCCCAGUGGUCUGGUACAAAAACGAUGUCCGCCUGCACCCCAGCAAGGUGGUCCACAUGUCAUCUCAUGAGAAGAGCCACACACUGGCCUUCAAGGAGGUCACCAUCGAUGACACCUCAAUGAUCAAAUUGGAAGCCAUGGACAAGACAGUCACAGCAAUGCUCACUGUUAUUGAGGGCGACGUGUAUUUCACCACCAAGCUACAGAACUACACGGCUGUGGAGAAGGAUGAGGUCAAACUGAUCUGCGAGCUGAGCAAAGCCGUCGCUGGCGUUAAAUGGUUCAAGGAUGGAACGGAGAUCACGCCUUCCAAGAACAUCGCCAUCGGAACUGAUGGCAAGAAACGCAUCCUGACGAUCAGGAAAGCGGAGAAGAGUAACAUUGGAGAGUACACCUGUGACUGCGGGUCUGACAAAACAACAGCAAACCUCAAUAUAGAAGAACGCGACAUCAAAGUUAUUCGUCCGCUGUACAGUGUGGAGGUGACAGAGACAGAAACAGCCAAGUUUGAGACGGAAAUUUCAGAGGAUGAUGUCCAUGGCCACUGGAAACUGAAAGGAGACGCUCUGCAUCAAUCACCUGAUGUGGAGAUCAAAGAGGAAGGAACCAAACACCUGCUGAUUCUCUACAACGUGCGAAUGGACAUGGCCGGAGGCGUUGACUUCUCAGCAGCCAAUGCCAAGUCCUCCGCCCAGCUUCGGGUUAAAGCUCGCACCAUCAGCCUGCUGCGUCCUCUGACAGACGUGACUGUGACCGCUGGAGAGACAGCGACCUUCGAGUGCGAGCUGUCAUACGAAGGCAUCGAGGUGGAGUGGUUCCUGGGAGGACAGAAGAUGGAAGCGAGCGACAGGGUGAAGACUCGGGUGGCAGGACGCGUUCACACUCUGAUGGUCCGAGAUGUGAAACUGUCAGAGGCAGGUGAGGUGAAACUGACCGCCAAGGACUUCCAGACGCAGGCUCGCCUCAUCGUCAAAGAGCCGCCGGUGGAGUUCACCAAGCCUCUGGAGGACCAGACAGUGGAGGAGGAAGCCACCGCCACACUGGAGUGUGAAGUUUCCAGAGAGAACGCAGAGGUGCAAUGGUUCCGAGGCGGACAGGAGCUCCACAAGACCAAGAAGUACGACAUGAUCGUCGACGGCCGCAAGAGAGCGCUCAUCAUCCACGGCUGCUCUCCAGACGAUGCCAAGAUGUACACAUGUGACGCCAAGGACUUCAAGACCUCCUGCUUCCUGGAAGUUACACCUCCUCAUGUGGAGUUCACCAAGCCUCUGCAGGACGUGGAAGUCAGAGAGAAAGAAUCUGCCAAGUUUGAAUGUGAGGUUUCCCGAGAGUCCGCGAAGGUUCGCUGGUUCAAGGAUGGCAAUGAAAUCAGGAAAGGAAAGAAGUACGAAAUCAUUGCCAAGGGUGUCCAGAGGAUGCUUCUCAUCCACAAGUCUGUAUUUGAUGAUGAAGCAGAGUAUGAAUGUGAUGCCAGGACCUCCAGGACCUCCGGCAUGUUGACUGUCAUUGAGGAGGAAGCGAGAUUCACCAAAAACCUGUCCAAUGUGGAGGGAACAGAGACGGCUAGUGUAAAGAUGAUCUGUGAGGUCUCCAAGGCCAGCGCUGAGGUUACCUGGUAUCGGGGAGAUGAAGAGCUGCCUGAAGGUGGUCGCUAUGAGGCCAUCAUGGAUGGACGUAAGAGGAUAUUGAUCAUCAAGGACUUGAGGAUGGAUGAUACUGGAGAAUACAACUGCAGGUUGAGUCCCACCGUCAGAACAUCUGCCUCAUUGAAAAUUAAUGAACUGGCAGCUGAGUUCAUCACCCGGCCUCAGAACCAGGAGGUGGUUGAGGGUGAGAAGGCCAAAUUCACCUGCGAAGUCUCCAAGGACACUUAUGAAGUCAAAUGGUUCAGAGGAGACAAGGAAAUCGAGUCUGAUGACAAGUACACGAUCGUCAGUGAAGGGAAGAGUCGAUCUCUUGUGGUGAAAAGCUGUCAGCUGAAGGAUGAGGGAGGCUACGUUGCCCACAUCGGCACCGUUAAAGCCUCAGCCGACCUGUCUGUGAUUGAAAAACUGAGGAUUAUCACUCCAAUUAAAGACACAGAAGUGAAGGAAGGAAGUGAGAUUGUCUUCAACUGUGAAACAAACUCUGAAGGAGCAAAGGCCAAGUGGCUGAAAAAUGAGGAAACCAUCUUCGAGAGCAGCAAGUACAUGAUGACGCAGAGAGAUAACCUGUUCUCCCUGAGGGUCAGAGACGCCCAAAAGUCAGACAAAGACGACUACACCAUCAGUCUGACCAAUCACAGAGGAGAACAUGCCAAGUGCACUGCCAGCGCCAGAGUCACAGAGGAGAAACUUAAGUUCCUGGACCCUAUCGAGGACAUUGAGACACAGGAGAAGAAGACCAUCAGCUUUGUGUGCAAAGUCAACCGGCCUAAGGCCACAGUCCGGUGGAUGAAGGGCGGCCAGGAGGUGCCGCUCAGCAAACGUAUCAUCUACAGGCCUGAGGGACUUAAACACACCCUGACCAUUAAAGAGUGUGUCAUGGACGAUGAGGGCGAGUACACCGCCAUGGUCGGGGACGACAAGUGCACAGCUGAGCUGAUCAUUAGCGAAGCACCGACAGACUUCACGGCGCAGCUCAAAGACCAGACCAUCACCGAGUUUGAGGACGCCGAGUUCACCUGCAAGUUGUCCAAAGAGAAAGCUGCUGUUAAGUGGUACAGAGAAGGACGUGAGAUCAGAGAAGGACACAGAUAUCACAUGGAGAAAGAAGGAAAGACAUGCACGCUGAUCAUCAAGGUCUGCAGACCUGAUGAUGAAUGUGAAUACGCAUGUGGCUUGGAAGAAAGGAGGACCAGAGCCAGAUUAUUUGUUGAGGAGACCCCGGUGGAGAUCAUCAGACCACCAGUGGACAUGUUUGAGCCUCCGGGCUCAGAUAUCGUUUUUGAAGCUGAGCUCAACAAGGACAGAGUGGAAGUUCAGUGGAUGAGGAACAACAUGAUAAUUGUUCAGGGAGACAAGUACCAGAUGAUCAGUGAGGGAAAAGUCCACAGACUUCAGGUCUGUGAGAUCAGGCCUCGGGAUCAGGGAGAGUACAGAAUUGUGGCCAAGGACAAGGAUGCCAGGGCCAAGCUGGAGCUGGCAGCUCUUCCAAAGAUUAAAACCACUGACCAGAACCUGGUGACAGACGCUGGCAAACCUUUUGUCAUGACUGUGCCGUACGACGCCUACCCUCGCGCUGAGGUGGAGUGGUUUUUUGAAGGCACCAGCCUGCCUGUCCAAAACAUCGACACCUCUGUGGACAGGACAGAGUACCGUCUGAAGAGCCCCACGAAGGGGGAUCAGGGCCGCUACAAGGUGAUCAUUAAGAACAAGCACGGAGAAGGAGAAGCUUUCGUCAACCUGGAUGUUAUCGAUGUUCCUGGACCCGUCAGGAACCUGAGAGUGAUUGACACUGCUGAUGGCGAAGUCAGUUUGGCCUGGGAGGAGCCAGAGAGCGAUGGCGGAAGCAAGAUUAUCGCAUACGUGGUGGAGAGACGUGAUGUAAAACGCAAGACUUGGACCCUGGCCACAGAUCGAGCUGAUACUCCAGAGUACUGCGUCAGCGGGCUCCAGAAAGACACCAUGUAUCUGUUCAGAGUCUGCGCCCGAAAUCGAGUCGGUAGUGGACCCACUGUCGCCACAGAGGAUGCCGUCCAAGCCAAGAACAAGUUUGACGUGCCAGACCCACCAGAAAAUGUCGCAGUAGGUGUGGUGAACAGGUUUGGUGCCACCGUCACAUGGGAGCCUCCCCAGUUCGAUGGUGGUUCUGAGAUCACCGCCUACAUGAUUGAGCUCCGUGAUAGAACCUCGGUGAAUUGGGAGGCCGCGAUGGUGUCCGGCGCAAGCGACCGUUCCGCCACUCUGAAUGACGUGGUGGAGAACAGAGAGUACAUCUUCAGAGUCCGAGCCGAGAACAAGGCCGGCCUCGGCAGACCCAGUGCCGCCACCAACCCAGUCAAGAUCAUGAACCCUAUUGAGAGGCCGAGUCCUCCUCUGAACCUGAACUUUAGCGACCAAACCAGCUCAGGUGUCACGCUAACGUGGGAGCCGCCCAGCAGUAACGGUGGCAGUGUGAUCACCGGCUACAUCAUUGAGAAGUGUGACGACGGCACCGACAAGUGGCUCCGAUGCAAUGCCAGACUGUGUCCGGACCUCACCUACCGGGUGUCCGGUUUGAAGUCUGGACAGAAGUACCUGUACCGGGUUUGUGCUGAGAACGCUGCUGGCAUCUCUGACCCGUCUGAACCAAUUGGACCAUUGCUUGCUGAUGACCCUCAUGUCAGGCCGACCUUUGACCUUAGUGCCUUCAGGAAAGGCCUGGAGGUGAUUGUCCCUCAGCCGCUCACAAUCAGAGUCCCCAUCACUGGAUACCCAACACCCAGCGCUAAGUGGACCUUUGCAGACAAGGAGCUGAAGACUGGUGAAGAUCGUGUCUCCAUGGUUACCAAACCAACAUACACAGAGUUGACAAUCACGCCGAGUGUCCGGUCAGACAAAGGGACCUACAGCUUACAGCUGGAGAACGAUGUUGCCUCAAUUUCUGGAGAAAUUGAUGUCAAUGUCAUUGCAUGCCCUAGUGCUCCAAAGGACUUCAAAGUGUCUGAAGUAACCAGACGCCAUGUACACCUGAUGUGGGAAGUUCCAGAGCAUGAUGGAGGCAGUCCAGUCACUCACUAUGAGAUUGAAAAGAGGGAAGUCUCUCGCAAGACCUGGGGCAAGGUGGCCAUCGGCAUCCUGGACCUGGAGCACACAGUAACGGAUGUUGUGGAAGGGAAGGAGUAUUUAUUCAGUGUUACCGCCUGCAACAAGUGUGGGCCUGGAGAGCCAGCAUACAUCGAUGAACCUGUCAACAUCUCUUCUCCUGCCACUGUACCCGAUCCUCCUGAGAACCUGAAGUGGCGUGAUAAGACCGCCAAGACCAUCUUCCUGUCCUGGGAACCUCCGAGGUACGAUGGCGGUGCUGCCAUCAAAGGCUACGUGGUCGACAAAUGUGAGCGUGGUACAGAGAAGUGGGAACCAUGUGGGGAUCCCAUUCCUGAAUUGAAGUACCAUGUGAAGGGUCUGACUGAGGGCCACUGGUAUUCCUACAGAGUCAGAGCUUUCAACAGACUGGGAGCUAGCCAACCCUGCAAGGCAACCGAUGACAUCCAGGCGGUCGAUCCUAAAGAACCUCCAGAGAUCCAGCUGGACGUGAAGCUGCUGGCUGGUCUGACAGUCCGGGCUGGAACAAAGAUCGAGCUGCCUGCAGACGUGACAGGAAAGCCUGAUCCCAGAAUUAAGUGGACCAAGGCUGAUCUAGUCCUCAGGGCUGAUGACCGCAUUACCAUUGAAACCCAACCGGGACACUCCAAGGUUUCCAUCAACAAUACCAGCAGAGGAGACACCGCCACCUACAUCAUUGAGGCGGUCAACAUGUGUGGACGUGCCACUGCCACCAUCGAUGUCAACAUCCUCGACAAACCCGGCCCCCCGGCUGCCUUUGAUAUCUCUGAGAUCACCAGUGAGUCCUGCUUGCUGGCUUGGAACCCUCCUCGGGACGACGGUGGUUCUCCCAUCACCAACUACAUCGUGGAGAGCCGUCUGUUGGACAAAGAGGAGUGGGUGAAGCUUUCGGCUACAGUCAAACAGACCACCUUCAAGGCUUGCAAGCUCUCGGCAAUGAACGAGUACGUGUUCAGGGUCAGCGCUGAGAACCAGUACGGCAUCGGUGAACCUGCAGAGCACGUGCCCAUCGUCGCCAAGUAUUCCUUCGAUCCUCCUGGUCCUCCAGUCAGAGUCACUCCCUCCGAUAUUGCCAAGGACGCUGUGUCUUUGACCUGGUUUGAGCCAGAUGAGGAUGGCGGCAGCCCCAUCACCGGAUACUGGAUUGAGAAGCUUGAUCCAGAGACUGACAAGUGGAUUAGAUGCAACAAGCUGCCCGUUACAGAGACGACGUUCAGAGUGAAAGGUCUCACUGCCAAGAAGAAGUACCGCUUCCGGGUUCUGGCUGAGAAUCUAGCUGGUCCUGGAAAACCAAGCUCAGAAACAGAUCCCAUCCUGACCAAAGAUCCCAUCGAUCCUCCAUGGGCUCCUGGUAAACCUGUCAUCAGGGACAUCGGUAAGACCUCAGCCCUGUUGGCGUGGAACAGACCAGAGCACGAUGGCGGUGCUAAGAUUCAAGGCUACAUCAUUGAGUUCCAGAAGACUGGAAGUGAGGACUGGAUCCGUAUUUCUGAGGAUGUUCCUCAGACUGAGCACCAGUUGCGAGACCUGGUGGAGAAGCAGGAGUACUCUUUCCGGGUCAGAGCCUUCAAUAAGGCUGGAGAGAGUGAACCAAGCGACCCCAGUGACCCUGUCGUCUGCAGAGAGAGGCUCUUUCCUCCAUCCGCUCCUCAGUGGCUGGAGGUGACCAACAUCACAAAGAUCAAUGCCGACGUGAAGUGGCAAGCUCCCAGCAGUGAUGGUGGCUCCCCCAUUACCAACUAUGUGGUGGAGAAGAGGGACGUCAGGCGCAAGGCCUGGCAGACCGUAGACACUACGGUCAAGGAGCUGAAGUACACUGUGUCGCCGCUCAACGAGGGCUCGCUGUACGUGUUCCGCGUUGCUGCUGAGAAUGCGGUGGGGAUGGGUGAAUUCUGCGAGAUGGAAGAUGCAGUGCUGGCCAAAGACACUUUCACAACUCCUGGACCUCCUUACGCCCUCACAGUGGUGGAUGUCGGCAGGAGGCACGUGGAGCUGAAAUGGGAACCUCCCAACAGUGACGGUGGAAGACCCAUUACCAAGUACGUGAUUGAGAAGAAAGAUAAGGUGGGAACCCGCUGGUUGAAGUGCUGUAAGACUCCAGACAGAAAACCACAGUUUAAAGUGACGGAUGUGGACGAAGGCUCAGAGGUGCAGUUCCAGGUCCGAGCUGAGAACGAGGCUGGAGUGGGAGAUCCCAGCGAACCAACGGAGGUCCUAACUAUCGAGGAUCCUACCAGUGCACCAUCUCCUCCUCAAGAUGUUGCCAUUCCGGACACCAGCAGGGAGCACAUCAACAUCACCUGGAAGCCUCCUGCUAAGGACGGCGGCUGCCCCAUUACUGGCUACCAUGUGGAGGUGGCCGAGGCUCGUCCGGAGCUGAAAUGGCUCAGAGUCAACAGCCGACCCGUCAAGGAACUCAAGUUUAGGAUCGAUGAUGGAAUUAAGCCGGAGAAGAAAUACGUCAUCAGGGUCCGGGCCAUCAAUUCAGUUGGCGUGAGCGAUCCGUCUGAGAUCUCAGACAAGGUCUUCACUAAAGAUCCCGACUGUGCUCCAACCAUGGAUUUGGAGACGAAGGAUGUGGUGAUGGUGGAGGGAGAGAAGCUCCACCUAAACAUCCCAUACAGAGCCAUCCCAAACCCAAAGAUGACCUGGCAGAAGGACACGGUGGAGUCUAAGGCAGACGACCGGCUUUCCAUGGCCGUGGAGAUGAACAGCGCUCAUCUGGAGCUGCUGAAGUGCAUGCGUGCUGACGCUGGUGCCUACACCAUCACCCUGGAGAAUAGCCUGGGAAGCGCCACCGGAACCAUCAAUGUCAAAGUUAUUGGACUUCCAGGUCAGUGUAAAAACAUCAGAUCCAGUGACACCACCAAGAGCUCCUGUACCAUAACGUGGGAAGCCCCCGAUGAUGAUGGCGGUACGCCGAUUGUCAGUUACACACUGGAGCGCCGCGAGGCCUCCAAGAAGACCUACAUGCCCGUCAUGUCAAGGGAGAACAUCCUGACCUACACGGUCAAAGACCUCUUCCUCAACUGCGAGUACUAUUUCCAGGUCAAGGCUUUGAACAAAGUCGGUGCAGGAGAAUAUUUGGAGCUGCGUAACCCCGUCAUCAUUGAGGAACUGAAGCAGAAACCAGACCCACCCAUCCAGGUUGAGGCACGAGACCCCACCUCCACCUCCAUCACCGUCACAUGGAAGCCUCCUGAUUACGAUGGCGGCUGUCCCAUCCAGGGCUAUGUGGUGGAGAAGAUGGAGAAGGAUGGUGACCGCUACGAGAGGGUCACCCCGAACCUGGUGCCGGGGUUCUCCUUUGUGGUGAUGGGCCUGAAGGAGGAGACAGAAUACCAGUUCAGGAUCAGAGCUGAGAACGCUGCAGGCCUCAGCGAGCCAUCCCGCAGCACGGAGCUCGUCAAGGCUGCAGACCCCGUUGAAAAACCAAAAGUCACUAUCAAUGCCCGAAUGAGGGCUGGUCUGUCGGUCAAGAAGGACGGUGAGAUCUACGUUGAAGCCACCGUUUCUGGCUCGCCAUACCCGAAGGUCACCUGGCUGAGGAACGACGAGGACGUGACCAAAGAGCCCACCAAGACCCUUUUCCCUGUGUUAAAAAAGAGGAGGACUAAAGUGCCUGAGCCUGAAGAGGAGUUCGUCACACCGUUACGUGAGCGUCUGGGUAUUGACCAGACCACAAAGGGCCGGUCGGCAAUCAUGGUCCGUGAUGCUGCCAGAUCUGACCACGGAAACUUCACCAUCAAAGUGGAAAACAUUCACGGAUCUGACUCAGCCUCCUGCAUCGUAAAUGUCCUUGACAAACCGGGCCCACCGAUUAACAUCACCUUCAGUGAUAUCAUGAACACAUCAGUGGUCUGUCACUGGGAGCCUCCAGAGGACAACGGUGGCAGUGAGAUCCUGAACUACAUUGUGGAGAAAAAGGACAACCAGAAAGACGAGGUCGGCUGGAUCACCGUCACCUCCACGGUGAAGGACACCAGCUGCCCCGUCACCAAACUCAUUGAGGGCAAAGAGUACAUCUUCAGAGUCACCGCCGAGAACAAGUUCGGCUGUGGCCGCCCGUGCAUCUCUGAGCCGCUGGUGGCCAGGAACGACUUUGGUCCACCUGAUGCUCCCAACACACCCAGGGUCCAUGAGGUGACAGCAAGCUCUGUCCACAUCUCCUGGUAUGAGCCGAAGGACAACGGCAGUCCCAUCCUGGGCUACUGGAUUGAGAAGAAGGAGGUGAACAGCAAAUACUGGACACGGGUGAAUCGCGCCCUCCUCAACUCACUGGAGGUGAAGAUCACCGGCCUGAUGGAGGGGCUCACUUACAUCUUCAGGGUGUGUGCUGAGAACCUUGCCGGCCCGGGACCAUUCAGCGAGCCCACCGACCGCACCACCACCAUGGACGCCAUCCUGCCUCCUGGUCCCCCCAUUCCAUGGAUUGUGGACACUGGGAAGGACUUUGUCACCGUGGCGUGGAAGCCUCCUUUGUACAACGGUGGUGGAGACAUCCUUGGAUACCACGUGGAGAAGGUUCUGUCUGGAGAGAAGGACUGGACUCGCAGCACUGAGUACAGGUGUAAAGAGCUGACGUACACCGUGACGGGCCUGAAAGAGGGAGGCUGCUACCUUGUCAGGGUCAUUGCUGUCAACGACGCCGGUCCCGGUGCUCCCGGCGUGACUGAACCCGUCACGAUCAGGGAGCCUCAACAAUCUCCCGCAGUUGAAUUUGACGUCUCGGUGAGGAAGGGUGUGUUGAUCAAAGCCGGAGAGGCUCUGAAGCUUCCCGCCUUGGUAGUCGGCCGACCCCAGCCCGUGGUUGAAUGGGCCAAAGAUGGUGCUGAGAUAGACACAGAGAGGAUGCUUGUGGAGACGGAGGGCAAAAACAGCACCCUGUUUAUCAAGGAGGUCAGGAGGACUGAUUCCGGAAUCUACCAGGUCACCGGCACCAACAACACUGGGACCAAGACCGCUGAAACCAGAGUGGACGUCAUGGAUGUUCCUGGACCUGUCAUCGACCUUAAGACAGUGAAGGUGACCAAGAAGAACAUCGUGUUGACCUGGUCUGAACCGCUGGACAACGGUGGCAGUGACAUCAUUGAUUACGUGGUGCUGAGGAAGGAUUCCAACAUGAAGCUGUUCCGCCAGCCCAUUGAGACGGCUUCCUGCAAGUGUGACGUCCACGGCCUGCUGGAAGGGGAGGAGUAUGACUUCAGGGUUGUGGCCAGGAACAAGUAUGGAGAGGGAGCAACGAGUGACCUGGGACCCAUCCUAGCUGAGGAUCCUAAAGCACCACCAUCUGCUCCUGAGAAGCUGCACUAUACUGAGAGAGGGAAGACCUCACUCACUCUGGAGUGGCGGCCACCACGCAGCAACGGUGGCAGCCCCAUCCUCGGAUACUAUGUGGAGAAGAUGAGAUCUGACAGCAACACCUUUGAACUUGCCCACCACCAGAUGUUCCCGAAGUGCUGCGGUACCAUUGAGAACCUGUCAGAGCAACAGGAGUACCAGUUCCGUGUCAAAGCGGUGAACGAAAUUGGUGAAGGGGAACCUUCAAAGGACAUCACCGUCACGAUCCAUGAAGAUGAAAUUCGUCCGACAGUCACCAUUUUGAAGUUCAUCAAGAGUAACGCCAUCAUCGUAAAGAAAGGAGCGGCCAUCGACAUUCCGGCUGAGGUGAUGGGACUCCCGCUGCCAACCAUCCAAUGGAUGAAGGACAAUGUAGUGAUUGACAAGCCGGCUGAGGAGAGGAUGACCAUGGAAACUGAGGAGCUGACACGGACUACUCUGAAGACCAAGAUCGCCAUUCCAGAAACUAUCAGGCAGGACAAGGGCAGCUACAAGCUGGUGGCUGAAAACUGCCAUGGAAAAGCUCAGCACAUCAUCCGGGUGGAGAUCUUCGACCGUCCUUUCCCCCCAAAGAACGUCAUGGUCUCAGACAUCAAGGCUGACUCGUGCUACUUGACCUGGGACGCGCCAGAGGACAACGGUGGAUGUGAAAUUACAAACUUCGUCGUGGAGUACAGAGAUGCCAGCAAGAAGAAGUCCGACUUUGAGCUUUUAACCUCCAAUCUUGUCGACAGGAGAUACGAGGUUAUUAAACUGGAUCUUAAUGGAACCUACCAGUUCAGGAUCAAGGCUGAGAACAAGUACGGCCUCAGUGACGGCUGUGACUCAGAGAAAGUCCAACUCAGGGAUCCAUUCGGGCUGCCUGGACCACCGGUCAAUCCCAAGAUCAUCUCUGCUACAGCAACCACCAUGACCAUUACCUGGGAUCCUCCUUUGGACAAUGGUGGCUCCACCAUCCAAGGCUACUGGCUGGAGAAGAGGGAACGCGGCGCCGUGUACUGGGGUCGUGUCAGUCGAGGGCCAGUCACCAAACCGGCAGUGAAGGGUCUACAGUACACCGUGCUGAAGCUGAUCAAAGGCACUGAGUACCAGUUCAGAGUGUCGGCCAUGAACGCUGCAGGAACCGGGCCUCCCAGCGAGGCCACGGAGUGCCGCUUCGCUGUGGAUCCCUCCUACCCGCCUUCCCCACCUGCAAACAUCCACGUUAAAGACAAAACCAAGGACAGCAUCACUCUCAGCUGGAGUCCACCAGACAAAGAUGGCGGCAGUCCUGUUAAGGGUUACAUCAUCGAGGUUCAUGAGGAGGGCUCUCCUGAUUGGAGGAGGGUGAACCCAGAAGGUAAGCUCCACCCCUCCACUGAAAUAACGGUGCCCGACCUGAAGGAGGGCAAGAAGUGCAAGUUCAGGAUCUACGCUGUGAACGAUGCUGGAAACUCCGAACCUGCCAAGACUCAUGACAUCCUGGUCCAGGACAUCCUGGCUGAGCCAGCAGUGAGUCUGGAUGUGAGUGUAGCUGACCUGCUGAACUGCAGAGCGGGAACAACUAUCAAGAUUCCCGCAUCCAUUACUGGAAGGCCUGUUCCCACAGUCACCUGGACCUUUGACGGCACGGCAAGGGUGGUCAAGAAGAAUGAGAUUCACACUCUUCCUUUUGACUCUGAGGUCCACUCCACCGACACAACCUCUGAGGUCGUCAUUCCAGAGUGCAAACUGCACCAUGGGGGCCGUUACAUCAUCAACGCAGAGAGUCCUGCUGGACACAAAGUCCUCAAAGUCCGAGUCAACGUGCUCGAUGUACCUGGACCUCCCAAACAGCUGAAGGUGAGCGAUAUCACCCGAGGAACCUGCAGGCUCAGCUGGAAACCUCCAGAGACUGAUGGAGGAGACCGAGUGAAAAGCUACUACAUUGAGAAGAAGACUGUACAGGGCAAAGCCUGGACUAAGGUGAGCUCCUCCUGUGCUACCCAGUCUCUGGUGAUUCCAGACCUGAUUGAAGGUCAGGAGUACUUCUUCCGCGUCCGAGCAGAGAACCGCUUUGGGUUCGGCCCGUUCGCUGACAGCUUCGAGACGGCCAGAGCCAGAGAUCCCAUCCAUCCUCCUGACCCUCCAACAAGACUGAAGAUCCAGAGUGUGAGGAAGGGCACGGUCACGUUGACCUGGAAGCCUCCGCGGAAUGAUGGCGGCUCGCCGGUCACGCACUACAGUGUGGAUAUGCUCUCCUGGUAUGCUAGCGGCAGCCAGAAGGAGUCCUGGAGAAGGUGUAACCGCAGAGAUGUGGACACCACCACCUUCAAGGUGGAAGAUCUGACGGAGGGAGACGAGUAUGAGUUCAGAGUAAUCGCGUACAAUGAGGCUGGCGCCAGCCGACCGUCCUCCACCGCUGGACCCGUUAUCAUGAAGGACCAGAUCUGUGCUCCAUCCAUCGAGCUGAAUGAGUUCAUGGAGGUUGAGCAGGGUACUGACAUCAGCAUUGUUGCCAAGAUCCGCGGGUGUCCAUUCCCCACACUCACCUGGUACAAGGCUCCGCCUCACAAGUCCUCCGACAAGGUGGAGGUUCAGUACGAUGAGCACAUCAACAAGAUUGUGUCGGAUGAAAGCUGCACGCUGCUGAUCCAGCAGGGCAAACGUCCUGACACCGGUCUGUACACUCUGGUCGCCUCCAACAGUCUUGGCAAAGCAUCCAGUGAGAUGAGGCUCAAUGUGCUUGGUCGACCCGGUCCUCCAUCUGCUCCCAUCAAGUUUGAGGAGGUUGGAGCAGAAAGCAUCACGCUGUCCUGGCUCCCACCAAAGGAUGAUGGCGGCUCCAAAGUCACAAACUAUGUCAUUUGGAAGCGCGUAUCCAACAGAAAGACUUGGGUCCCCGUCACCGAUGAGCCUAAAGAGCGGAUAUGGACAGUGGAGAAGCUGUUGGAGGGAUACGAGUAUGUCUUCCGUAUCAUGGCUCAGAACAAGUAUGGUGUUGGAGAGCCACUGGACAGUGAGCCUGAGGUGGCCAGAAAGGUGUAUGGUGUGCCCGGCCAAUGUGAGAAACCAACUGUAUCCAGCAUCACAGUGGAUUCCAUGACCGUCAACUGGGAGGAGCCAGAAGAAGACGGUGGCACACCAAUCACCGGCUACUGGCUGGAACGUAAGGAGACAACAGGCAAGCGCUGGACUCGUGUCACGCGUGACCCGAUCCGCCCAAUGGGCCUGGGUGAGUCGUAUGUGGUGAGUGGGCUCAUUGAGGGCUCACAGUACGUGUUCAGAGUGACAGCCAUCAACGCAGCAGGUCCUGGACCCGCCAGCCCCCCCACUGACCCCGCCUUCGCAAGAGAACCCAUCUCUCCGCCCUCUGCCCCAACUCCCAGAGUAUUGGAUUGGACAAGUCGACGGUUGGACCUGGAGUGGAUCCACACCUCUGAAGGUGGAGGCUCCAAGAUCCUGGAUACGGUGGAACACAAGGAAGAGGGCACCGAGGCCUGGGUCAAGGCCAAGGAGACGGAGGUCCGUGGAACCAGGCUGGUCAUCACUGGCCUGAAGACGGGAGGUCACUACAGGUUCAGGGUCACUGCCUUCAACGCCGCCGGCAAUGGCGAACCGGGAGAAGUCCCAGAGGUCCUAGAGGUCAAGGACAGAACCAUUGCUCCAGAGGUUGACCUGGACGCCACGGUGAAGGAGAGGAUGGUGAUCCACGCUGGUGGCGUGAUUCGCAUCAUCGCCUAUGUGUCGGGUCAGCCGCCUCCGGAGGUGACAUGGAGCAGAGAUGGAGGAGCACUCCCUCUGGAGGCCAAAAUAGAGACAACCGCCAUCAGCAACUCUGUGGUCAUCAAACCGUGUGCCAGGAUGCACCGCGGUGUCUACUCACUGACCGCCAAGAACGCUGCAGGGGAGAAGAAGAAGAACAUCACCGUUGAAGUUCUGGAUGUCCCCGGGCCUGUCGCAUGCCCUUCACUCACCGACACCCUGAGCAACGACUCCUGCAAACUCAAGUGGUUUCUUCCCCGACAAAGAUGUGGCUCACAAAUUACCAACUACAUCAUCGAGAAGCGCGAGGCCGAGCAGAAGGCGUGACCUCGCUCUCCAUACCGCCAGCAACAGAAUGCCAUAGCUUUUGACUUGACCCUCGGCAAGAGCUACUUCUUCAGAGUGGCUGCUGAGAACGCCAUCGGCAUGGGACCCUUUGUGGAGACCGCUGCCCCCACCCUCAUCAAGGAACCCAUCAGUGUGCCAGAACGUCCCGAGGAUCUCCAGGUUACCAGGGUCACAAAAGAUCUGAUCAGCCUCGCUUGGCAGCCACCGAAGUACGACGGCGGCUCAGACAUCACCAUGUACAUCCUGGAAGCUCGUAUGAUUGGCAAAGACAAGUUCAACCGGCUGACCAAGGAGUCGCUGAUGGACAGAAAGUUCACGUAUGAUGGUCUGAGAGAAGGUGACAGUUACCAGUUCAGGGUCAUUGCCGUCAACGAGGUUGGACCCGGCAAGCCGUCCUUCUGCACGAAAUCCAUCACCUGCAAGGAUGAGAUGGAGCCGCCAACCAUCGAGCUGGACUUCCGUGAUAAGAUCAUCAUCCGUGUGGGUGGGAGCUGCCAGCUGCAGGGCCGCUACACUGGCAAACCCUGCCCGUCCAUCGUCUGGUACCGAGACGACAAGGAGCUGAAAGCUGACCAGCACAUCAUCUUGGACAGCACCGCCAGCACCAUGUCGCUGGGCCUGUUGAAGGCCAAGCGCAUGCACAGUGGCAAAUACAUGGUGGUGGUCGAAAACAGCACCGGAUCCAGGAAGGGACUCUGCAAACUCACUGUCGUCGACCGGCCCAGUCCUCCAGUGGGACCUGUGGUGUUUGAUGAGGUCCACAGGAACCACAUGGUGAUCUCCUGGAACCCUCCUUUGGAUGACGGAGGAAUCGAUAUCGCCAACUACAUCAUAGAGAUGAGAGACGUCAACAGAGACAUGUGGACCACUGUCACGGCGGCCAGCACCAAGACCACGUGCAAAAUCCCCAAGCUAACAGAGGGCAGGACGUACAUCAUGAGGAUCUGUGCCGAGAACAUGUAUGGUAUCAGUGACCCGCUGGAGUCAGAGGAGAUGAAAGCCAAAGACUUGUUCAGAGUCCCUGAGGCUCCAGAGAUGCCAACAGUCAGGGAGGUGUAUGCUACCAAUGCCCUGGUGCUCUGGACCCGGCCACGUGACGGCGGGAAGCCCAUCACCAACUACAUCCUCGAGAAGAAGGAGACGACCGCCAAGCGGUGGUCCCGGGCCACCAGAGAGCCGCUGUACCCAGCCACUCAGUACAGAGUCCUGGACCUGCUGGAGGGCUGUGAAUACGAGUUCAGGGUGAUGGCUGAGAACGAGCUGGGAAUUGGAGAUCCCAGUCCUCCCUCCGCACCCAUCCUGGCUAAAGACCCCAUCGUGCGCCCCAGCCCUCCAGUGACACCGGAAGCCUAUGAUAAAACCAAAGACACAGUCAGUCUGAGGUGGAAGAUGCCUCGGCAUGAUGGGAGGGGUCGGAUCUUUGGCUACCUGGUGGAGUACCAGAGGCCCGGUGCUGUGGAGUGGAUCAAGGCCAAUGAGUCUCCCGAGGAGUGUCCUGACCUCCAUUAUGUGGUGACGGGCCUGAAUGAAGGACAAGAGUACGCUUUCAGAAUCUACACCGUCAACGCUGCUGGCAAAUCUGACCCCGCCUACGUCAAACAGCACAUCACAGUCCACGACAGACUGGAGGAGCCAGAGCUGCUGCUUGACGCCAACAUGGCACGUGAUCACCUCACCAUGCUGGGCACUGACAUCACCCUGAGCGCCACCAUCAAAGGAAUACCAACACCCACUGUCAGCUGGAAGAAGAAUGACGGAGACAUGCCGUCUCACAUCACCGUCGCCGUCACUGCCACUGGCAGUAAAGUCCUCAUCCCCAAAUGUGUCCGUGCUGACUCCGGCAACUACACCAUUACGGUGGAAAACCCAGUCGGGAAGAAAUCAGCCACAGUAUCCGUGCUCGUGCUGAACAAGCCUUCUCCUCCAAGAGACCUGGUCAUCUCUGAGGUAACCUGCGAGUCUGCCUACCUCACGUGGAAGCCACCUGAGGACAAUGGUGGUGCAGUUAUCUCCCACUAUGUGGUGCAGAAGAAGGAUGUGGCUUCAGACCAGUGGGUGCCUGUAUCUGCAGCCAAUAAGAAGCUGAGUCUGCAUGCCAUGUACCUUAUUGAAGGCAUCCAGUACAUGUUCAGGGUGGCCGCUGAAAACCAGUUUGGCAGGAGCGACUAUGUCAUGACCAAGACACCCAUCAAAGCUGUAGAUCCUCUCUAUCCUCCUGGUCCCCCGAAGAAUGUGCACCACACUGAUGCAGAAAAGACAGAGGUGUGGCUGGAAUGGGAGUGGCCUGACCGCAAUGGUGGAAGCGACAUUACUGGAUUCAUCGUUGAACACCAGGAAGAAGGUCAGACAGACUGGGUCCCUUUCAAGACCGUCAGCAACAACCAUACCCAUGUCACGGGUUUGGUGGAAGGAAAGACCUACCGUUUCAGGGUCAAGGCUCAGAACAACAUUGGCGUGAGCCCUCCUGACACGAGCAUCCCUGUUACCUGUCAGGAGAAGUCAUUGCCACCAUCUAUUGACGUUGAUGUGAAACUAAUUGAGGGUCUCACUGUCAAGGCUGGUAGCACUAUUGUCCUCCCUGCUAAGAUGGUGGGUAUUCCCAUUCCUACUGCCAAGUGGAUAACUGAUGGAAAGGAGCUUAUCUCUGAGGGCCGGUAUCACAUCGAGACAUCUGGAGCCUCCACCACCCUCAGCAUACCUGAAUGUCUUAGAAGUGACAGUGGGGAAUACACCCUCACAGUGUCUAACCCUGCAGGUAGCAAGACUGUUGCCUUGCAUGUUACUGUGUUGGAUCUCCCAGGUAUACCCAUCGGACCCAUUAAUAUCUUGGAGGUCACUCCUACCUUCAUGAUGAUCCAAUGGAGGGCACCAAAGGAUGAUGGUGGAACACCCAUCACCAACUAUGUUGUGGAGAAGAAAGAUGUGAAGAAACCUUGGGAACCCUGGUCUGUUGUCAGUUCCAGUGACACUUACACAAAGGCAAAGGUGUCCAGAUUAGAGAAGGGUCGAGAGUAUAUUGUCAGAGUCUGUGCAGAGAAUAAAAUUGGCAUUGGAAAUGCACUUGAGAGUCCUCCCACCAUUGCCAAGCACAUGUUCAACCCUCCUGGACCUCCAGGUUCACCAGAGUGCUCUGAUAUUACAGAGAAUGCAUUAACAAUAGAUUGGACUAUGCCUGAGACUGAUGGAGGCAGCCCCAUCAGCGGUUAUGUGGUUGAACGCAGAGAGAUGACUGGUAAAUGGAUUCGUGUUAACAAAACACCUGUGCUAGAUCUCAGAUACAGAGUCUCUGGCCUAUUUGAAGGUAACACCUAUGAGUUCAGAGUUGCAGAGAACAUUGCUGGUAUCAGUCUGCCUUCUUAUCCAUCCAAAGCAGUUAAGGCCAUUCGUGCCAUUUCUAAACCUGGACCCCCUGGUAAUCUUAAACUUAAAGACUGGAGCAGGGCUUAUGCUGACCUUUGCUGGACCAAGCCUACAAGAGAUGGUGGUAGUCCCAUCCUUGGGUAUGUGGUUGAAGUGCAGAAGUCGGGUAGUGCCCAGUGGGAAAGAAUCAACAAGGACCUCAUUAAGAUAUGUGCCUUUAGAGUUCCAGGUCUGUAUGAAGGAAUGGAGUAUAGAUUCCGUGUCAGAGCCACCAACAAGGUUGGAGACAGUGAACCCCGGGAGCUGGCAGAAACAGUCUUGGCCAAGGAUAUCCUGGUGCCCCCUGAAGUUGUUGUCGAUGUGUCUUGCAGAGACUCUGUGACAGUUAGGGCUGGCCAAAUCAUCAGUUUGAUCACGAGGGUGAAGGGCAGACCAGACCCAGAGAUCACAUGGACCAAAGAUGCCAGAGCUUUGACCCGGGAUAAGCGCACUCAGCUCAACAAUAAUUACCCUCUGUGUGAGCUGGUAAUCAAUGAUGCAAUUAGGUCAGACUAUGGCAAAUAUGCCAUUGUUGCCAAGAACAGUAGUGGGCAAGCACAGGCCACCAUUUUUGUCAAUGUCCUUGAUACUCCCGGAGUUUGUCAGAACCUGAAGGUGGCCUAUGUGACCAAGAACUCCUGCAUGGUAUCCUGGGAAAACCCAGAGGACAAUGGAGGCACUGAGAUCACUCAGUACAUCAUUGAGUGCCGUCAACCCAGCCAGAGAGGAUGGACUUUAGUAUCUAAUGACUGCACCAAGCGGUUGUUCAAGGCCCCUCUUUCUGAGGGAUGUGAGUACUUCUUCCGUGUAAGUGCAGAGAAUAAGAUUGGAGCUGGUCCACCCACUGAGACAAAGACAGCUGUACUGGCAGUUGACCCCAUUGAGAAGCCUGGUGAACCCAUUGACUUCCACAUCGCUGAGAUUGGCAAGAUGUUCUGCUUCCUCAAGUGGAAGAAACCCGAUUACGAUGGAGGCAGCCGUAACCUGGGCUACCAUGUUGAGAAAAAGCCAAAGGAGGCUGAAGAGUGGGAGAGGCUACACAAGGGUGCUAUAAAAGAGACAUAUUUCAUGGCUGAUAGAUGCAUAGAAAACCAAGUUUAUCAGUUUCGUGUUCAGACUAAGAAUGAAGGAGGUGAGAGCAACUGGGUGACCACAGCUGAAGUCCUGGUUAAAGAGCAGCUGGUGGAGCCAGAGAUUAAGAUGAAACUUGUGGGAACUCUUGUGGUCAAAGCUGGCGACUCUAUUCCUAUUGAGGCAGUAGUUAAGGGCAAACCUCAGCCUGAUAUCAAGUGGACCAAGGACGACAGCACAAGAGAUAUAAGAAGAGGCCCCAGACUUCAGAUUGACUCUGGUGUUGACUUUGCAAAGCUGCUAUAUACAGGUGCCAGGCGCACUGACAGCGGCAAGUAUGUUGCGACUGCCACCAACACUGCUGGAACCUGCUCUGCUUCUGCUCAAGUCAACGUGCUAGACAGACCUGGCCCUGUAAGGGACCUCAAGGUGUCUGGCGUAACCACUGACAGGUGCCACCUGGCCUGGGAAGUCCCAGAGGACGAUGGUGGAUGUGAUAUCUACAACUACAUCAUUGAAAAAUGUGACACCAAGAGAGGAGUCUGGUCUGUCCACUCCAAUGCUGUCAUCACCAACAAAGCUAAUGUCACCCGUCUUAUUGAGGGCAAUGAGUACAUCUUCAGAGUGCGUGCAGAGAAUAAGAUGGGUCCUGGCCCUGCAGUACAAAGUCAAGCUAUUGCUGCUGGUACACAGUUCAAUGUGCCUGGAGCUCCUGAAGCUCCAGAGGUCACUAAAAUUGCCAAGGAAGAAAUGACAGUCCAGUGGUCAGAACCUGAGAAAGAUGGUGGAAUGCCUAUCACAGGUUAUCUGUUGGAGAAAAAGGAGGAGCAUGCGGUCAGGUGGUCUCCUGUCAACAAGGAUCCAACCCCUAGAACAAGUCUGAAUGUUACAGGACUCCACCCCCUCCAUGACUACCAGUAUAGAGUCAAAGCUGUCAAUGAAAUUGGCAUUGGCAAUGCAAGCAAGCCUUCUCGUGCCAUCACGGCCAAGGAUGCUGUUGAACCUCCUGCACCUCCAACCAACCUGAAGGUCCUGGACAGCACCAUUUCCUCUGUUACCCUGGGCUGGACCAAACCUACGUAUGACGGAGGAGCUCCCAUCAUUGGUUAUGUUGUGGAGAUGAGGGUCCAGGGAAGUGCCAAGAAAGGAGAUGACGGUUGGAGGAGAUGCAACGUAGCAGCUCAGCUGGCUGUUUGCGAAUUUACAGUCACAAGUCUGGAUGAGAAGCUGCUGUACGAAUUCAGAGUGUCUGCUCAAAAUCAGGUGGGCAUGAGCCUGCCUUGUAACCUGGAAGGAGCUGUGAUCCCCAGAGAGAUUCUAGAGGCCCCAGAGGUCAGCUUGGAUGCCAACCUAAAGAAAGGGUUGACGGUACGAGCCGGCUGUCCCAUCAGACUCUGUGCCACCAUCAGAGGUAGACCUUCCCCCACAAUCACCUGGAGGAGGAUGGGCAUCGACAAUGUGGUCAGGAGGGGACAUGUUGAUGUCAUCGACACCAUGACCUUCCUGGUCAUCCACAACAGUACCCGUGAUGACUCUGGCAAAUAUUCCUUGACUCUGAAGAGUGUUGCUGGAGAGAAGGCUGUGUUUGUCAAUGUCAAGGUUCUGGACACUCCUGGACCGGUGAUGAACCUGGAAGUCAGUGACAUCACACAAACAUCAGCCAUGCUGUCUUGGAGCCCUCCAGAAAAUGAUGGCGGCAGCGAAGUCACUCACUACGUUGUUGAAAAGCGUGAGAUUGACCACAAAACAUGGGCAACCGUUAAGGCCGAAGUGGGCACAGAUAAGAUUCCAUUCAAGGUCAGCGGCUUAAUACCAGGCACCGAGUACUACUUCAGAGUGAUGGCAGUCAAUGAAUAUGGCCCUGGAGUUCCCAGGGUGUCACCCACGUCAUACCUGGCCUCUGAUCCUGUCAGCAAACCUGAUCCCUGUGAGAAGAUCGAGGUUUUGGAGAUCACUAAGAACAGUGUCAUGCUGGGAUGGGUGAAGCCUGCGAGGGAUGGAGGUGCCAAGAUCGAAGGUUACGUGAUUGAGUACAUUGAGGUCAAACCUCCUCCAAAGCCAGCAGCACCUGUAGAGGUUCCAGAAGGAGAGGAAGCUCCUCCUCCACCACCUCAAAAGCCUGUAAAGGCUGAGGAAGAGGAGGAGGUGGCACGGCCUGUGAAGGAGGAGUGGAACGCCUACACCACAGUGAAGGGUCUGACCAUCAACAUGAGCGGCCUGAAGGAGGGCAAGAGGUACAAGUUCAGAGUGGCUGCCAAGAAUGUGAUGGGUCUGAGCCUGUUCACCGAGACCAGAGAGCCCGUCGAGGUCAAGGAACAGAUGUUUGAGCCAAAGAUUCUCAUGCCGGAGAUGGUAAGUGCCAGAGCUGGAGCUAAGCUCAGGGUGGAGGCCAUCGUAUCAGGAAAACCAGCCCCAACCUGCAAGUGGUUACGCGGUAAGGACCAAGUGGGUCCCAUCCAGCCGGCUGGCGUGCACCAGUCUGGAUGCAUGUGCGUGCUGAUCAUCAAGGAUGUGUCACGAUUGGACACCGACGAGUACAGUCUGGUGGCUGAGAACAGCUCUGCCAAGGUGGUUCAUCCGCUGAGGUUGUCAUCAGAGGACAUCCCUGGACCUCCGGAGGGCCCCGUGGAGAUCAGCGACAUCGACUCGGAUGCCUGCUCUCUGUCCUGGAACAAGCCGCUGGAGGACGGUGGCAGCAACAUCACCAACUACGUAGUGGAGAAAUGCGACGUGAGCAGAGGGGACUGGGUGACGGCCCUGUCCUCCUGUGUGAAGACCAACUGCAGGCUAGGAAAGCUCGUCCCUGGGAAGGAGUAUGUGUUCCGCAUACGUGCUGAGAACCGCUAUGGCGUGUCAGACGCCAUCCAGUCCAACAGGAUGGUUGCCAAGUUCCCCUUCGAUGUUCCCAGUGAGCCUCUGAACUGCCGCAUCAAUAAGACAAAUAAGGACUGUAUGUUUGUGGCGUGGGACAAGCCGGAGAGUGAUGGCGGCAGCCCUAUCACAGGCUACUACAUUGAGCGCAAGGAGAGAAACAGCCUCCUGUGGGUCAAGGCCAAUGACACCGUAGUCCGCUCCACCGAGUACCCGUGUGCUGGCCUCAUAGAGGGCCUGGAGUACACCUUCAGAGUGUCCGCCAUCAACCGCGCUGGCCAGGGAAAGCCCAGUAAGAAGACUGACUUUAUCACUGCAAGAACACCCAUUGACACUCCAGGAAAACCAGAAGUACUGGAUGUGACCAAGAACUCUGUCACGCUGGUGUGGACACGGCCCAAGAACGAUGGCGGCAGCAAGAUUAUUGGCUACUAUGUUGAGGUCAUGAGGGUCCCAGGUGACACCUGGGUGCGCUGCAACACCAGCAGCCAGAGCGUCCCAAAAGAAGAGUAUACCGUGACUGGACUGGAGAGAGACCUGCAGUACCAGUUUAGAGUCAUUGCCAAAACUGCCGUCAACAUAAGCAAACCCUCUGAGCCCACAGACGCCAUCCUCGUCUGUGCUGAGAAUGUGCCUCCAAGGGUGGAACUCAACGCCAGGAUGCAGAAGGGUCUGAAGGUGAAGGCGGGUACCUCAGUCCUCCUGGAGGCCGAGGUGUUUGGAAAACCCAUGCCCAGAGUGACCUGGAAGAGGGGCGAUGACAGCCUGAAGUCGGCUCAAGGUCAGGUGAUCACUCAGCAAAGGCAUCACUUCCAGCUGGAGAUGACGGACGUCACCAAGGCACAGACGGGAACCUACACGGUCCUGGCUGAGAACGCCAGCGGCUCCAAGACUGGCGAGAUCCUGCUCCAAGUCCUCGAUGUGCCGGGUCCUCCUGCCAGUGCCAAAUACAUGGAGGUAUUUGCCGCAAGUGUCAAGCUCUCCUGGGAGCCGCCGCUGUUGGAUGGAGGCGCUCCUAUCAAAAGCUAUAUCGUGGACAAGCGUGAGACCAGCAGAGCCAACUGGGCUCAGGUGUGCUCCAAGAUCAAGGGUGACAUCCGUGAGUUCAACAUAGACAGGUUGAUGGAGGGUCACGAGUACCAGUUCAGAAUCCGCGCGGAGAACAUGUGGGGAGUUGGAGAUCCCUUUGUCACCAAUCCCAUCAUCACCAAGAACCCAUUCACUGUUCCAGGCCCCUGUGAGGCACCGGUCAUCACGAACGUGACCAAAGAUCGUAUGACCGUCAGCUGGAAGGAGCCCGUGGAUGAUGGGAAGUCCACCAUCCUGGGCUACCUGCUAGAGAAGAAAGAGACCAAGGGUGUGAGCUGGACCAAAGUGAACAGGAAGCCUAUGAUUGAGAGGACACAUGACGUCACCGGGCUCACAGAGGGCAUCGAGUACGAGUUCAGAGUCAUCGCUGUCAACCUGGCAGGACCUGGCAAAGCGAGCGAGCCGUCCAGUGGUGUCAUCGUGAAAAAUCCCAUCACACCUCCUGGACCUGUGUUGAACCCCAGUGUGACGGACACGACUUACGGCACCAUCAGCCUGGCCUGGAACCCGCCUGCCUACAACGGCGGUAGCCCCAUCCUGGGAUACCUGGUUGAAUGCAAGCGGACUGACACCACAGACUGGAUACGCUGCAAUGUCCCCAGAAACCUGCAGGAGACACACUACACCAUCCAGAACCUCAUCGACAAGGCCGAGUACCAGUGCCGCAUCACCGCUGUCAACAACGCUGGCUUCAGCGAGCCAGUUGAAGUUCCUGGCAAACACUUCGCCAGGGACAUUACCAUUCCUCCAGAGGCCGAGCUGAGUGCUGAGCUGAAGGAGGGGCUGGAGCUGCGGGCUGGCGCCGUCAUGAGACUGCACGCCAUCAUCAAGGGCCGCCCCACUCCCAAGGUCACCUGGGCCAAGAUGAACACCAACAUCAAGGACCGCCAGGGCAUCAUCAUCAAGUCCUCCAACACUGACACCUUGGUGAAGGUGGAGAACGUCAACAGAUACGAUGCCGGCAAAUAUGUCUUGAACCUGGAGAGCACGGCCGGAAUGAAGAUGUACACCAUCAGCGUCAGAGUUCUUGACACUCCUGGACCACCAGUCAACCUGAUGAUGAAAGAGGCAAACAAGGACAGUGCUUCCAUCUACUGGGAUGCCCCGCUGCUCGACGGUGGUCAUGAAGUCACCCACUACAUUGUGGAGAAGCGUGACACUGAGCGGAAAGCCUGGUCCCUAGUCUCCAACGACUGUGCCAAAACCUCAUGUGAGGUGCCAGACCUGACCCCUGGACGAUACUACUGCUUCAGAGUAUCUGCUGUCAACAAACUCGGUGCCGGAGAGCACUGUGAGUCCGCCGACUCCAUCAGAGCAUCAGAGGAACCUGGACCUGUGGUUGACUUGAAGACCCUGCUCGUCACCAAGGACUCCUGCACGCUGAGCUGGAAGAAGCCGCUCUGUGAUGGUGGCAGUCGUAUCACUUGCUACGUAGUGGAGGUUCUCAAUGGUGAGGACAAGUACAAAGAGCUGAUGAGGUCCAAGAACAUGCAGUACAGCACCAAAGACCUGGUGGAGGACAGAAAGUAUACCUACAGAGUGAAGGCUGUGAAUGACACAGGAGAAGGUCCCGCCAAGGAGCUGACUGUGGUCGCCAAGGACCAGAUGAUUCCUCCAAGCUGUGAUUUAAGGGACCUGCCCAACAUGUGCUACAUUGCUAAGGAGGGUGCGACAGUACGCCUAAAGAUCCCCAUCAGCGGGAAACCCACACCAAAAGUCUCCUGGAAGAAGGGAGACGAUCAAGACCUGACAGACACUGGCCGAGUCUGUGCUGAAUCUUCUGCGGUCAACACUACUCUCCUGAUCAGGGACUGCCAAAGAAGUGAUGCUUCGAAGUACACCAUCACCCUGAGGAACAGUGCUGGAAGCAAAGAGUCCACCAUCUUCAUCAGGGUGGUGGGCAAGCCUGGCAUCCCUGUUGGACCCAUUAAAUUCAAAGACAUCACAGCUGAUGGUGCCACCCUGAAAUGGGGUGCUCCAAAGGAUGACGGUGGCUCAGAGAUCACAAACUACAUCUUGGAAAAGAGGGACUCUGUAACCAACAUGUGGGUAACAGUGUCAUCCACUGUAGACACCAACAGCCUGAGAGUAACUGGUCUCCACGAGGGCACAGAGUACAUCUUCAGAGUCUGUGCUGAGAACAAGUAUGGCAUUGGAGAAGGGCUCAAGUCGGAUCCAACUGUUGCAAAACAUCCUUUCAAUGUUCCUGAUGCUCCUGCUCCACCUCAGGUUACGAGCAUGCAACAUAACUCUGCCUACCUGGUCUGGUUUGAUCCCAGGAAAACCGGAGGGUCUCCCAUCACAGGCUACUAUAUUGAGUUCAAAGAAAGGGGCAGCAUGUUGUGGAAGAGAUCAAGCCCAACACCUUUGAAGAUGAAGGAGCACAAGGUAGCCGGGUUGAGUGAAGGACUGGAGUAUGAGUUCAGAGUCAUGGCAAUAAAUCUGGCUGGCAUUGGCAGACCAAGUGCUCCCACAGAUCCGCAGGUUGCUCUGGAUCCCAUUGAUGCCCCUGGCAAACCUGAUGUGAUCAGCAUCACCAGGAGCACUGUGACCCUCCAAUGGACUGAGCCACAGUUUGAUGGUGGUCACAGGCUCACUGGCUACAUCGUUGAGAGGCGUGACUUGCCUUCCAAGGUCUGGGUCAAGGCUAACCAUGUAAAUGUUGUGGAGCCGGCUUUCACUGUGAAGGAUCUGCAGGAAGGCUGUAAAUAUGAAUUUAGAGUCAGGGCGAAGAAUGCUGCUGGUGCCCUCAGCCCACCUUCUGAGCAAACUAAUACUCUUCUCUGCAGAGAUGAAUAUGCGGCGCCGACCAUUAUUAUCGAUACUCAGGUGAUGGAGGGUCUGACUGUUCGAGCCGGUGACACUAUCGUCAUCACUGCCACAAGCAUCCAAGGCAAGCCCACACCAACCUCAUGCUGGUCCAAGGGAGGGAAAUACUUCAAGCCCUCUGAAGUGGUACAUAUUGAGGCCUCUGCAACCUCCUCAACUCUAUCCAUCAAGUACGCCAGCAGGAAGGACUCCGGGGAGUACACCAUCACCGCCACCAACUCCUUUGGUGUAAAAGAGGAAACUGUCAAGGUUACAGUUCUGGAUGUUCCUGGCACACCUGGCCCCAUUGAAUCCAGUGGUAUCUCCUCUGAGAAAGUCACCCUGACCUGGACAGCUCCAACUGAAGAUGGAGGUUCUCCUGUCAAGUAUUACAACCUGGAGAAGAGAGAGACCAGCCGCCUUCUGUGGACUGCGCUGGAGGAGAAGAUUAUUGACUGUCACUACGUGGCCUACAAGCUCAUCCAGGGCAACGAGUACUUCUUCAGAGUCUCUGCCGUCAAUCAGUAUGGUGCCAGUGAACCAUCUCACUCUGAGCCCGUCAUGGUGGUGGAUAGGUUUGAUCCUCCUGGCCCACCUUCUAAACCAGAAAUUGAGAAAGUUGAUGCACAUUCAGUCACUUUGACCUGGAGGAGACCAGCUGAAGAUGGUGGAAGUGACAUCAUGGGUUACUGCAUUGAGAAGAAGGAGAAAAAGGGCAUGAGAUGGGUCAGAGCCUCCAAGAAAUCCAUUGCUGAGCUUAGGUAUGAAGUCACAGGUCUGACAGAGGGUGUGGAAUAUGAGUUCCGUGUUCUUGCGGAGAACAGAGCUGGUUUUGGAGAGCCAAGUGAACCAUCUAUGCCUGUCAGAACAAUUGUUGUGGCCUAUGUUCCUGGACCUCCAUUCAAUCCACGAGUCACUGAUACAACCAGAAGCACUGCCACUCUGAACUGGGGAAAACCUCUCGACAACGGUGGGCUUGAAGUCACCGGAUACAUUAUUGAACACAAGAAGGAAGGAACAGAAAACUGGGUUAAAGACACUCCUUCUGCACUGCUGAGGAUCACAGAGUUUGUUGUUCCUGAGUUGGAAACUGGAGCAAAAUACCACUUCAGAAUCAGUGCUGUGAAUGCUAAGGGAGCGGGGGAACCCGCUGAAACCCAGGAACUCGUUGAGAUUGUAGAGCACGCAGCUGCACCUGAUUUUGAGUUAGACCUUGAAUUGAGGCGAACCCUAGUGGUCAGAGCUGGUUGCUCAGUUCGCCUCUUUGUACCAAUCAGGGGACGUCCUACUCCGGCAGUUACCUGGACUAAGGAAGGUGGUCCUGUCGCACGUGCCGUCAUUGACAACACUGAGUCAUAUACCAUGCUGCUCAUCCCUGAAAGUAUGAGAACUGAUGCAGGCAAAUAUGAGCUUACCCUUGAAAACUCAGCUGGAAAGAAGAGUGCCUCCAUCAGUGUGAGAGUUUUGGAUUCACCAGGUCCUCCACUCAACUUGAAACCAGUGAAGAUUGACAAGGAAAGCAUUACUCUUCAAUGGGAGGUGCCUCUCAUUGAUGGUGGUGCUAAAGUCACAAAUUACAUCAUUGAAAAGAGAGAAUCAACACGCAAGGCCUUUGCCACUGCUAUUACCCACUGCCCAACCACUUCAGUCAAGAUACCUGACCUGGGUGAAGGCUGUGAAUACUACUUUAGGGUAUCAGCUGAGAAUGAGUAUGGCAUCGGUGAGCCAGUUGAAACCGCUGAGCCAAUCCGUGCAUCUCAGGCACCAACUCCACCAGAGAGUUUAAUUCCUACUGAUAUCACUAAAAACUCUGUGAGUCUGGCAUGGACUAAACCAAAGCAUGAUGGUGGAAGCAGAAUCACAGGUUAUGUCCUUGAAGCCCAAAAGAAGGGAACUGAUCAGUGGACCCAUGUAACAACAAUCAAGAACAUGGACUUCACAGUGAAGAGCCUCAGUGAGCAUGAGGAAUACACUUUCCGAGUGAUGGCUGUGAACCUGUCAGGUAGAAGUGCUCCACGUGACAGCAAGCCUAUUAUUAUCAAGGAUUCUUCUUCCCUCCCAGAGUUUGACCUGCGUGGUGUAUGUAAGAAGACUAUUAUUGCCAAGGCAGGAGAUAACAUUAAAGUUGAAAUUCCAGUUAUGGGACGUCCUCGACCAACUAUCUCUUGGCAGAAGGAUGGCGGGGCCUUGAAGCUCACACACAGAACAAAUGUGGAGACCACACCAUCUACUGUUAUCCUUACCAUUAAUGAAUGCAGCAGGGCGGACAGUGGUGUAUACACCAUGACAGGAAUAAACAUUGUGGGUUCUGUGUCAGACAACAUCUUUGUAAGAGUUCAUGAUGUUCCUGGGCCACCCAAGGGACCCGUUAAAAUUGUAGAGAUAACUCGUACCUAUUGUGUAUUUGAAUGGGAAGCUCCUGAAAACAAUGGAGGUGUUCCCAUCAACAAUUAUGUGGUUGAGAUCAGGGAUACAAGUACGCAGACAUGGACAGAGCUGUCAUCUUCUGUCAUCCGCACCAUGUUCAAAGCCAUUCGUUUAAGCACUGGAUCAGAGUAUCAGUUCAGAGUAAAGGCCAAGAACAGAUAUGGUGCUGGACCACCCAUCCUUUCAGAGACAGUGGUGGCUGCCUAUCCAUUCAAAGUUCCUGGACCUCCUGGUACUCCUAGUGUUGUUGCAUUCACCAAGGACUCAAUAACAGUUGGUUGGAAUGAACCUGUAUCUGAUGGUGGAAAUGAAAUAAUUGGAUAUCAUGUUGAAAGAAAAGAGAGAACCAGCAUCAUGUGGCAAAAGAUCAGCAAGGGUCUCGUAAAAGGAAACAUCUUCAAAUCCACUGGGCUCGAAGAUGGAGCAGCAUAUGAGUUCCGUGUCAUGGCUGAAAACCUGGCUGGAAUUGGUAAGGCCAGCAAGGCUUCAGAGCCAAUCCUGGCCUUGGACCCUGUAGAUCCACCAGGUCAGCCCAUGCCAAUUCAUGUCAGCAAAAAUGCCAUAACUAUUCAAUGGACAAAGCCUGAGUAUGAUGGUGGCUUCAAAAUCACUGGAUACACAGUGGAAAAGAGAGAACUGCCAGCUGGUCGCUGGAUCAGAGCUAAUUUCACCAACAUUAUUGACACAACAUUCACUGUCAGUGGACUGACGCAAGAUGUUUCCUAUGAAUUCCGUGUCACUGCCAGAAACUCAGCCGGAGCAGUUAGUGUCCCAUCUGAGCCCUCGGACGCAAUUAUGUGCAAAGAUGAUAUAAUUGAGCCACGCAUUAUGGUGGAUGCCAUCUUUAAGGAUGUUAUUCUACUGAAGGCAGGAGAAUCCUUCAAGCUUGAUGCUGACAUUGCUGGUCAACCUACCCCAUCCAUGGUUUGGACUAAGAAUGGAAAAGAGGUUGAAAACACAAUGAAAUUGGAGGUUAGGUUCAAUGAAUUGGAAACCACACUAACAAACAAGGAUUCUGUACGUUCAGAUGGAGGUGAAUUUGUUUUGACAGCCACUAAUGUUGGUGGAUUUGCUAAACACAUCUUUAAUGUUAAAGUGCUUGACAAACCUGGACCACCUGGUGGGCCUCUUAAAGUGUCUGACAUGACAGCUGACAACUGUGUACUGACCUGGACUCCACCUGCAGAUGAUGGUGGUGCUACGCUUGAAGGAUAUGUGAUUGAGAAGCGUGAGUCAAGCAGACUAGUUUGGACCAAUGUGGUUACAGACCUACAGGCUACACAAUACAAGGUGACAAAGCUUCUCAAAGGGAAUGAGUACAUCUUCAGAGUUAUGGCACUAAACAAAUACGGACUUGGUGAGCCUCUUGAUUCAGAACCCAUGAUUGCGGAAAAUCCAUAUGUUGUUCCGGAUCCUCCUGAAAAUCCAGAAGUCACAGCUAUUACUAAAGAUUCAAUGGUUGUUAUGUGGAAACCACCUAAGAGUGAUGGUGGCAGCCCCAUUACCAACUACAAUAUUGAAAGAAAAGACAGGGUGGGCCUUCAGUGGAUCAAAUGUAACAUAAGAAAGGUCAAAGAUUUACAAUUCAAGUCAACAGGACUUGUUGUUGGACAUGAGUAUGAAUUCAGGAUAAUUGCAGAGAAUGCCGCUGGACUGAGUGCACCAAGCUUGUGCAGUCCAUUCUACAAAGCCACCGAUGGACUCUAUAAGCCAGGGCCGCCAAGCAACCCCAGGAUACUGGACACAACCAAAUCCUCAAUCACUGUUGCUUGGAACAAACCUGUGUAUGACGGUGGCUCCGAGAUCACUGGCUACAUUGUGGAAACCUGCAUUCCCUCAGAGAAGGAAGAAGAUGAGGAGUGGACUAUAGUAACACGCAAAGAAGGGCUCGUUUCCACCUCUUUCACCAUCAUCAACCUGAAGGAAAAUCAGGAGUACAAGAUUAGGAUCUCAGCUGUUAACAGUGAAGGUGUUGGAGAGGCAGCAUCUGUACCUGGCAAUCCUAAAGCAGAGGACAGACUCCUCCCACCUGAGGUUGACUUGGAUGCUGAACUCCGUAAAGUUGUAAGCCUUAGAGCUUGCUGCACGCUGAGACUGUUUGUGCCUAUCAGAGGCAGACCAGCUCCUCUGGCUAAAUGGACAAAGGAGGAUGGUGAGCCAGUUGAGAGAGCAACUAUUGAAAACACAACAUCAUACACAUUACUUGUAAUUGGAAACAUCAACAGAUUCGACAGCGGAAAGUACAGCCUUACGGUGGAAAACAGCUCUGGCUCCAAGACGGUCACAGUCCAAGUCAGGGUGCUUGAUACACCAAGUGCCCCACAGAAUCUGAAGAUUACUGCUGUAACAAAGGAAUCUGUCACCCUGACUUGGGAUCCGCCAGUAAAUACUGGUGGAGUUCAAAUUAAGAACUACAUUGUUGAAAAGCGUGAAUCCACAAGGAAAGCAUAUGCUACAGUUAAUGCUAACUGCCAUGACCGUACUUUCACCAUUGUGCAGCUUCAGGAAGGUUGCAACUAUUACUUCAGAGUUUUGGCUGAAAAUCAAUAUGGUAUUGGCCUGCCUAUCGAGAUGAGUGAAUCAGUUAAAGUGUCUGAGAAACCGCAGCCACCUGGAAAAAUCACUCUUAAGGAUGUUACUAAGAAUAGUGUCACUCUGUCCUGGGAGAAGCCAGAGCAUGAUGGUGGCAGUAGAGUGGGCUGCUAUAUCGUUGAGAUCCAACCUAAGGGUGUUGAUAAGUGGACCCAAGCUGUGAUUGUGAAAGAAACAGAAGCUACUAUUAGUGGUUUGAUUGCAGGUGAAGAAUAUAUGUUCCGUGUAGCAGCGAGAAAUGAGAAAGGAACAAGUGACCCACGUCAGAUUGGUGUGCCUGUAAUUGUAAAAGAUCUUGUCAUUGCACCAGUUGCCAAACUAUUGUUCAACACAUUCAGUGUGCUGGCAGGAGAAGACCUGACAGUGGAAGUUCCUUAUGUUGCAUGCCCGAAAGCUGCCAUCUCCUGGGUAAAGGACGGUCAGCCUCUGACAAGAACUACCAGAGUAAACUUUGAUGCAACAGACACAGUGUUGAACCUCAACAUCAAAGAGGCUUCCAAAGAUGAUGUUGGACGCUAUAUCAUUACUCUCCGUAACACAGCAGGAGAAACAACUGCAAACAUUGGAAUUGUUGUUCUCGACAAACCUGGGCAGCCACGCGGUCCAGUUAAGGUGGAGGAGGUCACUUCUGACAGUGUAACAAUCUCUUGGAAUCCACCUGAUUAUGAUGGUGGUUGCACCAUCAAAAACUAUAUUGUUGAGAAGAGAGAUACAUCCACAACAAACUGGAUGGUUGUAUCUCAUAACCUGGCAAGGACAAAAAUCAAGGCAGGCAGGUUGAAAACUGGCUCUGAAUAUCAGUUCAGGAUCAUGGCAGAAAACCGAUAUGGAAAAGGCCCAUUCCUUCUGUCAGAGUGUAUUGUGGCUCAGUACCCAUACAAGCUCCCAGGACCUCCAGGAACGCCAUCAGUUGCAGUCUGCAGUAUGGACAGCAUGGUGGUGGUGUGGAAUGAACCUGUGUAUGAUGGUGGAAGUGCCAUCUUGGGCUACCAUCUUGAACGUAAAGAGAGAAAAAGCAUCCUCUGGGUCAAACUGAACAAGUCACUUAUUACUGAUCAAACUUUCAAGACAACUGGCCUGGAACCAGGAAUGGAAUAUGAAUACAGAGUUUCUGCUGAAAACAUUGUUGGAAUAGGCAAAGUGAGCAAAGUGUCUGAGGGCUGUGUUGCGAGAGAUCCUUGUGAUCCUCCUGGCACUCCUGAGGCAACAAGGAUUACCAAAGAUUCUGUGACUAUUGUUUGGACCAAGCCUGAGUACGAUGGUGGUUCAAAGGUCACAGGCUACAUUGUGGAGAAGAAAGAGUUGCCCGAUGGUCGCUGGUCGAAGGCUAAUUUCACUAAUGUUAUUGAGACAGAAUAUGUUGCAACAGGACUUGUGCAGGACCAGCAAUAUGAAUUCCGUGUAAUUGCAAGAAAUGCUGCUGGUGUGUUCAGUAUGCCUUCAUACAGCACUGGUCCUAUUACUGCUAGAGAUGAGACUGAACCACCACGUAUCAGUAUUGACCCAGAGUACACUAAGACUGUUGUCAUUAAUGCUGGAGAUCACUUCAAGAUUGAUGCAGAUGUUUAUGGCAAACCACUGCCUUCUAUUCAGUGGCUGAAGGAGGACCAAGAACUGGGGAACACUAUUCAUAGGGAGAUCAAGAACACAUCAACAAAAGCUUGCAUUUCUGUAAAAGAAUCUAAGCUUUCUGAUGGAGGUCGCUACACACUUCUGCUGAAAAAUCCAGGAGGAGAGAAAGCUGUACAGGUCAAUGUGGUUGUUCUGGAUAAACCUGGGGAACCACAGGGACCUCUUCUAGUAACAGGUAUAACCAAAGAUCAAUGCUACCUGGCAUGGAAGCCACCGCUUCUUGAUGGUGGAAACAAAAUCUCCCACUACAGUGUAGAGAGAAGAGAGACGAGCAGACUAGUCUGGACUAUUGUUGACCCCCAUGUAGAAAACACUUGUUUAAAGGUUGCUAAGCUAUUGGAGGGUGAUGAGUACAUCUUUAGAGUCCAUGCUGUCAACCAGUUUGGAGUGGGACCACCACUCGAGUCUGCUGCCAUCAUAAUCAAAGACCCGUAUUUGCUCCCUGGAUCACCCAAGAGCUUAGAGGUUUCAGAUAUUAAAAAGGAUUCAAUGGUCCUUACUUGGGAGGCUCCCUUUGAAGAUGGAGGCAGUCCUAUCAAAGGAUAUGUUAUUGAGAAACAUGACAAGGAGGGUGUAAGAUGGACCAGAUGCAACAGACAACUUGCCACUGGCUUGACCUUUAAAGUCACUGGACUACUAGAAAAUCAUAAUUAUGAAUUCAGAGCUGCAGCUGAGAAUGCUGUUGGUGUGGGUGAGCCAAGUUCUCCAUCUCUGUUUUAUAAAGCUCUUGAUCCUACAUUCAGGCCUGGCCCACCACAAAAUCCCAGAGUUACUGACACAACAAAAACAUCAGUUUUCUUGUCGUGGAGCAAGCCUAUCUGUGAUGGUGGCUGUGAAAUUCAGGGAUAUAUUGUUGAGUACUGCAGUGUCACAGAGCCAGCAAUCACUGCCGAACCUGCAGAGCCAGCUGCUGAGGAAUGGCUAAUAUGUACACCUCCAACUGGUGUCAAGAAGACCAAGUUUCAAGUUGUGAACCUAAAGGAAAACCAGGCAUUUAAAUUUAGAGUUUGUGCUGUGAACAAGGUUGGUGUCGGUGAGCAUGCUGAUGUCUCUGGUGCAGUUGUUACACAAGACAGAGCAGAAGAGCCUGACCUUGAAAUUGACCCAGAACUGAGAAAGAUUGUCACCAUUAAAGCUGGAGUUUCUCUUAGACUGUUUAUUCCCUUCAAGGGACGGCCCACUCCAACCAUCAAGUGGGACAAAGAUGGUUUUGCGCUUAAGGAGACUGCUCAGGUUGAGGUGACCAGCAGUUACACAUCUCUUGUAAUUGACAAGAUGAGCAGAAAUGACAGUGGAAAAUACACUGUCACUGCAGAGAAUUCCAGUGGAACAAAAUCUGCUUUUGUUGUUGUCCGUGUUCUGGACACACCUAGUGCUCCGAUUAGCCUGACUGUAAAAGAAAUUACAAACCACUCAGUGACACUGGCAUGGGAACCACCUCUGUUAGAUGGUGGGUCCAAGAUCAAAAACUACAUUGUGGAAAAGAGGGAGAGCACACGCAAAACAUAUGCAGCUGUGGUGACAAACUGCCAUGCUCUGACAUGGAAGAUUGAGCCACUUCAGGAAGGCUGCAGUUACUACUUCCGAGUCCUUGCUGAAAACGGACAUGGGAUUGGGUUGCCUGCGUCAACUGUUGAGCCACUAAAAGUUUCAGAGGUGCCCCAGUUCCCAAAGAACUUCACUGUUACAGAUCAAACUAAAAAUAGCAUCUCUUUGGCAUGGGAGAAGCCUGAGUAUGAUGGUGGGAGUAAAGUCACACAGUACCUGCUUGAGGUGCGGCUUAAGGGUCAAGAGAAAUGGUCUGCUGUGAACACAUUUAAGACAAUGGAGGCUAUUGUUCCUAAUCUGAACCCAGGUCAGGAGUAUCUGUUCAGAGUUACAGCAAUUAAUGAUAAGGGAAAGAGUGAUCCCAAAGUCCUUGCUGGUCCUGUGAUGACCAAGGACUUGGUCUUUGAGCCAGAUGUUCGACCAGCCUUCAGUAGCUACAGUGUCAAUGUGGGCAAAGACUUAAACAUUGACAUUCCCUUCUAUGGACGCCCUAAACCAACGAUCAGUUGGACUAAAGAUGGCGCUCCUAUGAAAUUUACUACCAGAGUCAAUAUUGUCAACACAUCGACACAUACAACACUACACAUUAAGGAGGCAGCAGGUGAUGAUGGUGGCAUGUAUGGAAUAACUGCAUCUAACUCAGCAGGAAAGAAGGAUGCAGUUGUUGAAGUUGUUGUUCUUGACAAGCCUGGCCCCCCAUCUGGCCCUGUCAAGUUUGAUGAAAUCACAACACAAAGUGUAACUCUUUCAUGGGGCCCACCAAAACACAAUGGUGGCUGCUCAAUUUCCAAUUACAUUGUGCAGAAAAGAGAUACAACAACAACAACGUGGGAGAAUGUCAGCAUCAACUGUGCCAGAACCACAAUCAAAGUGCCGAGGCUGACAACUGGAGCUGAAUACCAAUUCAGGAUCAUUGCUCAGAACCGCUAUGGCAAGAGCCAUGGUCUGGAUUCUCCUACUGUGGUUGCACAGUACCCAUACAGAGAGCCAGGACCACCAGGAACUCCAUUCAUAGCUUCUCUUUCUAGGGAUCACCAAAUUGUUGAGUGGCAUGAGCCUGUCUCAGAUGGAGGCAGCCCUGUGCUUGGCUACCAUCUUGAAAGGAAAGAGAGAAACAGUAUUCUCUGGGUCAAGAUCAACAAGACACUUAUCCAUGACACCAGUUUCAAGAGUCACCCCUUGGAGGAAGGUGUUGAGUAUGAAUACAGGGUCUAUGCUGAAAAUAUUGUUGGCAUUGGUAGAUGUAGUAAAGUCUCCGAGGGAUGCAUUGCACGUGACCCAUGUGAUCCUCCUGGCACACCAGAGGCCAUCCAUGUGACCAAAGACACUAUUGUCAUUCAGUGGACUAAACCUGAGUAUGAUGGUGGCAGUAAUAUAACUGGAUAUUUUGUGGAGAAGCGUGAUCUGCCAGAGGGCCGGUGGGGAAGGGUAAAUUUCACUAAUGUAAUUGAGACCCAAUUCACCAUCACUGGUCUUACUGAAAAUGCACAAUAUGACUUCAGAGUCAUUGCUAAAAAUGCUGUUGGCACCAUCAGCAAGCCAUCCUACAACAGUGGCCCAAUAACUGCAAGUGAUAAAUUGGAGGCACCCAAAUUCUCCAUUGACCCUGCAUUCACCAAGACCAUUAUCGUAAGUGCUGGAGAGACAUUCAAGCUUGAUGCUGAUGUCCAUGGCAAGCCACUUCCCACAAUUCAGUGGUUCAAAGAUGACAAACCAGUUGAGAAUACUCUCAGAUUGGAGAUCAAGAACACAGAAAAUCAUGCAAUGAUCAUCAUUAAGGACUCUGUCAGAAUUGAUGGGGGAACUUACACACUAAAACUUACAAAUGAGGCUGGCACCAAUAAUGUCCAAUUCAAGGUUUUGGUCCUUGACAGACCUAGCCCUUGUGAAGGACCCCUCCAUAUAACUGGAGUAGCUGAGAAUAGAUGUACUCUAGUAUGGCGUGCCCCUUUGCAUGAUGGAGGCAGUCCUAUUACAAACUAUAUCAUUGAGAGAAGAGAGACUAGCCGUCUAGCAUGGACAAUUGUUUCCAACAGCUGUAAUGUUACUUGCUACAAAGUUACCAACUUGUUGGAAGGCAAUGAGUAUGCGUUCCGUGUCAUGGCAGCAAAUGCUUAUGGUGUCAGUGAACCUUUGGAGUCUGGAGGAGUAAUCAUGAGGUCUCCGUUUGUUCCACCCGGAUCACCUCAUAUUGAGGAUGUAUCAAACAUUGCUCAUGAUGGCAUGACCAUUGCUUGGUCUGCCCCUGAGGCCAAUGGUGGCAGUGAGAUUACCAAUUACAUUAUUGAAAAGAAGGAUAGAGCUGGAAUCAAAUGGACCAGAUGCAACAGACAGAAGGUUACUGACCUGUCCUUUAGAGUUACAGGCCUUACCACUGGCCAUGAGUAUGAGUUCAGAGUUGCUGCUGAGAAUGAAGUUGGAGUGGGAGAGCCAAGCCUUCCAAGUUCGUUCUAUAAAGCCUGUGAUCCUAAAUAUAAACCUGGUGCUCCAGCAUAUGUGCAUUUGAUUGACUCAACAAAGAGUUCGAUCAUGCUCUCAUGGGGUAAGCCUAUUGCUGAUGGGGGUUCUGCUAUUCUGGGCUACGUUGUUGAAAUUUGCAAAGCUGAGGAAGAGGAAUGGACUAUGGUUACUCCUCCCACUGGCCUGCGUGUCAACAAAUAUGAAAUUACUAAACUUACUGAAAGUCAGGAGUAUAAGAUCCAGGUGUGUGCCCUGAACAAACUAGGAGUUGGUGAGCCAGCUUCCCUCCCUGGUACAGCUAAGCCAGAGGAAAGGAUGGAACCCCCAGAGAUCCACUUGGACUCAGAGCUAAGGAAGGGUAUUGUUGUAAAAGCUGGUGGUUCUGUUAGAAUCCAUAUUCCAUUCAAGGGCAGGCCAAUACCUGAGAUUAAGUGGAGUAAGGAUGAGGGAACCCUCAAUGAAAAGGCAGUGGUUGAGAAAGCACUUAACUUUACACAGCUAUCUAUUGACUCAUGUGACAGGAGCGACUCAGGAAAGUAUACCUUGAGUCUGACCAACAGCAGUGGCUCUGUGUCAGAAUUUGUGUCUGUUAAAGUCUUGGAUACACCUGGGGCCCCACAGAACCUUGUUGUUGAAGACAUCAAAAAAGACAGUGUAACUCUUGUAUGGGAUGCACCACUGAUUGAUGGAGGUUCCAAAAUCAAGAAUUAUGUCAUUGACAAACGUGAAUCAACCAGGAAGGCAUAUGCAAAUGUGUCUACCAAAUGCACAAAGACAACAUUUAAAGUUGACAACCUGAUUGAAGGGGCUAUGUACUAUUUCAGAGUCAUGGCUGAAAAUGACUAUGGAAUUGGUCAGCCUGUAGAAACAAAGACACCAUCAAAGGCAUCUGAAGUACCUCUGCCUGUUGGAAAAGUAUUUGUUACUGAUGUCACAAAGGUCAGUGUCUCACUGGCCUGGGAGAAACCUGAACAUGAUGGAGGAAGUAGAAUUGGUGGUUACCUAAUCGAGAUGCAGCCUAAGGGUACAGAUAAGUGGGUUGUUGCUACAAAUACAAAGACAUGUGAAGGCACUGUCACAGGCCUAACAGGUGGAAUGCAGUAUCUCUUCCGUAUCAUUGCUUACAAUGAAAAGGGAAAGAGUGAGCCAAAAGCACUUCCUGCGCCUAUUGUUGCCAGUGACAUGACCAUGGAACCAAGCAUUAAAAUCCAAUUCAACACUUACACAGUACUAGCUGGAAAAGAUCUGAAAUUGGACUUCCCUGUACUUGGCAGGCCAAAGCCAACAGUAACUUGGAUGAAGGAUGGUCAACCUCUCAAGGUGACAUCCAGAGUCAGUGUGUUCAACACUCCAUCAGCAACUGGAAUUCAGAUUACUGAAGCAUGCAAAGAUGACUUUGGAAAAUAUUCCAUUACAGCAACCAAUAGUGCCAACACAAUAACAGAGGAUGUGUCUAUCAUUGUCCUUGAUAAGCCUGGUCCACCAGUGGGCCCAGUUAAGGUUGUUGAAGUGAGCAACACCUUUGUUCACCUCUCCUGGGAGCCUCCAGAGUACACAGGUGGAUGCCAGGUAAAGAAUUAUAUUGUUGAGAAGAGAGACACUGCCACCACAACCUGGCAGCCUGUUACCACACAACUUGCAAGGACAGCUUUUAAGAUCACUAAGCUGAAGACUGGUGCUGAAUACCAGUUCAGAAUUACAGCUGAAAAUAGAUAUGGAAAGGGUAUGCCUCUGGAUUCCAAAUCCAUCAUUGUGCAGUAUCCUUACAAACCACCAGGGCCGCCUGGAACACCACAUGUGAAAAUUGCAACAAAGGAGAUGAUGAUUAUAGAAUGGAAUGAACCAGUCAGCGAUGGUGGAAGUGCAGUCAUCGGUUACCAUCUGGAAAGCAAGGAGAGACGCAGCAUCUUGUGGAAUAAAAUGAAUAAGACACUCAUCACUGAUACCCAAUUCAAAAUCUGCAAUCUUGAGGAAGGCACUGGAUAUGAAUUCAGGGUCUAUGCUGAAAAUGUUGUUGGCAUCGGCAGAUGCAGUAAAGCAUCUGAGCCAUUUGUUGCUCGUGACCCAUGUGAUCCCCCUGGUGCCCCUGAAGCUGUAACAAUUUCUAAGAACCUUAUUAAGAUUCAGUGGACCAAACCACAAUAUGAUGGUGGCAGCAAAGUGAAUGGGUAUAUUGUGGAAAUGAAGGAGAUAUCCUCUGUUGAUCCCCAUUGGGUCAGAGCUAACUUCACAAACAUAAUGGAGACUGAAUACACUGUCACUGGUCUGACAGAGAAUGAAAAGUAUGAGUUCAGAAUUAUUGCAAGAAAUGCAUCCGGAGUAUUCAGUGAGCCAUCUGACAGUUCAGGACCGAUUACUGCUACUGAUGAAAUUGAGCCACCAAGGGCUUCGAUGGACCCCAAAUACAAGGAUGUCAUAGUUGUCAAUGCUGGAGAAAACCUGCUGCUUGAUGCAGACAUUUAUGGAAAACCAAUUCCUGAUGUCACCUGGCUAAAGGAUGGCAAGGAAGUGGACAAAGCUUUACGUAUUGAAGUAAAAACUACACAAAAGCGUGCAGCCAUUACCAUCAAGGAUGUAACCAAGCUUGACAGCGGCCACUAUGACCUUGUCCUCAAGAAUCCGGGCGGGACAAAAACAUUCCCUAUCACUGUCAAAGUCCUGGAUAAACCAGGUCCACCCACUGGGCCCAUGAACGUGACUGGAGUCAUGGCAGACAGGUGCAUCCUUUCCUGGUCUGAGCCAAUACUGGAUGGUGGAGCAAACAUCACUCACUACAUCUUGGAGAAGAGAGAGACCAGCAGGUUGUCAUGGACUGUGGCUGCACCCAGUAUCCAGACUCUGUACUGUAAGCUAACCAGCUUGCUCCCUGGGGAUGAAUACAUAUUUAGAGUCAGAGCAGUCAAUAAAUAUGGUAUUGGUGAUUAUCUUGAGAGUGAACCCGUUGUUGCACGCAAUCCUUACAAGCCACCAGGUCCUCCUGGAACUCCUGAAGCAAGUCAUAUCACAAAGGACUCUAUGACUGUGUCAUGGGCUGCUCCAGAGCACACUGGUGGAGCUCCCAUUGUUGGCUACCACCUUGAAAAGCGUGACAAAGACAGUGUGAGAUGGACAAAGUGUAACAGACAAAAAAUGACUGACACUCACUUCAAAGUCACAGGAUUGAUGACAGACCACUUCUAUGAGUUCCGUGUUUCUGCUGAGAAUGAGUCUGGAGUUGGAGAUGUUAGCGACCUGUCCAUGUUCUACAGAGCAUGUGAUGCCACAACUCCACCUGGACCCCCACGCCAUCCUAAGGUGACAGACUAUACUAAAUCUUCAGUAUCUUUGUCCUGGAGCAAACCUGACUUUGAUGGUGGUGCGUACAUUAAAGGCUACAUUGUUGAAAUGAGGAAGUAUACACCAGUGCCAGAAUCAACUGAGGGGACUGAAGUUGCCCCAGUAGUAGAGGCCGAGUGGACCAUGUGCACUCCGCCCACUGGCAUACAAGCCACCAAACUUACUAUCACAGAUCUAAAAGAGGGCGAAGAGUUCCAGUUCCGUGUGUGUGCCAUCAACUCUGAAGGAGUGGGAGAAGCUGCUAAUGUCCAUAGCACUGUGGUUACUUCUGACAGGGUAGAAGCACCAGAAAUGGAACUAGAUGCUGAUCUCAGGAAGGUGGUAUCAGUCCGCGCUGGUGGAACACUGCGUCUGUUUGUACCCAUCAGAGGAAGGCCCCAACCUUCUGUGAAGUGGGAGAUGGUUGAAGGUGUUCUCACAGAGCGUGCCAUAGUUGACACCACAAGUUCUUACACCAUGCUUGUCAUAGACAGUGUCCAUCGCUUUGACAGUGGCAAAUACUCUCUCACACUGGAAAACAGCAGUGGUAAAAAGUCUGCCAUUGUUGCUGUGAGAAUCCUGGACACACCAAGUGCUCCACAGAACUUUACUGUGAAGGAGAUCAAGAAGGAUUCAGUAACUCUUACCUGGGAUAAUCCACUCACUGAUGGUGGGGCUAAAAUCACAAACUACAUUGUGGAGAAGCGAGAGUCAGUAAGGAAGGCAUAUACCACUCUAACCAGCAACUGCACAGCAAACUCAUACAAAAUUGAAGACUUACCUGAAGGUGGCAUUUUCUACUUCAGAGUGUGUGCUGUUAAUGUAUAUGGUCAAGGCCAAAUGGUUGAAACCAAAGAAAUCAAAGUGUCAGAGGUAUCUCUGCCACCAAGUAAGAUUACUGUUACUGAUGUAACAAAAAAUAGUGUGUCCCUGGCAUGGGAGAAACCUGCUCAUGAUGGUGGAAGUAAAGUAAUGUGUUACAAUGUGGAGUUUAAACCUAAAACUGGAGAUAAGUGGGGAACAGCAUGCACAGUCAAGGUACUUGAAGCAACUAUUUCUAAUCUGACUCCUAAUGAAACCUAUUUAUUCAGAGUUGUUGCAGUCAAUGAUAAGGGAAAGAGUGAACCAAAGGAUCUUGGUUUGCCUGUGGUUGCAAAGGAUGUUGCGGUUGAGCCAUCUGUCAAUCUGUUGUUCACCACAUACAGUGUGAAAGCUAGAUAUGACCUUACUCUAGAGGUCCCAGUAAGAGGCAGGCCUAAGCCUGUUGUGUCCUGGAAGAAAGAUGGCCUCCCAUUAAAGCAGACAUCAUCACUGAUCAUUCUGAACACUCCAACCUCAUCCAAAAUUAUCAUCAAAGAGGCCACAAGAGAGCAUGUUGGCAAGUACGAAAUCACUCUGGCCAACACAGCUGGAACUGUUACAGCCGAUAUUGGAGUUAUUGUCCUUGAUAAGCCAGGUCCACCUAAAUCUAUAAAAGUGGAUGCAGUGACCUCAGACAGCAUCAAACUGUCAUGGUCUCCACCAGAUUAUGAAGGUGGAUGCUCCAUCAGUAACUAUAUUGUGGAGAAGAGGGACACCAACACGCAAGAUUGGCAGAUUGUAGGAAGCAAUGUUGCCACCACAUCUUUCAAAGCUGCUCGUCUAACACAUGGAGCAGAGUACCAAUUCCGUAUCUAUGCGGUCAACCGUUAUGGAAAGAGCGUAUAUCUGGAUUCACCUGGAAUCACUGCUCAGUACACCUUCAAACAACCUGGACCUCCAUCCACUCCUAUAGUGAAGUUGGCUACCAAGUCUUAUAUGUUGGUGACUUGGAAUGAGCCAGUCAGUGAUGGAGGCAGCCCUAUUCUGGGAUAUCAUCUAGAAAGGAAAGAGCGCACGAGCAUUCUUUGGACAAAGAUGAACAGAGGAAUGAUCAAAGAUACUGAAUACAAAGUCACUGGCAUUGAGGAGGGUAUGAUGUAUGAGUACCGUGUCUAUGCUGAAAAUAUUGCAGGAAUUGGUAAAUGUAGUAAGGUUUGCGAACCUGUAUCUGCUCGAGAUCCCUGUGAUCCUCCAGGCACACCUGUGGUCACAGCCAUUACCAGAACAUCUGUUUUCUUGUCUUGGGACAAACCAGCAUAUGAUGGUGGAGCCAAAGUUUCUGGCUACAUCAUUGAAUGUAGAGACCUUCCCGCUGGACGCUGGACCAGGUGCAAUUUCACCAAUGUCCCAGAGACCCACUAUGAAGUGACAGGCCUUACAGAGAACAGUCAGUAUGACUUCCGUGUCAUUGCCAAGAAUGCAGCUGGCUUGUUUAGUGAAUCAUCUGACAACACUGGCCCCAUCACUGUUAAGGAUGAUGUGGAGCCACCACGAAUCAUGAUAGAUGUUAAGUUUAGAGAAACGGUGUAUGUGAAAGCAGGAGAAACUUUGAAGAUCAAUGCUGAUCUUGCUGGACGCCCUGCCCCUGUCCUUUCAUGGACCAAGGAUGGCAAAGAGAUUGAACUCAGAGCCAGAAUCCAGAUUCUGUCAACAGAGACCAGCACGUGUAUAACUGUAAAAGAUUGCAUCAGAAGGGAUUCUGGGCAGUAUGCCUUAACUCUGCAGAAUAUUGGUGGCACAGUUACGAUGCCGAUAAACUGCAUCAUAUUAGAUAAGCCAGGGCCCUGCUCAGGACCUCUGCAGGUUACAGGUCUGAGUGCUGUAGCAUGCACUCUAUCAUGGGGUCCACCUCAAGAGACUGGUGGUGCAGACAUCACACAUUAUUCCAUUCAGAGGCGGGAAACCAGCAGCUUGGCUUGGACAUUGCUGAAAGGAGAUGUUGCAAAAACAUAUUUCAAGGUCACAGGAUUGCUCAAAGGCAAUGAAUAUAUCUUCAGAGUUUCAGCUGUCAACAAGCAUGGAGUUGGUGAGACCCUGGAGAGUGACAUUGUCAAGGUUACAGACCCAUACACUGUUGCCACUGCUCCAAGUAGUGUUGAUGUCACGGAUAUAACUGCAGAUUCCAUGACCCUCACCUGGUGUAAGCCAAUCAGUGAUGGAGGCAGUGCCAUCACCGGAUAUGUGAUUGAGCGACGAGAGAAGACUGGAAUGCGUUGGGUCCGUGUGAAUAGAGAUCCAGUUGUUGAGUGUACCACAGUAGCAACUAAACUGCGCAAGAGUUGUGAAUAUGACUUCAGGGUCUAUGCAGAAAAUGCUGCCGGUUUGAGUCCUCCAAGUGAACCAUCAGCAUCAUUCAGAGCUUUAGAUCCACUGGUUGUUCCGUCUCGCCCAACAAAGCCAAAGAUUUUCAGUUCUACCAAAGACAGUGUGACCAUUGUUUGGAAACCACCAACAGAUGAUGGUGGCUGCCCUCUUCUUGGAUACAGUGUAGAAUACAGAGAUUACAUCCAUAAGCCAAAACCAGAGGUUCAAGGAGAUGAGGAAGAGUAUGAAGAGGAAGAAGAUGAGGUUCCAGAGUCACCUGAAGAAUUAGCAAGAUGGACUGAAGCUAUUCCUCUUACUAAAAGCUUGGAGUUCACAAUCACUGGACUGAAAACAGAUAAGGAGUAUGAAUUCUGUGUAAAAGCAAUAAACAAAGUUGGGAGCAGUGUGCGUAGCCCAUAUUCAGAUGCAGCUGUGGCAAAGGAAAGAACUGCAGCACCAUCAUUUGAUGUUGAUAGCGACAUGCGUAAGGUACUUGUUAUUAAGCAUGGCACUGCAUUUACACUGACUGUACCGUUCAAGGGCAAACCCACACCAUCAGUGACAUGGGUCAAAGAAGGUGUUGAUUUGAAAGUCAGAGGAGCAAUUGAAUCGACAGAGUCCUGUACUAAAUUGACCAUUGACAAGUCAUCAAGGAACGAUUCUGGUGAAUACAACAUUACCAUUGAAUCAUCUUUGGGAAAAGCAACCUUGCCCAUAGUUGUCAAAGUUCUUGACUCUCCUGGACCCCCCAUCAACGUGAAAGUUUCAGCAGUGACCAGGGAUUCUGCAACCAUCACUUGGGAAGCUCCUGAGAAUGAUGGUGGUGAUGCAGUGAAGGCUUACCAUGUUGAAAAAUGUGAAGCCAGUAAAAAGGCAUGGGUGUCUGUGACCAGCAGCUGCCAUGCACUGACUUAUAAAGUGGAAGAUCUACAGGAGGGUGCAGUCUAUUUCUUCAGAGUUCUUGGUGAAAAUGAACAUGGUGUGGGUGUCCCUCAGGAGGUCAAGGCUGGCACAAAGAUUACAGAGGUACCAAGUCAACCCAUGAAACUUGGAGUUGCAGAUGUUACCAAGGACACCAUUACAAUUGCAUGGACAAGACCAGAAUAUGAUGGUGGCAGCAAAGUCACUGGGUACUUUAUUGAAGCUCUGGAGAAGGGACAGAAGAAAUGGGUGAAGUGUGCUACCGUGAGGACUAUGACACAUACCGUCAAAGGCCUGAGGGAGGGUGCUGAGUACUUCUUCAGAGUCUGUGCUGAGAACCAUGCUGGACUCAGUGAACCCAAAGAGAUGAUUGUGCCUGUCCUUGUCAAGGAAAUACAUGAGGCUCCAGAGUUUGACCUGAAGAACUACCCCAAGAACACAGUUUAUGUGAGAGCAGGAUCCAACCUGACUUUUGAGAUUCCUCUGACAGGCAGGCCCCUGCCCAAGGUGACUUUGUCCAAAAACAAUGUCGUCAUUAAGGGAUCCAAGAGGCUCCUCACUGAAGUUACUCCAGACAGUUUAAUCAUCACCCUCAAUGAAAGCCUUUCAGGGGAUGCAGGAAAAUAUGAAGUCACUGCCUCAAAUGCGGGAGGAACUGCAAAGAUCUUCAUUAUAAUAGUUGUGCUGGACAGACCUGGACCUCCUGUCGGCCCUGUUGUGGUGGGAGACAUCGGCAAAACCACAGUGUGCCUGAAAUGGGCUCCUCCAGAGUAUGAUGGCGGUAGUCCUGUUAAAAACUACAUUGUUCUUAAACGUGAAACCAGCACUCCUACCUGGACAGAGGUGUCUACAAACAUUGCAAGAAGCUUGAUCAAGGUAACCAAACUAACCAAAGGAGAAGAAUAUCAGUUCAGGAUUAAGGCUGAGAAUCGUUACGGCAUCAGCGACCACAUCGACAGCAAGCCAGUGAUGAUACAACUCCCAUACACUGUCCCUGGACCUCCGUCUACACCAUGGAUCAGCUUUGUAUCCAGAGAAAGUCUGACAGUCUGUUGGAAUGAGCCGGUCACUGAUGGUGGAAACCCUGUGAUUGGAUAUCACAUCCAGAUGAAAGAGCGGAGUAGCAUCCUCUGGCAGAAGCUGAAUAAAACAGCCAUCCCAGCAAACCAGUGGAGGGUCACCAACAUCUGUGUUGGGAAUAUCUAUGAGUUCAAGGUGGCAGCUGAGAAUGCUGCUGGCAUUGGAAAGCUGAGCAAGACAUCUGAAGAGGUUCUGGCUAUUGAUGCGUGCGAGCCUCCAGCAAAUGUCCGUAUCACAGAAAUCACCAAAAACUCAGUCACCCUCUCCUGGCAGAGGCCUCCCUAUGAUGGUGGCAGUAAGAUUACUGGUUACAGUGUGGAGAGGAGGGAAGCUCCCAGUGGAAGAUGGGUGAAAGCCAACUUCUCAAACAUCAUUGAUUUGGGCUUCACUGUGUCUGGACUGAGUCAGGAUGAGUCUUAUGAGUUCAGAGUGUACGCAAAGAAUGGUGUUGGAUCUGUCAGUAACCCAUCUCUGAUUGCUGGCCCAGUUACUUGCAUCGAUGCAUGUGGUGCUCCAGUCAUUGACCUUCCACCAGAGUAUCUGGAUGUGGUGCAGUACAAAGCUGGAGCGUCCAUUAAGCUCAGAGUGGGAAUCAUUGCUAAGCCUGUGCCAAGUUUUGAGUGGCUGAAGGAUGAAAAGGAGCUGGUCACUUCCUCAACUCUGGGUGUCGAAAGUACAACGGAUUCUUCCGCUGUCCUGAUCAAGGAUGCAACUCGCUUCAACACUGGCACAUAUGAGAUCAAGAUCAAGAAUGUUUUGGGCUCAGCAUCUGCACACAUCAAGCUAGAAAUCUUAGACAAACCUGGACCUCCCGCUGGCAUCAUUACCUUCAACUCUGUCACGGCAGACAAAAUCGUCUUCAGUUGGGAGCCUGUUCCCACCCAUGACCAAGGAGGUUCUAAGGUGACCCACUAUGUUGUUGAGAGGCGUGAGACUAGCCGAGUGGUCUGGUCAACAGUUUCAGACAUGCUUGAGAAGACCCAUGUCAGUGUCAACAAUCUGGUACAAGGAAAUGAGUAUGUGUUCCGUGUCAUGGGUGUUAAUAAAUUUGGAAUUGGAGAGCCACUGGAGUCCGACCCCGUCAUCGCCAAGAAUGCUUUCGUAACCCCUGGACAGCCUCGUACUCCUGAGGUGAAUAUUAUCACCAAGACAACCAUGGUAGUAGAAUGGGAUGCACCAGGUGUAGAUGGAGGCAGCGCUGUUACAGGCUACUACCUGGAGAGGCGUGAUAAAAAGAGCUUGCGUUGGAUCAGAGUUUACAAAGACCCUGUGAAAAACAUCAAACAGACUGUCUACCACUUAACAGAAGGAAACGAAUACCAGUACCGUGUCUGUGCCAUCAACAAGGCUGGAGAAGGCCCAUUCUCUGACGCAUCAGACUACUACAAGGCUGCAGACCCAGUUGAUCCACCAGAUGCGCCUUGCAGACUAAAGGUGGUGGACUCCACCAAAACCUCCAUUACCUUGGGCUGGUCCAAGCCAGAAUGGGAUGGAGGCAGUGAGGUCACAAGCUACAUAGUGGAAAAACUUGUUGAGGGAGAACAAACCUGGGUGAUGAUUACCACUAAGGGUGAGGUCAAGACAAGAGAGUAUACAGUUCACGACCUAAAACCAGGCAUCAACUACUUCUUCAGAGUGUCUGCUGUCAACUGUGCUGGCCGUGGUGAGCCCCUGGAGAUGACUGAGACUGUACAGGCUAAAGACAUCCUAGAGGAGGCCCAAAUUGACACAGAUGUGGCCAUGAGAACUCACUACAUUGUGAAAGCUGGACAGGAUGUGGAGCUUUCUGUUCCUCUGAAGGGCAGACCUGCUCCCUCUGCUUCCUGGAGCAAAGGAGAGGAGUGCAUUGAUCGCAACCCCAAAUAUGAGUUCCACCACUCAGACAGUAACACGGUCCUUGUUUUACGUGAGGUGACCAGACUUGACAUUGGAAAGUACACUGUCAAGAUUGAGAAUGGUGUAGGACAGCCCAAGAUGCUGAGCCUUUCCGUCAAGGUCCAGGAUACUCCAGCCCAGUGCAGAAAUCUGAUGUUAAAGGAUGUGACACGUGGUAAGGUCACUCUUUGCUGGGAGUCUCCUCUGCUUGACGGUGGUGCUGAGAUCACAAACUAUGUUGUUGAAAAGCGAGACUCGUCCAGGAGAUCGUACUCUGCAGUGACUAACAAAUGUACAGACACAACAUUCACCGUUGAAAAUCUUUCUGAGAAGACGUCAUACUUCUUCCGUGUAUUAGCGGAGAAUGAAAACGGUGUUGGAGAUCCAUGUGAAACCCUUGAGCCAGUAAACGCCACAGAGACUCCAGGGCCUGUCAAGGAGGUGUCUAUGAAGGAUUCAUCCAAGACCUCUGUCACUCUGCAGUGGCACAAGCCUGAUUAUGAUGGUGGCAGCAUCAUAACUGAUUACAUCAUUGAAAAGAAGCUCAAGAAUGAGGAGUGGUCAUUGGGAGGAACCAGCAGACAGUGCGAGUGUGAGGUCAAGAAACUCAAGGAAUAUUCUGAGGUGUUCUUUAGAGUCGCUGCCAGGAAUGAGAAGGGACACGGUGACUUUGUUGAGUUUGGGCCAAUUAAGGUGAUUGAUUACCUUAUUACCCCAGAGGCGUGCCUUGCUGAGUACCCACGUGGUACCAUCAGUGUUCGUCUUGGUCACAACGUGUACAUUGAACUGCCUUACAAAGGUAAACCCAGACCUUCCGUUCGUUGGAUGAAGGACAAUCUGCCUCUGAAGGAGAGUAAGGAAAUCCGCUUUAAGCACACAGAGGACAAAGCCAUUCUAACAAUUAAGAAUGUAAAGAAGGAGGAUGAGGGUAAAUACACCCUGAUUCUUGACAACCUGGUGAACAGGAAAUCCUUCCACAUCCAUGUCAUCACUCUUGGACCACCAUGGAAGCCUGUUGGACCCAUACGCUUAGAUGAAGUGAGAGCUGACAGCAUCAUGAUUUCUUGGGAAGAACCCGAUGAUGAUGGUGGCGGAUAUAUCACCUGCUACACUGUAGAGAAGCGUGACACCUCCCAAACUGACUGGAAGAUGGUCUGCUCCCAUGUAGAGGGAACUCAGUACAAAAUCCCCAACCUGAUCAAGGGUGUCCAGUACCAGUUUAGAGUUUGUGCUGAGAACAGGUACGGCAUCAGCGAGCCUCUGCUCUCACAGAUGGUCAUUGCCAAGCACGAGUUCAGGCCUCCAGGCCCACCAGGCAAACCUUUUGUGUACAAUGUCACCAAUGAUGGCAUGACCAUCCAGUGGGAGCAGCCCCUCUAUGAUGGAGGAACCCCCAUCCAUGGCUUCCAUGUGGAGAAAAGGGAAAAGAACAGCAUUAUGUGGCAAAAAGUCAACACUGUGGUGGUGAAAGAAAGAGAAUUCAGGAUCAUGGAACUGACUGAAGGUCUUGAGUACUCCUUCAGGGUGUAUGCCCAGAAUGAUGCUGGUAUCAGUCGGAUGAGUGAUGAAAGCAAGCCAACUAUGGCCGUCAGUCCUGUCGAUCCUCCCGGCACGCCCGACUAUACUGAUGUGACAAGCGACUCCGUGACACUUAAAUGGGACGCACCUAAGCGUGACGGAGGGAGCAAGAUCACCAGCUACCACAUAGAGAAACGGCAGGGACAUGGCCGCUGGUUCAAGGCCAACUUAACCGAUGUCCAUGACUGCAAGUACACAGUCACUGGCUUGGCAGUGAAUGAGCGCUACGAAUUCAGAGUUAUCGCCAGGAAUGCCAUGGGAGUCGUCAGCCCCCCCUCCAACUCUUCUGGCUUAAUUGCUGUGAGAAGUGAGAAUGCUGCUCCAAAUGUUGAGUUUGGUCCAGAGUAUUUCGAGGGAUUGACAGUGAAGGCAGGGGACAGCAUCCGGCUGAAGGCCACGAUCACUGGGCGUCCAGCUCCAAAGGUGGUCUGGUUCAGAGAUGGUGUAGAAGUUACCAAGAAAAUGAUGGACAUCAUCACUGUGACAGGAUCCACUACACUGUUUGUCAGGGACGCUGACCGUAGUCAUCGUGGUCUCUACACAGUGGAGGCUACAAAUGGAUCUGGUUGCAAGAAGGAAAACAUCCUUGUUCAAGUCCAAGACACACCUGGCGAGCCAGUCGGGCCUCUCACUUUCAGUAACAUCUCAGAGGGAAAGUGUACUCUGUCCUGGAACCCACCAGAAAAUGACGGCUGUUCCCAGAUUUCCCAUUACAUCAUCGAGAAGCGGGAGACCUCCAAGAUCUCCUGGGCCUUGGUGACUGAUGAAUGCAAAGAAUGCUUUUUCAAUGCUACCAAGCUCAUCAAGACCAAUGAGUAUCAGUUCAGGGUCUCUGCAGUCAACAAGUUUGGAGUGGGCAGACCUUUAGAAUCCAGUCCCAUCAUUGCACAGCUGCAAUACACUACACCUGAUGCUCCAGGUACUCCUGAUGCCACUGAGACAACGGGAGAAAGCAUCACUCUGGCUUGGACUCCUCCAACACAUGACGGUGGAAACCCCAUUCAGCACUACAUUUUGGAGAAACGAGAGAAGAAGACUGUGCGGUUCUACAGAGUAAUGACCAAGAAGCCCAUCACUGAAUGUGCUCACAAGGUUCUCAACUUAACAGAAAACAUGGAAUAUGAGUUCUGUGUCAUGGCUGUUAAUGAUGCCGGCAUUGGAGCCCCAAGCAACAUCUCCUUACCAAUCAAAGCUGCAGAACCCAAGGAUAUUCCAUGUGCUCCAUCUGUGGUCUGUGUGUCUGACUCCACCAACAACUCCAUUAGCUUGGAAUGGAGUAGACCUGCGGACGAUGGAGGCAUGGCGAUCCUGGGGUACAUUAUUGAGAUGGUGAAGGGAGAAGAGACUGAAUGGAAGAGAGUAAAUGAGGAGCUGGUACGAAAAACAAAUUAUGUGGUAAUGGACCUACAGACCGGAGCUGAGUACCGGUUCCGUGUUGCAGCUGUUAACCAUGUGGGUAAAGGUGAGGAAAGAGAGAUUUCAGAACCCGCUCAGGCUGUAGAUAGGCUUAUGGCACCACAGGUGGAUAUUGAUGCCAGCUUCAGGCAGACACACAUUAUCAAGGCAGGAGGUUCAGUUUGCCUGGGCAUUCACUUCAGAGGAAAGCCCAUUCCCAAUGCCACCUGGGUGAAGGAAGGAGGAGAGCUCGGUGUGAUGUCAGAGAUUGUAACGAAAGAUGGCUACAGCUCGCUAUCCAUGGAAAAUUGUUCAAGAAAUGAGUCAGGCAAAUACACUGUUAAUCUGGAGAAUGCCAGUGGGAGCAAGUCCAUUACAUUCACUGUGAAAGUGUUGGACACACCUGGACCUCCGCAAGCUGUGGCCUUCAAGGCAGUGUCCAGAGGCUCAGUUACACUUAUCUGGGAACCUCCCAUCAAUGAUGGCGGAGCCCGCAUCCAUCACUACAUAGUUGAGAGGCGUGAGGCCAGCCGACGCACUUGGCAGCAGUCAGGUGGGAAUUGCAAACAGCACACUAUGAAGAUCCAGGAUCUGCUGGAAGGUGUGCCAUACUUCUUCAGAGUUUCAGCUGAGAACCAGAAUGGUGUUGGUGAGGCCUUUGAGUUAACUGAGCCCGUCAUUGCCACUGCAGAACCAGCAUGUCCAAAGAGAUUAGACAUCCUGGACACCACAGACAAUUCUGUGUCACUGGGUUGGUUAAAGCCAGAACAUGAUGGUGGUAGUCGCAUUCAGGGUUACAUCAUUGAGGCAAAACCAAAGGGUACAGAUUCAUGGGUCGUGGUUGGAAACACCACAAAUCUUACAUAUGUUGUUGAAAAACUCAACAAGGGAGAUGAAUAUGAUUUCCGUGUGAAGGCCAAGAAUGAAUCUGGUUUCAGCAAACCCAGGGCAUCACUGGCUCUGGUGAUGGUCAAAGAACCUCAUAUUGAACCUGCUGCUGACCUCAGUCAUAUCUCCAACCAGCUAAUCACAUGCAGGUCUGGUAGCACCUUCACAAUUGAUGUUCCCAUUAGUGGAAGACCUGCACCUAAGGUGACCUGGAAGCUGGAGGAGAUGAGGCUGAAGAACACAGACAGAGUCUCCAUCAAAGUAGCAAAAGACAGAACCAGCAUUUCUGUGAAGGAGUCAAUGAGAGGAGAUGGUGGGAAGUACUUCUUAACCCUGGAGAACAUAACAGCAACCAAGACUUUCACUGUUGAAGUUAAUGUUAUUGGUAGACCCAGUCCACCAAGUGCACCCAUCCAGAUCUCAUCCAUUACCUCUGAGUCCUGUAUACUCAACUGGGAACCUCCAGAGGAUGACGGUGGAACUGACAUAACCAACUACAUUGUUGAGAAGCGUGAAUCUGGUACUACCGCCUGGCAGCUAAUUAACUCCAGCGUGAAGCGCACGUCUCUGUAUGUUAGUCACCUGACCAAGUACAUGCAGUACACGUUCAGAGUCAGUGCUGAGAACAGAUUUGGCAUCAGCAAACCCAAUGAGUCAGAGACUAUUGUUGCAGAACAUCCUUUCACACCUCCUGGUCCACCAACGACACCCUCAGUCUUCAAUGUCACUGCCAACACAAUGACCAUUAAAUGGGAGGAGCCCUACCAUGAUGGUGGAAGCAAAGUGACGGGCUACUGGAUUGAGAAGAAGGAGAGGAACACAAUCCUGUGGGUGAGAGAGAACAAGAUCCCAUGCUUCGAGUGCUAUUACAAAGUAGAGGGUCUGGUGGAAGGUCUGGAAUACCAGUUCAGGGUUUAUGCCAUGAACAGUGCUGGACUGAGCAAAUCCAGUGAGGCAUCCAAAGGAGUGAUGGCACAAAACCCUGUUGAUCCACCAAGUAAACCAGAAGUCACAAAUGUCACGAGGACCACAGUCUCCCUCAGAUGGUCUCCUCCUCUGUAUGAUGGCGGCAGCCCCAUUGUGGGAUACAUCAUUGAGCGCAAACCGUACACAUUAACUGGUGAAGGCCGCUGGCUCAAGUGUAACUACACCAAUGUGACAGACACCUUCUUCACCGUCACCGCGCUGGGAGAGGGUGAGCCGUAUGAGUUCAGAGUCAUCGCCAAGAACGCCAACCAGGUGUUCAGCACACCAUCAGAGUCCACUGGGUCCGUGCAGUGCAAGACAGACUUUGAACCUCCAAAGGCCCACCUGGACAGCAAACUCCUGUCUGAAACUGUGAAGGUCCGAGCUGGAUCAGAUCUGGUUCUUGAUGCUGCAGUGGGUGGCAGACCUGAUCCAAAGGCUUCCUGGUCCAAAGGAAACAAGGAGCUGGAGCUGUGUGAAAAGUAUCACCUACAGUACACCCCCACCAAGGCCAUGGCCAUCAUCAAGUUCUGUGACAGAGAUGAUACCGGAAAGUACAUCCUCACCGUCAAGAACGUUAGUGGAACCAAGACAGCAGAGGUCAACGUCAAAGUGCUCGACACGCCUGGAGUGUGUGAUGGCAGCAUUAACAUUAGUAAGAUCACAGAGGAGUCCUGCACCCUGACCUGGAAGUCUCCUCUUGAGGAUGGUGGUGAUGAUGUGAGCCACUUCAUUGUGGAAAGGCGCGACACCAACAGGCUCAACUGGGUGGUCAUGCAUGCCGAGUGCAAGGAGCUGACCUGCAACAUCACCGGACUGUUCAAAAACACAGAGUACCUGUUCAGAGUUAGAGCAGUCAACAAAUAUGGUGCCGGAGUCCCCUUGCAGUCAGAACCCAUGGUCGCCCGAAACACUUUCACUGUGCCAUCUCCUCCUGGUGCUCCAGAAAUAUUGGCAUCAGGAAAGGAUUUUGCCACUAUCGAGUGGCUGAAGCCAGAGAGCGAUGGCGGAAGCCCGUUGUUCCACUACCUGGUGGAAAGGCGCGAGAGGAAGAGCGCCCGCUGGGUGAAGGUGAACCGGGACGGCACUCACCUGGAUACCAUGCUGAAGGUAUCCGGUUUGACUGAAGGCAACAUCUACCAGUUCAGAGUGACAGCCAUUAACAAGGCCGGAGAGAGCGAACCCAGCGAAGUUUCUCUGUACGUCAUCUGCAGAGUACCAACAUGUACUCCUGCUCCUCCUUCUAUUCCUCGUAUAACUGAUACCCACGCCGACAGUAUUAGUUUGACCUGGUCCCGUCCCAUUGAGGACGGAGGAGCUGAUGUGAUUGGUUAUGUUUUGGAAAUGCUGGAAGCUGGAGCAACAGAAUGGAAGAAACUCCACGAGAAGACCCUGCGGACAACAGAGUACGUGGUGACCGGACUGUCUGCAGGCAAAAAGUACUGCUUCAGAGUGGCUGGGGUCAACAUCAAUGGAACAGGAGACUUCAGCGAGGCCUGUGCCGAAACUGAACCAGUGGAGAGAAUCGAAACUCCAGACCUGGAGCUUCACGAUGAUUUGAAGAAGACCAUCUGCCUGCGCGCUGGCGGAUCCCUGCGCCUGUUUGUUAAUGUCACUGGCCGACCUGCACCAGCCAUCACAUGGAACAAAUCUGGUGUCGACCUUCAGACCAGAGGCUUCAUUGAGGUCACCAACACCUACACCUUACUCAUCAUUGACAAAGUCCACCGCUACGAUGCCGGCAAGUACACGCUGGUGGCUGAGAAUUCUGCUGGCAAAAAGGAAGUCAGCAUCCUGGUCAAAGUCUACGAUACUCCUGGACCAACGGGACCAAUCAAGAUAAAGGAGCUGACUCAGGACUCUGCCACCAUCUCUUGGGAGGCUCCAACUGUGGACGGAGGUGCUCCAGUCAAUAACUACAUCAUCGAAAGACGUGAAGCCUCCAUGAGGGCCUAUAAAACCAUCACCACCAAGUGCAGCAAAACGUCCUACAAGAUUGAAAGACUGAUGGAGGGCAUGCUGUACUACUUCAGAGUCCUACCUGAGAACAUCUAUGGUAUCGGCGAACCCCGCGAGACCCAUGACGUCGUCCUGGUCUGUGAGGUGCCUCAGUCACCACAGAAGCUGGAGAUGAUUGAUGUUACCAAGACCUCGGUCACCCUGGGCUGGGAGAAGCCCGAACACGACGGCGGCAGCAGACUGACGGGUUACGUCAUCGAGGCCUGCAAGUUCGGCACCGACAAGUGGAUGAAAGUGGCCACACUGAAGAUCACUGAGUUUGACCAUACAAUUGAGAAGCUGAACGAGAACGAGCAGUACCUGUUCAGAAUCUUAGCAAUCAACAGCCGCGGGGCCAGCGAGCCGAAAGAAAUCUUGACUCCCAUUACUGUCCAGGAACAGAGAGUGAUGCCCGAGGUCGACUUCUCCAGUAUUCCUCAAAAGGUUGUUAAGGUGCUAGCUGGAAAGAUGCUGGAGUUAGACUUGCCCAUCUACGGCAGGCCUCCUCCCGUUUGCUCUUGGUAUUUCGGCGAGGACAGGAUUAAAAUCACCAACCGAGUUAAGAUCAAGAGCACACAGAAAUUCUCAAAGUUGUCUGUGUCAGAGACCACCAUCGACGACACCGGUCGCUACACGCUGGAGGUGAAGAACGCUGUCGGAGUCAUCAGUGAGGACAUCAAAGUCAUCAUCCUGUCCAAACCAGAUCAACCCAAAGGACCAAUCAGAUUUGAUGAGAUUGAUGCCAACACCAUAACCUGCAGCUGGGAUCCUCCAAUCAGAGAUGGCGGAGCUCCCGUCAGCAGCUAUAUGGUCGAGCAGCGUGACGCGCACCGACCCGGCUGGGUGCCUGUGAGUGACUCUGUGAGCCGGCCAACCUUCAAGUUUGAGAACCUGAUCGAGGGAGAUGAGUACGUAUUCCGCGCUGCUGCCAUGAAUCGCUACGGUACUGGAGAAUUCCUGCAGUCCGAGGUCGUCACUUGCAAGAGCUUGAAGAACGUGCCUGGACCUCCUGGUCGACCAAUCAUCUUUGAUGUGUCUCGCGAUGGUAUGACCCUGGCCUGGGAGCCGCCAGAUGAAGAUGGUGGACUUGACGUUUCUGGAUACAUCAUUGAGCGUAAAGAGGUCAGGGCAGACAGAUGGGUGCGUGCCAACAGGAACCCUGUCACCAUGACCAGGUACAGGUCGACCGAGCUGAUCGAGGGCCUGGAGUAUGAACACAGAAUCACCGCCAUCAAUGCCAGAGGAACCAGCAAGCCAAGUCUGCCAUCUAAACCAGCAGUAGCAACAGAUCCAAUUGAUCCACCUGGAUGUCCUCAGAAUCCAAGAGUCACAGAUACCACAGAGUCCUCUGUGUCGCUGGGUUGGAGUCCUCCGGAUGAAGAGGGAGAUGCCAGGGUGGAUGGUUACCUAAUUGAGAUGCAGAAGGUGGGCACCAUGGCCUGGAUCAAGUGCAACACCACACCAUCUCUAAUCUGCGAAUAUACGCUGACAAAUAUGCCACAAGGAGAGGAGUUCAAAUUCCGUGUUAUGGCCUGCAAUGCUGGUGGUUCUGGUGAGCCCGCCGAAGUGCCAAGAAGUGUUAAAGUCACCGAGAUGCUCGAACCUCCUGCAUUCGACCUGGAGCUGAAAUACAAAGACGUAUACGUGGUCCGUCAGGGAGGAGUAGUACGACUCUCUGUACCAAUCAAAGGCAAACCACAUCCAGUCUGCAAGUGGUUAAAGGAUGGCAGCGUUGUCUCUGCAAAAGCCAUGAUCGCCACCACCGAGGACACAAGUGAGCUGGUGAUCAAGGGAGCUGAGAGAAGUGACUCUGGCGUGUACGACCUCCUGCUGGAGAAUAAAGUUGGGAAGAAGAAAGCUCAAAUUAAGGUGAAGGUCAUUGGUCGGCCCAGUGCUCCUGAAGGUCCGAUGACAUUUGAUGAGAUCCAAGCUAACUCUGUGAAGGUGUCCUGGAAGGUACCCACAGAUGACGGUGGGUCAGAGAUCCUGGGUUACAUUGUAGAAAGACGAGAAGUAACUAGGAACGCCUGGUACACCGUGGACUCUCGAGUGACAGACACUCAUCUGGUGGUUAAAGGCCUAAGAGAAGGAACGGAGUACCACUUCAAGGUCACAGCUGAAAACUCCUUUGGUAUCAGUGCUUCUCUGAAGUCUGAGCAGCCCGUGGUACCCAAGACUCCUCUAUGUGCCCCUGAACCCUCGAACACACCACCAGAGAUCAUGGAUGUCACCAAGAGCUCUGUGGCUCUGGCGUGGUCCAGACCAAAGGACGAUGGUGGUUCUGCCAUCACUGGCUACUUCAUUGAAUAUAAGGAUGUGUGUGCUGAGGUAUGGUCACGCCACCAGAACAAGAUCACCUCCACCAUGUUUACGCUGCCUGGACUCACACCGGACACAGACUACCAUUUCCGCAUUGUUGCUGUCAACGACAUCGGGGAGAGCGAGGCUGGACCUGUGUCUGACCCUGUCACCUGCAAGGAUCCGUUUGAUAAGCCAAGCCAGCCAGGUGAAAUUGACACAGAAAAUGUGUCAAACAACUUUAUCACCAUCCGUUGGCAAGCGCCGGAGUGCGAUGGUGGAAAAGAGGUCCUGGGCUACUGGGUGGAGUACAGGAGGUCCAUUGAGAGCACCUGGCAGAAGUGCAACAAGGAGAGAAUAAAGGAGAAGGAGUUCACCACGGUGGGAUUGGCUGAGGCCACCGAGUACGAGUUCAGAGUGUUUGCAGAGAAUGAAACAGGAAUGAGCAGACCUCGCCGGACGGCCACAUGCAUCAGGACCAAACUGAGCGUUGAGACUAAACCAAGUCUGAGAAAGGAAAUGGAUGAAGUAACCACCAAGCUUGGACAGCCCGGUGUCAUGAAGUGCCAGAUUAUUGGCCGACCUGUUCCCGAGAUCAAGUGGUACCAUGCCGGCAAGGAGAUUGUUGAAUCCCGAAAGUAUGAGAUGACCUCUGAUGGUCGCAAUCAUUCCCUGUCCAUCAUGACCGACCAGCAGGAGGAUGAGGGCGAGUACACCUGCAAGGCCAUCAACGAGGCAGGAGAGGUUGAAGCCACUGGUGUUCUGGUCUUAGAAGCUGUUCCAGCCUUCCACCCAGACUACCAAUUGAAGGACACCUACUAUGCCGGCCUGGGAACUACCCUACGCAUCCAUGUUGUCUACAUUGGUCGACCUGAACCAAAGAUCAUGUGGCUCCAUGGGGCGAAGACCCUGGAGAACACUGACGACAUUACCAUUGAGACAACUGAGCAUUACACACACCUGAUCAUCAAGAAUGUGCAGCGUAGAGUCCACGGAGGCAAAUACAGGAUCAGGCUGCGCAACCACUUUGGCAGCGCCGACACCGCAUUCAAUGUUGAAAUCUAUGACAAACCUGAUGUACCUCAGGGCCCCAUUGUCCUGGAUGCCCUGCUGAAGAACUCCGUCAUCAUCAGCUGGAAGCCUCCAAAAGAUGAUGGCGGCUGCAUGAUCACCAACUAUAUCGUGGAGAAGCGCGAGGAUAAAGAGGGCACUGAAUGGGAACUGGUAUCAUCGUCCAUCAAUGGCACAUCAUGUCGUGUUCCCAACCUCAUCGACAGCGCCGGGUACUUUUUCAGAGUAAAUGCCCAGAAUCGCUAUGGCAGCAGCGAGCCACUGGAGCUGACUUCACCCAUUCUUAUCAAGAGUCAACUGGACAAACCGUCACCACCUCUGUCACCAGUUGUCUCUGGAAUUACUAAAGACUCUUGCGUGGUUUCCUGGAAACCUCCACUCAGCGACGGCGGCUCCAAGAUCAAGAGUUAUUACCUCGAGAAGAAGCAGAAGGUUAAGAAGGAAUGGAGCGACUGGACUCCGGUGACCACAGACGACAUCAAGCAGACGGUGUUCUCUGUCAAGCAUCUGACCGAGGGCGUCCAGUACGUGUUCCAUGUGAAAUGCGAGAACCUCGGAGGACAGAGCGACUACAGCGAGGAGUCCGCUCUCAUCAUCCCAGCAACAGCAGCUGUGGAGGUUCGUGCACCAGCCUUCAAAGAGGAGCUGAGGAACAUGAGUGUGAAGUACAAGAGCAACGCCACCCUCAUCUGCAAGAUCAGCGGGCAGCCCAAACCUGUCAUUAAGUGGUUCAGACGAGGAAAGGAGAUCAUCUCUGAUGGACAGAAGAUCAAAAUCCAAGAGUUCAAAGGAGGUUAUCACCAGCUGGUGGUCAUCGAGGCUGAUGAGGACGACUCCACCGUCUACCAGAUCAGGGCCACCAAUCAGGGAGGCUCCAUCUGUGCUACAGUGUCUUUGGAUGUUGAAAUUCCUGCCAUGCUCCACCUGUCCAAGAGCCUGAAAGACAAGGAAGCCAUUCCUGCACUGCGUGGAGAAGUGGUCAACAUCAAGAUUCCUUUUAGUGGCAAACCAGAUCCUGUUAUCACCUGGCAGAAAGGUCAAGAUCUCAUUGACAGUAAUGGCCAUUACCAGGUUAUCGUCACCAGAUCGUUCACUUCAUUGGUAUUCCCUAACGGAGUAGACAAGAAGGACGCUGGUUUCUACAUCGUUUGUGCCAAGAACAGAUUUGGCAUUGACCAGCAGACAGUUGAGCUGGAUGUGGCCGAUGUGCCUGAUUCUCCACGUGGUGUCAAAGCCAGUGACAUCUCCAGAGACUCAGUGGCACUGAAUUGGGUUGCCCCAGCAAAUGAUGGUGGAAGCAGACUUAUCAGCUACAUCAUUGAGAAGUCCCCCACAACUGCUGAAAGGUGGGAGCGUGUUGCUCAGUCCCGAGACACCCGCUACACUGUUACCAAUCUGUUUGGAGGAACCAGUUAUCAGUUCAGGGUCAUUGCUGAGAGCAAAUUUGGACAGAGUAGACCAUCUGAGACCAGUGGACCCGUCAUGACCAAAGAGGACAAAUCCAGAGUCCUGCUCUAUGAUAGGGAGGUUGAUGAUACUGGUCAUGUGCCCAAAGACAAGGCUCAACACUCCGAAGCCAAGAAUCUCUACGAUAAAUAUGCAAUUGCAGAAGAGUUGGGCAGAGGUCAGUUUGGCAUUGUCCACCGCUGUGUUGACAUCAGCUCUGAGAAGACCUAUAUGGCUAAAUUUUUCAAAGUGAGAGGUGCUGACCAAGCAGUCGUCAAGAAGGAAAUUGCAACCCUGAAUCUUGCCAAACACACUAACUUCCUCCUCCUCCAUCAGUCAUUUGACAGCCCAGAGGAGCUUGUGAUGAUAUAUGAUUUUAUCUCUGGGGUCGACAUCUUUGAGCGCCUCAACACAGCAGACUUUGUGCUUAAUGAGCGUGAGAUCAUUAAUUAUAUCAGGCAGGUCUGCUCACCUUUGGCAUUCCUGCACGCUCACAGUUAUGGCCACUUUGAUAUUAGACCUGAGAACAUAAUAUAUACAACUAGAACCAGCUCUAAUGUGAAGAUUAUUGAGCUGGGCCAAUCUAGACACCUGACUCCUGGAGAACAAAUCAAGGUUCAGUAUACCACUGCAGAGUAUGCUGCGCCUGAGAUCCAUCAGUGUGACAUGGUUAGCACCGUCACCGACAUGUGGUCUGUAGGUGUCCUUGCUUAUGUGCUGCUCAGUGGCUUUAAUCCAUUCACAGCUGAAACCAACCAACAGAUGAUUGACAACAUCUCCACUGCAGCCUACAGCUAUGAUGACGAAGUCUUCAAGCAGGUCAGUGUUGAGUCAUUAGACUUCACAGACCGCUUAAUGACCAAGGAACGCAAGCAUCGUAUGACUGCUGCUGAGGCUUUGGCGCAUCCUUGGCUGGCCAAACCUGCAGAGGAGAUCAGCACAAGAGCAAUCCACAUGGGCAGGCAUAAGAGAUACUAUCAGACUAUGGCGAAGAAAGAAUGGAGCACUCUCGUCUCUGCAGCCCGUGUGGCGAGUGGUGGCUGUAUCAGGUCCCAACGUGGAGUCUUUGUCGCCAAAGUGAAGAUUGCUCCUUUUGAACAUGGACCUAUUGGAGGCCAGAUUAGACAUGCAGUUGCGAAUGAAGGAGACGAUGUGAAAUUCACCUGCACCAUUGAGAACUAUGAUAGCAGCACCGAAGUCACGUGGUACUGUGGUGUCAGGCAGCUUGAGGCAGGUGACAGAUAUGAGAUUGAAUAUGAGGAUGGCCUGGCUACAAUCACCAUCAGGAAGGUUACAAGAGCAGAUGACGGCACUUACAGGUGCAAAGUCGUGAAUGAGUACGGUGAAGAUAGUGUCUAUGCAGAGUUGUUUAUCAACGGCGUCAGAUCUUACCGUGACUUCUUCACAGCCCGUGUGGUGAGGAAAACCAAGCGCAGAGUCGAUACUGCCCGAUUACUUCAGAAGCCACCAGAGUUCAUCCUUCCUCUUGUUAACCAUACAGCAUACAUUGGUGAAGAUGUGCGCUUCAGUGUCACCAUCACUGUUCACCCUGAGCCUCGUGUGAUCUGGCACAAGUCUGGGCAGAAGCUCAUCCCUGGAUUUGAUGACAAGAAAUACACCUUCAUCAGUGACACAGGUCUCCAUCAACUGAUAAUACAUAAGGUUGAAGAUGAGGAUGACGCUGAGUACAGUGUUGUAGCCAGGAAUAGGUACGGUGAUGACAGCUGCAAGGCUCGUCUUACUGUUGUUCCUCGACCUAAACCAGCAGACCUCACCCUGAGGCCGAUGUUUAAACGACUGCUUGCCAAUGUUGAAUGCAAGGAGAGCCAGAAUGUACGCUUUGAAAUUAGAGUAUCUGGCCACCCUACACUGAAGUGGGAGAAGGAUGGCACACCUUUAGCCUUUGGCCCAUCUAUUGAGGUUGUCCAUGAGGGCCUGGACUAUUUCAUCCUCCAUGUAAGAGACACUCUUCCUGAAGACUCUGGUGUGUACAGAGUUACCGCCACCAACUCUGCUGGGUCUGCCAGUUGUCAAGCUACCCUGAGAGUAGAGCGUGUCACUCAUGUAAAGAAGGAAUAUGAGCCCACUGAAAAGGAGAAGGCAAAACUGGCUGGAAAGGAAAAAUUAGACAAAAAAGUGAGACUGUCCCAGAUUUUAUCAGGAACGGUUGUCAUGCCUCUACCACCAGUAGCAGUGGAAGCAGUCAGGGAAGCAGCAACUAUGUUCAAACCUGCUUUGACCACUAAGAAGAGUGAGAAAACUGAGAUUGAGAUACAAAAGGAGCUACAGGAGAAGAAGAAGCGGGCAGAUGAAAAGAGGCUGCGUAUGCCCUAUGUGGUCCCCACUCCUCGUGUCAUUAAUCCAGCCGUCCUUGAGGAGGAUGUGGAAAUAAAACACUUCACGCCAUUUUCUGACAUGAAAUGGUACAAGAAGCUGCGGGAUCAGUAUGAAUUCCCUGAGCCCAUGGAUAAAAUAAAACAGAAGAGAAUGAAGCGAAUCCGCCUUUCCAGGUGGGAACAGUUUUAUGAGGUGCCUAUUAGGAUCAAGGAACACUACAAGCCUAAGUGGCGCAUCUCAUCCAUGACUGUGGAUGACUUGGAGACGGUCAGGCCUGCACGGCGCCGCACUCCUUCCCCUGAGAUGGAGACCUACCACAGAAUCAGGAGGAGGUCUCUGGGCGACUUGUCAGAUGAGGAAUUGCUGCUACCUGUGGAUGAGUACCUGUCCAUAAAGAGAACUGAGGAGGAGAGGCUUCGACUGGAGGAAGAGUUGGAGCUCGGCUACUCUGCUUCUCCACCUCGUAUCAGCCCUGUUUGCUUUGAGCUUUCUGCCCUGCGUCGCUCUUCACCAAGAAAGGUCUACAGUGAUGAUGAAGAGGGAGAAGAGAUCUAUAGGUACGACUCCUACCGAAUUCCAUCUAAAUACGAGGCUGGUCCAAGUUUUGUUGAACUUCGCCAGCGUCACGACAGGGUCACAUACCAGGCUCCCACACAGAAACACAGGUUACACAAAGACAGAGAAGAUCAGGAGCUUCUGCGCCCACACACGACCACUCAGAGAAUUGCUUCAUAUAAGAGUGAACUGAAGCGCAUCGAGUUUGAGGAGAAAACCCGAUCCACGAAGAAGGAAACUGUCACAGUCUCCAAAGUUUCAGACAGUGCUGAAUCAGAGCACCUGAUGUCUUUUACCACAGAAUAUAUUCCUAAACCAAUCAAGAAGCUCCCACCACUGGAGCUUGAGAGACCUCAUAUACCAGAAAAGGCUGUAAAGGCAGAACCGGCGCUUCCUAAAGUUGACUUUUCAUCUCGGUAUGAGGAGAGGAAGCAUGCUUUGCGAGCAGAAAGAAGGUCAGUGGAGACGAAGGUGGAAGUGGUAACCCAGGCACCUUUCAGCCUCGACCACCCCCCACGUAUCACCGUCAGGAUGCGAUCUCAUCGUGUGCCCUAUGGCUCCAACACAAAGUUCACUCUGAAUGUGCAAGCCAAACCAGACCCUGAGGUCAAAUGGUUCCAUAAUGGAAAAGAAAUUCAGAAGAGCAGCAAGUACCACAUGAGCAACAUCAGUGGCGUUCUGACUCUGCAGAUAAGUAACUGUGUUACUGAAGAUGCUGGGACCUACCGUGUGGUCUGCACAAAUGCCAAAGGAGAAACAUCUGACUACGCAACACUGGACAUAGUCAGAGACGAAUAUGCUGCUUUUUCUUCAAUCCGCAAAGAUGAGGAACCUCCAUCUUCUCAUCUGCCAGAGAUGACUACAACAGAGGUUUAUCACGUCUCUUCCUCUAAAACAACAGUAAAGGAAACUGUAAGUAAAACAGUGAAAGAAACUGUCACUGUUGCUGAGAAACCAGCAGAGAGGCCUGGACAUCCUGCUAAGAUUGUGACCAAACCGCAGUCCCUGACUGUCAGAGAAGGAGACCUUGCCAGAUUUGAAUGCAAUGUUGAUGGUGAACCAGCACCUUCCAUCACCUGGCUUCAUGAAGGAUCCGUGCUUGGUUCUUCUGUCCGUCACCACAUUGUAUCUACUCAGUACAACUCCACCUUCGAGAUCUCUGCUGUUGAGCUGUCAGAUGAAGGCAACUACACUCUGCUGGUGGAAAAUGCUUCAGGCAAACAAGAAGCCCAUUUCACACUCACCAUUCAGAGAAUUCAGACCAAAGAGAAAGUAGUUGCACAUGCCAGAGUCAUCUCUGCAGAAGCCAAGUCCCCUGAGCCAGUCAAAUCUCCACAGAGAGUCAAGUCGCCUGAGCCAGUCAAGUCCCCCCACAGAGUGAAGUCACCAACUUCACCAAAGUCUCCAACUCCAAAAUCUCCAACUCCAAAAUCUUCAACUCCAUCUCUGAUGGAACAGACUGCUUUUCCAAUCAAACCAACACUGCCUGGAAAAACGCCGCCUUCGCCUGUUGGGUUAGGUGACAUCAAUGCUGCAUCUGACUCUGAAGUCCAGCUCUCAGUGAAGACGACUGAGGAGCCAGAGCCUGCAGAGUCAUGUAUCAGGAAUGAGAAGGCUGUGUCUCAGGAUGGAAAACAUGAAGUCUUUGAGAAGUCUUGGUCUACACAUCUCGGGCUCUUUAACAGUGGAACAGACAAGUGCAUGACAGCUGACAGCGCGGCGCCGCUGACCCACACAGCCUCCAUCCAGGGUUCUCCAAGCAUGGAAGCUCUCCCCAUCAGCACAGGGAGCUCCACCACGGUGAAGUCAUUCCCUGUAAACCCCACCCUGCCUGUACAGGAGGUCUCGUCCUGCAGGAACCUCCACCCCGGGCAUCAGUGGCACCACGUGGGGAUCCGUGCUGACCGCACCGCCAUCUCAGCUGUGAAGGAGGACCACGUUGGAGCGUACACCCGACGCCUGCCCAGUCAGCCCGGCUCUGGUUUUGUUCAUUGUGACAUCCGAUCCAUGUAAAAAAAAAAAAAAGUAAAAACAUGGGAAAGUAAAUUUCUGUCCCCACAUCCCUCAUCCAGGAUCUUUGUAUUUAGUGAAUUAGCAACAAUAAUCUACUUGAUAAACGUCUGAAUUUCUGUUCUUGUAAAUAUGAAAUAUUUUUGUACCAAACUUGACAUUUAAUUUAUGCCAAACUAGACUAAAGUCUGAAGUUGUUAUAAGCCAUAUUGGACAAUUCUGACUUUAGGAUUUUUGAACCACUUUUCUGUGACAUGUACAUAAUGUAUAUAGCCGAAUUUAACGGUUAUGGGAAAUGUAUGCGUUGUUAUUUAUGACGAUGAUAUGAACUAAAGUUAAUGUGGUUUAACAGGAGAAAGUUCCACGAGGAACGAAUACCCUGUCAAAGUGCGAAACUAAACUCUGUGCCUCAACGUCACGUUGAAGUCUAAGAUUGCCUCGGCAGGUAGAGAGUCUCCCGGCCGACGUUCUCAUGAUGAUCGUGGACACACUUUAAUAGGAACUGUAGCGUGAGCAUAAGGCGCCACGUGCUGUUUGCACCUACCCUCCUGUAAGCAGCACGGCGCCGCCUUGUGUUCAAACGGCUGCAUUAAACCGCCUUUUUGACGACAAGCUCCGAGCACGAGCGGCCUGCGCUCUGAACUUUUAUGUAAUUCUUUUUUUUUUUUUUUAAAUGAGCGUUGUUUCUGGCACAGGACGGCUUUGUUGGCUUUGUUUAAAGAACUAAAACAUCCCAAAAGUCAGCGGCAGCUCUUCUGUGCAGAAGCAGCGCCGGCUCUCGGAGGAUAGCGAGCUGACGUGUUUGAGUGUGAGUGCUUUUAGCUUUUAGCCGUGUCACCUCGUCUGUAGUCGGGGUUUCAGCAAGCUGAUGAACCACAGCGAUACCAUCAUCUGUGAGACAAAACAAAGCAUUUAGCGUUAAUGUUUUAUCCUACAUUUUGUUUUAAUUGAUCUGUUGAUGUAGAGCGAUAUUCAUCCUCCUUGAGUUUUGUGCAUUAAUGAUUUAAUAAAGCAUGAGUUCAGCGUGA